CUCCUCCGCCACGUCACCCAAUCGCCGCCCACCGCUCGCUUCGCCGCACGGUGAUGACUCGCCCGCCUCCUCCUGCCUCGCGGGAGGGAGGGGGAGCGAAAGCGGCGCCUCUCGCGAUUGGCUGACGGAGGAGGCGCCUGCCGCUGUUUUUCAAGAAGCGGAAACGGAGUGCGGGGGGAAGAAGAACGAGGCCGGCCGGCCGGUCCCACACCUUAUAUCCCCUCGUGUGCGCGCUUUUCUUAAAGGGACCCCGCUGCAAGAGUUCCGGGUGGGAAACGCAAAGGGGAGGCAAAAAGGAAAGGAGCACCUGAGGCGCGCUCACCUUUACCUAGGGGGAGAAAAGGCGGGAAAGAGUGGGGGGCAGGUGUAAAGACACACACCACAGGCUCCCCAUGCAUGUUGGCCCCGACCUUCCCGCCCUGCACGAGAAACCUUUAAUUUUUUGGUCGAGGUGAGGUGGCUUUUUGUAUCCAAUGGGCACCUCAGCAAAGCAAAUAUCGGGCCGUGGAAGCCAGCCAAGUCCCCCCACCCUGCCUCAGGUAAUAGGUGAUGCCCCCUCUACCUGGAGCCUGCAAGCGCCCCUGUGAGCGCAGCUGAGGGGACUUGGUUGCUGCUGCUGCUGCCCUCGAAACGAGCGCGUGGGGCGACACGCCUUCUCCGCAGUAACAGCUCAACACGUCCUCGCCACCCUGCUCCUUCCUUCCCCCUUGGGUGCCACGGCAUCUGUAAACUCCUGCAGCCCCUCCCCUGCCAGGGCCAUGGCACAUUCCCAGCAGCAGGAAGACACCUGCUCGAGCUUGGCGACAGAGAACUGUGCAGAUAUGAGCCCCAGGAAAGUCGCCCUCGUCACUGGCAUCACGGGCCAGGUAAGUGCAGCCCAGUCUAUUAUUACGAUACGAUAAUCUUUAUUGUCAUUGUCCCAUACAGAACAACGAAAUUGAAAAAAAGCUACAUCAGACGUUCAAAAACCAACAAGCCUGCUAUCCUAGCCUGGUCAGCCCCCUAAAAACUCUGGUACCCCAUAAAUACAAUAUACUCCCAUAGGGACUACCUUACGCUGCAUUUAAAACCAAAAUCGCAUUUGAAUAGAAACCGUUUCUCAGGUAGCUAGUCCUAGUCUUUAUAACCUUGUACCUUCUUCCAGAAGGCAGAAGCUGAAUUAUCAUCAUCAUCAUCAGUGCUUUUUUUCUAAAAAGAAUAUGUUUAGAGGUACUCUCAUUUUGACUCAAGAAAACCACAGUUUUAUAGUUCAAAUUGGGAAAAACACAUGCAGUAAAUGGACAAAAGUACAAAGAUUCACAAAGUGUUUGGGGGGGUGUGUACCCCUGCGUCCCCCAGAAAAAACCACUGAUGAUGAUGAAGCCUAGUCCCACCUGACCUGUUUAUUUCUGUUGUGGAAGGUAUCAUUGAACAUCUGCCUUAGCAAAACUGAAUUUGGCGUUGGGGGAGGAAAGGGAGAGGGAAAUCAGUGCAAAUGAGUUUGACUGAACCGACGUGAUACGUUUCCUUUGUGAAACCUGAACCUGAAAUACUAAUCGCACCAGUGCAGUUACGAGUUUCAAGGCUAAAUGUCUCUGUGGUAGACGUAUAGGUGUUUGUUAGCAGCUAUGUGAGAUGUCAAGUGGCCACCAGAAGUCUACUUCAGAUCCUUCAACUGGAGAUGCCAGUGACUGGACCUUAUACAAGACAUGUGCUUUAUUACUGAAGGGUUGCUCAGUUGGUAGAGAAUGACUCAUGAGACACUUAAGGUUAUGGGUUUGAGUCCCAUGUAGGGGGUUGGACUAGAUGAUCCUUGUGUUCCAACUCUAUGAUUCUAUUCUAUAGCUCUGAGUUGUGGGUGACCUCUUUCAUAAAAUGUUGUAUUAAAUACUGCAUAUGUACAACCCCCCCUUUUUUUGUCUUGUCUUGUUAUACAUCGCACUAUAGUCUCUAUGUGGAAGAGCUUGUUCUGAGUAAAAAUGCAUAAUGUGGGAAUAAAUCAUAAGUGUGCACUCACUUCUAUGGUAGCACUGGUCUCUUGUUCUUUUAGUAGUUGCAAGAACUGAAGAACUGGACUGUCUGCAGCCUGUUAUAGUCAGAGUAUGUUGUAUGUUACAUACACUUUUUAAAAAGUGUGCUUAACAUUGCUGCUUUUAUUUUGAAGGAAAAGCUGCUAAUCAGCAGGUGUUACAGUGAAGGCAAGUGACUACAAUAUAUAGCAUUUUUCCUUUCCCUCCCUUUUCUCUGCUGCUAAUAAACUUUAGUUCUGUUAGUCAAGAUAUAUGAAUAACUCAUUUUUGACAUAUUUUAAUAGCCAUAAUUUGCAUUUCUAAUGUGAUGGAUGUGCCCGUUUUUGUUAGCAGGUUCUGAGAAUCCCUUCUGUGCCAAGUUGAGGGGUGUGUGUGGAUUGGGCAGGGGUGCUCCUCCACACAGUCUCUUCUGCUUGCCAGUUGGGUGGCUUGAUGCUGUGGAUAUGAUGAUGACCAUCACUCUGUAAAUUCCUAGUUGGAUGGGGGAGGAGUUUGGAUUGCUCUCUUGGUCAUGCUUAGAGAAGACCCAUUGAAUCAAGGUGAUUUAAGUUAGUCAUGACUAACUUAAAUCCCACUGAUUUCAAUGGGUCUAGUCUACGUAUGACUUAUAGUAUAAUCCUUGUCAUAUCUACUCAGAAGUAUAUCUUAUUGAAUUAAAUGGGGUGUACUCUAUUGGUAAGUGGAGUUAGGAUUUCAGCCUAAGUCUGGAUCCAAUCCAGUCUAUGUAAGUUAGUUGAAUUGCGCCCAAAGAGAACUAUUUAUUUGUUUAAUUGUAAGGGGAAUGUUAACAGACAGCACCAGCAACAUGUCAAAGCCAUGAGGCCUAGGCCAAUACUUUGUUAAUCUAUAAUCCAACCCUCAUCAAAAUGACCUGUAUCUCUAUUGUCAUAAAUAUUAAAUCACAUGCAGAGCCAAGCACAGUUAUUUUCACGGUUCUACAAUCUCUCUGCAGACCAUCUGAAUGGAGUGUAAUGUUAUGCCGUCUCCAGCUGGAAGUACAUACAACAGCUUAAUUCUUUUUAAAAAAAUACACUGUGUGGUAUCCAACACUCAUGUUCUGCUAACACACACAACUUGUGCUAGCGGGAUGGAACCUUGCCUUCCUUUCCUCCUGCCUGUGCCUUCAAAAUAAGCUACAGAGGGUUGGGAGACCCUCCAAAGAUGAUUUGGGGGGAGAGAAGAGGAAACAGAAGUGCUGCUGCACCAGCAGAACCUUGCUGAUGAUGCUUUGGAUCUAACUCACUCCUUACUUGACAGAAUUGUGUGACUUAUUGUGAAAUGCAAACUGGCUAGCGUUCCUUUCAUGACAUAUUCAAGAUUACAAUAUGUUAUCACCGGUACUGUUUGCCUUUAACAGGAUAUGCACCGGAUGCCCAGCAGUAUAAAGUGUUCAACAAGAUUAUAAUCAGUGUUGUAAACCUGCUGGAAGCACAAAAGUAUACAUAUUCAGAAAUUCGUGUACUAAAACUUUAAUUUUAUGGCUCUGUCUCACAAGUAUGAAGUGUAACAGUGACAAAUGAAUUUGAAAAUACGUCAGAGAGCCAUGAUUCGUGGUCAUUCCCAUCUUCUACAUGUUUACUCAGAUGUAUAUUACACUGUUCUGAGUGGCACUCAUUUUCCAUAUUGGCUUCAAGUAUCUAGUUGUCCCCUCUACUCACACUUUUCUCUUUUUCAAUUACAUUACUUGCCCAUUUGCUGCCUCAUACCACUCUGAACCUCUUAAUAUUUCAUACUUUUUUCUAUGCUAGAACAAGCUUCCCCUUUUAGUUUUCAGCUAAACCUCUCUGUCUUUCAAAUGUUUUUACAAACCCUUCCCACAUACAAAUCAUUUCGCAGAGAACCCUAGACUCAUUUCACCCUGGAAAAUACCAAGGCAUUUUUCCAAGGUGCAUGACAAGAAACUAGAUUAGUCCACCCCUAACUGUAUUACAUUCUUCUGGGCUCCAAGGUUAUAGUUAUACCUACAAGGAAGUUACAUAUUUGUUCUAGCAUUUCACAUUUUAAUAGAUUGCUCAAAGUCUAUAUGAUAGCUUCUCCCAAACAAUCCUGGGGUAAUUUCCGGAAUUGUUAACUGACAAUAUGCUAAAGUUCACAUUUGGAUAUAAAGGGGGAAAUCUGCCUGGAUUUUCAUUCUGAAGCUAACAUAUGACAGCACGAACACUCCCCCCCCCCACUAGCUCCUCGUGUCCUAGAUGGGUUUAUGAAGACUUAAACCAUCAUCUGAACCAGGCCACAGAAUAUGCUUGAUGAAAUGUUCUCAUUCAAGCUGAUUAAGCUUUUUCCUUUAUCUCCAUUGUGCUAAAAUGUUAGUCUUGAGAUUCAGCAGCCUUGCGUUUCACUUGCUGGAAAGGAUUAGAUACAAUGUAAGCUAACCAAAGUUUAUUCAUAAUAUUUCAGUAAAAUAUUGAAGAAGCCUUCUAGGAUCAUGAAGAAGAAGGAAGCAAUACAUUAGCAACAAGUACUGUACAGUAUAUGUUUAAAAACAUAAAAUAUUAACUUUGCUACUGGUAAAAACACAUUUGUUUCCAUUUACUAAGGGACAUUGUUACAGUUAACAAAUCAAGUCGCUUUUCAAACAGCACAUAAUUUGUAACUGUUCUACAGAUGGAUAUAGUUUACCAAAGAAGUAGGUUUCCUAAUACCUGCCAUGUAAAUUGGCUGUCUAUGGCUUGCUAAAGCAGCAUUACUGUAAGCAAUCAGACUUGAUCACGUACGUAAAUGUACAGAAAGCCUCUGACAGCUAGUCGCAAUAAGAACACUGACACUCCAGAGCACUCAUGGAGUUGACAAGCCAGUUUGGUCAAAAACUGUAUUAAACAUUAAGCUUCUACUAUACUCCAAACAUAUUAAUAUUUAUGUCUUACUUCACUUCACCCCACCCCACGUUCUUUUAUUUUCUUUUAAGGGCUUUGAAUGCAUUACUGGGUAGAUACAGUGGUACCUUGGGUUACAUACGCUUCAGGUUACAUACGCUUCAGGUUACAGACUCCACUAACCCAGAAAUAGUACCUCAAGUUAAGAACUUUGUUUCAGGAUGAGAACAGAAAUUGCGCGGCGGCAGCAGUGGGAGGCCCCAUUAGCUAAAGUGGUGCUUCAGGUUAAGAACAGUUUCAGGUUAAGAACGCACCUCCACCUCCAGAACGAAUUAAGUACAGUGGUGCCCCGCAAGACGAAUGCCUCGCAAGACGAAAAACUCGCUAGACGAAAGAGUUUUCCGUUUUUUGAGUCGUUCCGCAAGACGAAUUUCCCUAUGGGCUUGCUUCGCAAGAUGAAACGUCUUGCGAGUUAUUGCGAGUUUGUUUCCUUUUUCUUAAAGCCGCUAAGCCGUUAAUAGCCGCUAAGCCAUUAAUAGCCGCUAAGCCGCUAAUAGCCGUGCUUCGCAAGACGAAAAAACCGCAAGACAAAGAGACUCGCGGAACAGAUUAAUUUCGUCUUGCGAGGCACCACUGUACUUAACCUGAGGUACCACUGUACUAAGAAGUAUAGUAUUUGAGCUCCUUGGUCUCAGUUUUUGCUUACCACAAAACAAACUGAAAACACUUCAAUAUCUGGAAUACAGUGGUACCUUGGAUUAAGUACUUAAUUCAUUCCGGGGGUCCGUUCUUAAUCUGAAACUGUUCUUAACCUGAAACACCACUUUAGCUAAUGGGGCAUCCCGUUGCUGCCGCGCCACCAGAGCACGAUUUCUGUUCUCAUCCUGAAGCAAACUUCUUAACCCGAGGUAAUAUUUCUGAGUUAGCGGAGUCUGUAACCUGAAGCGUAUGUAACCUGAAGCGUAUGUAACCCGAGGUACCACUGUAGUAGCAAGUGUGGUGCCGUGGUGGAGAGAGUAAGAAUUCUGGGUUUAAAGUUAAGCUAGUAUGGCCAGGCAAUGUGCAUAUUUGGGGCAGGGAAGAUGCAACUCCUAGACUUGUGGAUUGGAAAUGUCGUUGUUCCUCAAUGUAGCUUUUGUUCAGUGACAAGCACAAAGUGCAGCAGGGACUCCAAAACUCCCUUCUUCCCUACCCCAGGACUCCAGUCACUGGAAAGAUGGCCACUAUGCACAGUACAUGCGGAAUAUGAGAGUCUCCCAGUGGCGUGCAGUCAGUGGACCAGAGGGACUAGGCUAGUCCCAUAAAUGUUCCCCUGGUGGCGGUGUCUCCUUCCAAAGCCUGGGAAUCUUCUGCUUGAUUUACGGAGGGAGAUGCGAUACUCUGAGGGGUCCAAGAGCCCUUCUGCCACCUUCCCAAAGCCUACCUGGCUUUGGGAGGGAGGCAGGAGGGCUCCAUCAUCCUGUCAGAGGCCUGAUGCCCCCUUCCCAAAGCCUGGGAGUUUUCUGCCUGGCUUAGAGAGGGAGGCACAAUGCUCACAUGUGUGACGUUGCCCCAUGCCUCGCAAGCUGGCACCUCUGGCCCUAACUGUUCCCCUAUGAAAAAUUUCACUGCACACCAUUGAGUCACACCUAAGCUGCUGGCUGGUCUGAAGGCUCUGCUUUGCUUCUGUGUCGAAUUCAGGGAUUUGUUUCUUCCUGUGGCAGCCCAAGUACUGGUCACAACGCAAUCAACUUUUGAUCACCAUUGCUUACUGUGGCAUUUGCCCGUUCUUUUUUUAAAUGUCAGUACAGGGGGAGAGAAAGAGUUAAUAGGUAGACCAAUAGAAAAGCCAGAGGCGGAGCCUACCUGCUUAUAAAAGGGCUUAGCCUGAGAUUUGGGUUAUUUGGUUUCAGUUGGUUGGUAGGUUGGGAAAGCAGUUGGCAGACAAUUGGAAAUAGAGAGACAGUUAGUGCAGUUGGUUCUUGUGUGAGGGGAGGUAGAAGAGUUAGAGACAGGCUAAAAUAAGACUAAGAAGGUAAAGAGUAACAACGUUUUGAAUGCAGUUAAAUUUUAUUUGUGUUUGCAAUAAACUACACUCUUCUUUGUUAAGAACCUGAUUGAGACUAAGUGAUUUACUGGGGAGGAGCUGGUUGGUGGCAGCGGAUUAGUGGUGUACAGGUCAAUAGUCUGUGAGACGACCAGGGGCUACGUACAAACACCACACCAUGGGGAAGGGCUGUAGCUUAGUGGCAGAGCAUCUGCCUUGCAUGCAGAGGGUCCCAGGAUAAUCCCUGGCAUCUCCAGGUAUGGCUGGAGGAGAUUCCUGCCUAAAACCCUGGAGAGCUGAUGCCAGUCAGUGUGGACAGUACUGAGCUAGCUGGACCAAUGGUUUGACACAAUGCAAGGCAGCUUCUUAGGUUCCUAGAGUCAAAUAAGAUUUCACUUCCUGGAUAGGAAUAUAGUGGUACCUCUGGUUGUGGACAGGGUCCAUUCUGGAGCUCCGGUUGGAUCCUGAGGUUUCCACAACCAGAGGGACCACUUUUGUGCAUUCGCGCAUGGCAGCAGACCGCUUAUGUACAUGCACAUGGAGCAGUAGAGCGCUUCUGCACAUGCAUGCACAGUGAAACACUUCUGGGUUUGCUGCUAUCACACCCCAAAGUUUAUGUUACCCGAGGGUAACAUAAGCCGAGGUGCUACUGUAUAUUAUACCAAGCUGUUGGUGUCACUGCAGAUGAUGAUGAUAAUUUUAUUAUUUAUAACCCGGCUGUGUUUAUAAUCUGGCUGGGUUGUUCCAGAUAACUGAAGCCACUCAGAUAACUGAAAUUCAAUUCAUAUCUUAAUUUUCUCGUGAUCUGUGAAUGGAGAAAUGCCGAGACAGAAAAGUUUGGCGAGGCCAUUAUUUCUCUACCGGACUUGAAUUUGAUGUUUCCUUUUUACUAGUGUGGAGCAUCUUACUUGUAAUUUCUUUUGAAAAUAAGUCAAGAAUAGGUAUUCAAGGUUUAGUGUAGUGUUAAUAUAAAAUGAAGUAUUGUUUUCUGUUGCAAGAGCAGUGUCUCUGUUGGCUCUGGUAUAAUGGGCCAUUUGGAGUGGCUACUUAUCUGUGAACACACAAAGGUUAUUGUGAUUUUUAGUAGAGCAAAUAUUAAUACCAUUUACUUUGAGGGCAAUCAUUUACACCAGGUUUUAAUGGGAAUGAGUGUCUUAUGUAAACAACUACUUUUUGAGUUAGAAAAAUGAUAGAAGGGUUUAAUAUAUUUCUGAAAUCUCUGCCAUUUUUUUACAUUUGUACAACUACAGUACUAGGUGGAAACCAGAGCUUUUAUGCCUGACUUCCUGUAAUUGAGGUACUCUAGACAAAUUUCCACUAGGCUUUGUACAAUAAGUAUACUAUUGAAUUAUUGUGUUUGUGUUUUAAAUACUUAUUUUCUUUAUUUUCUCACUUCUCAAUUGUGUUUUGUAUGUGCUAAGAAUGUCCAAAUUUAACUAAUCUUGUAGCAAGGGCAUCUUUUUAUUUGCUAAUGCAUCUUCUUUUUUCUUUUCUUUUUUUAAAAUGUUGAAUACUGAAACUUUUAACAGAAAAUUAAUCCUAUAUUAUUUUAAAUAACAAAAUAAAAUGUACAAUGAACUAGGUGCUGUAGCCGAAGAUUUGGCUGGUUAGAAUAAGAGCAGUUUUGUAGUGAUGGAACUGCUCCAUCAUAUUUAUGUGUUAACUGAUUUCCUUUUUUCCCUUUUAAAGCAGAUCUCUAAGUCAUUGCAAAUGUGUUUUGGUAGUGCCUAAAGUAUGGCUGCGGAACCUGUGGUCCUCCAGAUGUUGUUGGACUUAAAACCUUUAUCAUUUCUGACCACUGGCCAUGAUUAUUGGAGCUGCAGUCCAACAAAUCUGGAGGCCACAAAGUAAAUGUCGAACAGGCCAUAAAUGCAACUUGCUUUGCAAUCAAAGUAGUUUAUUACUAAUACUUGAAAUAUUUCAAAGAACAAGAAGGAACUGCAUGUGCCUUGCAUGCUAUCUUAACAUGCUUUUCCCCCUUGAAGGAAUGAAUAUAUUCUUUACAAUUCAUUUACGAGUAGUUGAAAAUAAGGUUUUUUUCAGAUAUUUAGAAAAUAGGGGAGAAAGUUAUCAUUUCUUCCCUCUUUCCUGAUUUCCUAAACACCUUUCAAGUUUCCUUCAGCUAAGAAAGAGACCUCUCCUUAGUUCACUUAAGCAUUAGCUUUGUUUAUUGGUAUAUAGCAGGCAUAGGCAAACUUGGCCCUCCAGAGGUUUUGGGACUACAACUCCCAUCAUCCCUAGCUAACAGGACCAGUGGUCAGGGAUGAUGGGAAUUGUAGUCCCAAAACAUCAGGAGGGCCAAGUUUGCCUAUGCCUGGUAUAUAGGUUCAGCCACAUGCCAGUAAACUGAUCCCUGUCCAGCAUCUUUUUAGAAGCAGUCAAUGAUUGAUCAUCUUAUUCCAUUGGAUAGACCACCAACAGCUGCUAUUUAAACAACCACAGGUUUUGGGGUAGAUUUAGGCAUAGAGAACCAGUCUUGUGGGUGCGCUGUCCACUGACCAUAUCCCAGGAAGCUUUAAGAAUUUGUGCUGCUUGAUCCAAUCUGUCACUUGAUGCCCAGCUAUAGCCCUUCCUGGAGAGAGAAGGCUUAGCAACUGUGAUCCAUGCUGUAAUAACUUCUCCUCUGAAUAAUUGCAGAGCGUUCUAUAUGGGGCUUCCAUUCAAGGUGGUGUGGAAUUCAGCUGCAAGGGUGCUUACAGGUGUGAAUUGGAGAGCUCACAUAACACCUGUUCUGAGGGAACUUCACUUCCUGCCUGUCCACUUUAGGUCCUAGUCAAGGUCUUGGUCUUUGAAAUAUAAAGCCCUAACCACUGCGGUCCCGUAUACCAGACAGAUCACCUCACCCCACACAGACCAAAACAGAAAAAGCUUUCACUCAUAGGGUGUCUGUUAACAAUUCAGCCACCCUCGGAGGUUUGAGGAGUGGCAGCAUGUGGAAGAGCCUUCUUAGUAGUGGCUCCCAAGUUAUAAAAUUUCCCUUGAUUGUGAGUCCUGCACAUACUUUGUACACAUUUCUGUGCUGUGCCAAGGCUGAAAUGGGGAUAGAUGGAUGUGAAUUUCCCCUUUUGUAUCUGACACUGUAUUUUAUUUUAGGUUUGUGUGUAAUAUUUUUGUUUUUUAAGACUAAUUUUAUUCUUACUGUGUCCAGUCUUGAGAUUUUGGGAAAGGGCUGGGAACCAAUAUAACAAAGAAAGAAAUAUUAUUUUGAGGGAAUAUAUCUGCAAUACUGCCACAUAUUAAGGAAAAUAAAUAGUUAACGUUUAAAGUUUUAGGUUAGGUGGUUUUUUUUUUUCUUGGUAAACAACUAUACUUGCUAUGUGUUAGAUAUAACCUAUAUUUUAAAUAGAAAUGGGAGGAAUGUUCCUUAAUUUGGUGUCUAGACAGGGGAGAUACACUUCCUUUUAUGAAACUUGAUUUCUUUAAAACUGGUUUAGAGUUGCUCAGGUAUGCUGGAUACAGAACUGCUACAGUUACUUCAGUGUUUUCCUGGAGUGCUAAAGAAUCUUGGUACUUUUUAAACAAUAUGCUGUAUAACAUCAUCUAACUUCUGCAGUAUGGUGAGAUGAAAGGUAGGAUGCAAGUCAAAGGUGGAUUUCUUGCUGGUUUGUGUAUAAUGGAAGGUGUGUGUGUGUGUGUGUGCGUGUGUGUUAACUAUUUUAGGAAACUCAUGUUGAUAUGGGUGAGUCUGUACUAGCCAGGAAUUGGAAGCCUGCCUGCUGGAAGGAAGACUACCAAGUUUUGAGGAUUUGAUUAUAAAUAUUGUUUGUUACCGAAGGGUGUCUUACAAACAUACGGUGAAAGAAGGCUACAGUCAUGUUUAAUUCUUAGAUUUGAGAAUCUAAGGCUACAGAUUGUGACUAUUAUUUUUUGCUUGUGGAAGGAAUACAUUAUGUACUUCUUUUGCUUUGUCUUGCUUUACUAUUUUCUCAUAUUUGUUCCAAGUUUAAGGUUUCUCUGUGAUUGCUGUGACUCUGCACCAAUUAAUUUCGGUUUUGACUGACACAAGGAAUCUAAAAAUAAGGUUGAAAAAUAGUUUCUCUUCAACUGCUCAAGUUGUGAUUUAUCCCUAUGCAAAUAAUAUACAAUUUUUACCAGAAUUUCAGUGAUACCUCAUUAUAUUUAUCAAAUGAAAACAACGAUUAGUAAAAAUAAUUUCUAAGUGUUGAAGAUAGUUGGUCUAUAAAAUAUUUUGUUUCUUAUUCAUAUACCGUAUUUACUUGAAUUCAAUGCUCACGUUUUUUGGCCAAAUUAUGUUGCGAAAAUUAAGGUGCACAUUAGAUUUGAUGGCACAUUUACAUUUCUCAGCGAAUACUUUUUUUUGGUUUCAAGGUUCUGAAAAUUGAGGUGCGCAUUAGAUUCUAUGGCACAUUAGACUCGAGUAAAUACAGUAUUUGAAUAGAAACUGUUAAUGCUUUGUGGCAAGGCAACACAUUAGCUCAUUACAAUUUUUGAUGAUAGGGUUCAAAAUUGUGUCCUUUAUUCUGAAAUCCAAAGCUGGUGUAGGUAUUGUAUGUUUGUAGCCUAUGAAGUCUGCAAACAAUUUAUCUCACAAGUCUCUAUACCUACAAUAUGAGAAGGAAAGAACUUUUGUAUUCCAGUUUCUUCAUCAGUGAACUAAUUCUUAAAUGUUCUCAUCUCAAAAUCUAGACACCCCUGUUUUGGAUUCUGAGUUCAGAAAGAGUUAUGCAUAUUCUAUCAGAGGAGGACCAGAUGCUUUUUAAAAGUACUUUACCUAUGGCUUCUCACUUCCAAACUAAUUGAAGGAGAGCAAAAUUGUCUGUUACUGGCUGACUAGCAACUAUGGAAAAAUGAAGGACAUCUAGUAAAAUGGUGUUAGGGUUGUAACUUAAAGCAAAGCAUGUGGUUUUGGGUAAAAAACAUGGGGGAAACAUACCGUAUUUGCCUGUUUGCCUUUUUUCAGUUUUGAAUUCUAUGUACUUAAGUGCUUGUUACAAACUAAUUCCCAUCUAUCCUGCUUUCCCCCUUUCCUAUAAGGUUUCACUGAGACUCCAGGAUUUUAGUCAAUUUGCUUCUGUGUUCAUCACAAAAUCGUAAUAUGUACUAAAUGCUAACCUGUUGUAUGAUGCAUAACAUGGCAUCUUGGAAGGAGGGAAAACAGCAAAUGUUUCUCUUGGCUUGAUUAUUUCUGAAAGAUUUCAUUGAGAGACCCAAAAGAAGCUCUUCACCUGAUUUAAAAUAUAGGUGGAGAAAACACAUCUUAAUUGGUGAAGAAAAUAAGUUAUUAACUGCCCAUCUAUAGAUUUGUUGUGUCUGAUUCAGAGUGUUUGCAUAUCUUUAGGAAUUUACAAGCAAAUGUUCUCCCAGGACAAACUUUUCUGUCCCUGAUAGUACUGAUGGUGAAGACACAUCUGAUGAAGAAGGCCAGUCUCACUUCAUUCCAUGCAAUUUCUGGAGAUACGAGUCAUUUCAGCUGGUACCUGACAUUUUCUAUUUCUAGGUAGUUAGUAAAUAUUAUGAAGACUUCCACCAGGCUGUUUGAUUUCUCAAAGGAGGAAGAAAUCAUGAGAAUCACUCUCAUUCUCAUAAUUUAUUUGUAACUUCUAUAAAUAUUGUCUGAUCCAGACAAACAGUCCAGAAGGGACCACUUUGAAUGGUAUUGAAAGCCACUGAGCAAAAUCAUUGACAAAUGAAAAUAAGUAUUAAACUGUUAUUAACCUCUUUCCAAUGUGACAAUUUUUUUACAAAGGUUAUCACCGAGUUAUUUGCUCCUAUUAACACUAGUCAAGAAGAAAAGCAAGGGGGGAGACGCUGGGUUGCCCAGUAUUAAUCCACAUGUAAUGAAAUAUCUUAUCAUGAGGCUCAGUCAACCUUAUGUCUAUGUAUUACUAUAAAAGCAAGUUAUUUUAAACUACUUUAACAAUUGUAUAUGACUUCCCUAUCAGUUAAGUCAAAUAUAUCCAAGCAAAGAUAAGGGUAAGAGGUGUGGGCAGUGGUUGACUUUAUUGAUGUAUAGAAGAAUAAGAAAAAGUCCAAUUCUCAGUCUUCUGGAAGAGGAUGUAACUUGUGUUAUAAACCAAUGGAAUUUCUAUAACCAUUAAUGAUUUUAUUACAUUUAUUUACACAUCAUUUUUGCCCCUUGCCCUUCUUCCAGUAGGAGCACCCAUAGGUCUAACAAAGUAAAGAAAAUACAAGUCAAACAUCAAUAUAAGUAUCAAAGUUUAGAAAUAUAUCCUAUAUCAUUUUUAAAAGCCUCAUCAAACUGUUUCAAAUCAUCAUCAGGAAGUACCAACACUCAAAUAAGAGGCAAAUGCCUGGGUAAUUAAAAUGUUAACAAGGUACAAUGUAAGAAAAGAGUACUUGUCUGGAAUUUGCAAACUACAGCUAAACUUUUAGCAGCUCAGAGGGGUGUGUCAGUCACUGACUCUUAAAGUCACUGAAUAAAAUUUAGAAAAUGUUAAUAAAUAUAGGAUAUUUUCUUUGAUAUAAAUUUAUAUCCAUGUGACUGCCAAAGCCUCCAGGGUUGUUGGUUGGUGUCAUUUGUUGGUUGAUUUCCCCUGUCAUAUUAAUUAUAUCAAUAUUAAUUUAUAUCAUAACUGUCUAAGUGUGAUUACCAUAUUGGCCUAAAUAUAAGCCACACCUGAAUAUAAGCCGCACCUUUAAAAUUCAAGGGGGAAAAAGGAAAAAAGCCAAUACCCGAAUAUAAGCUGCUCCCUUAAAAUUCCACAGGCAUUCACACCUGUUCCGUUUUACCGCAUGUCUGUUUCAGCGGCGAUAUCGUAAAAGCCAUUUUUUGUGAGAUUGCAAAUUUAAGCCGCACUUUAAAUUUUCACAGUCUGAAUUUGGGGGGGGGGAAAGUGAGGCUUAUAUUCAGGCCAAUACGGUAUGUCUAACUGUAUAAUCAUAUUUAUGUAUUUUUGUAACUUCUGUUAACUUUUGUAGUAAUUAAAAGCUAGAGCUGCUGAUAAAUCAAGUGUGGCUGGGAGGAUGAAUUUGGAAACUUUUGCUUUUUUUUAACCUGCCCCCCCCCCCCCCAAUUUGGGGCUGAGUGUUCAAAACAAGCCAACUUCAACUUACUGGUUAUGGAACUGGCUUGUUGAGAUUAACUAUUGUUAAAUGAUGCUCCCUGGUUUGGUUAAAGCAACAAGCUGGAGUUAGCUAACAGUGCAUGCAUAUGCUUCAAACUUCAUUUGGUUUGUGAUAAGCAAUUAAGAAAGUACUGGAAAGUUUCAAGGUCCUCUUCUAAGCCACAGGGGAGGAAAAAAGGAGGCAUGUGUAAGCUCAGGAGAAGGUAGUGCCUAACCAUGGUUUAAUGCUGCAUCCAAAUAUAGCUACCGUGCCAGUCUCCCAGUACAUUGCAAUCAACUCAUGUAGUCUGUUGCAAAACUAGGCUUGUAGCCAGACUGGCUACAAGGAACUGGAUAAUUAAUGCCCUUCAAGAAUUCCCGAAGUUCAGCCUGUUGCUGUACACUUGACUAUGUUUUCUAUGAAAGGGAUAUUGGAAGCCGAGUGAAUAUUUUCAGGAUUAGGGUUUAAGAGAGGAUCCUGUUUGAAUCCAAAUGUGCCUUUCCCUUGGCAGAAGUGCUCUUCCUAUCACAGAAGAGCUGUUUUCAACCUGUGUGAGGAAAUUGAACCCAAAUCGAGCGAAGUUCUGACUGGCACUUCAGAAUCUCCUGUGUAUGUCUUUGCACAACUGUUUUGUGAAUUGAUUUGAGCUUCAUUAUUUUUUUAAUUCGGGUUCGCAACUCCAAUGUGGUGGUAUUGCAUUGAAAGAACUAUUGUGCAAGAGUUUACACAACAGCACUAAUGCAGCUUUCUUCUUCAGAUUGGAACUAUUAACUACCUUUCAGUCAGCCCCUUAGCUUCCAACAUACAGUGGUACCUUGGGUUAAGAACGUAUUCAUUCUGGAGGUCCAUUCUUAACCUGAAACUGUUCUUAACCUGAGGUACCACUUUUAGCUAAUAGGGCCUCCCAUUGCCACUGUGCUGCUGCCGUGCACUUUCUGUUCUCAUCCUGAAGCAAAGUUCUUAACUCAAGGUAUUAUUUCUGGGUUAGCAGAGUCUGUAACCUGAAGCGUCUGUAACCAGAGGUACCACUGUAAUAGGCCUCCAUGUGAUGCCCACAUGUUUAAAUUUAUUUAUUGUUUACAGGCUUUAGUGGAGAUUAGGUUCUGUAUUUAACUUGCCUUACAUUGAGCAAAAGACAAAAAAAAAGUGGCUGAAGGCUGGAUUUCAAUAAUGUACUACAGUAUUCUAAGAAAUUACUUAAUCAUAUAAUGGUUAUUUAUAUCAUUGUUCUUAGAGACAGCCCUUCUAAAUACCCUUUAACACUAAGCUUAAUAGGAAGCAAGUUCUUUUGAAAUCAGGGCUUUACUUUAGUGUAAUGCCCAUUAUCAAUUUUUGCAGGCCUUUUGACCACUAUAGGCGAAGGCACUCCAUGUGUUCUCUUGAAAGCGCUGGCAGCAGGAGAACAAUUUAUAUUUUGCAUUUUGAACUGUAUCCAGUCUUUUGGGGCAUGGUAUAAUUCACGUGCCCUUAAGAGAGAAUAAUUUUAUGUUUUACAUCUUGGAUAUGAGAGCUCAUUUCUUUAAGAAAUGAAUCACUAAUACUAUUUCUGUUUAGAUGGGAUAGGUAUUGAAGGCCAAGAAGGAAGGUUUAUGGUCAGAUUUAUCACGCAGAUCGCGAGAGGUGGUAAUAUCCAGCGCUUACUGUGAAACACUUAGAUUCACAAUGUAGCUUUUGAAACAGUCCAUCCGUAGUGUAACCUGUAUCCUACAGCAGGUUUCCAGAAGCAAAUGAAAUGUUGCUUUAUUACCACAGUAUUGCUGAAUUUUACUAUGUGUGAAUUCUGUAAUGUCAAAUUGCCACCUGGAAGGGUAGAGGUGAGAUCCUGUUCAAGAAUAUAUACUGAAUACCUCUGCAGUGAAACAAACAUGCCACCAGGUGGCUCAAGAAUAUAGGUCGGAAAAUGUUGGAAAGCUCGCUUUCCACUUUGUAUUAUUGUAUCAUUCUUUAAAUAUUUGAACCAUUAUAGAAACUAUUGUUUUGCACAAUAUGUUUCAUUAUACCACACCAUUUGAAAACAAGUUAUUUUACAUUUUCAGUUCAUUUUUCCUGCACAACCUAUAAGCCGCAGAUGGGUGGGGGGACUAAAUUAAAACUUAUGCAUAAAGAUCUGUUGUGACUGGACUGAAAUCUUGAUGUGAAUGUGUAAGACAAAAAAUAAACUAAGCCCAGUCUUCAAAACGAUGGUGGUUUUUGGGUAGUUGUGCAACGAUACCCAUUGGUUAACCUGAAUAAACAUCACAACUCUGCCUAAAAUCCUUGAUUUGAUUUUUAGCCUUGGCCUUGACCACAUCAGAUACUGGUAACCAACUCAUCAAAGCCAUACCUGAACAGAAAUCAUUCUACCAAUGCUGUCCAUUUAUGGACCAACUAAUAUGGUUUCUAAAUAUGGCAGUUGUCUGGUUCCCAUAAUAACAGUUUGCAAAAUGACCUCAAAAUCACUCAUUCUUGUAUUUUCCUUUCUGAUGAUGGCUGGAUUUCCUGACUUAAUUUUUCACUUUGAGAGAGGAGGAAGACUUUGCAGGCAAAAAAAAAAAAAAGCUAAAUUCCCACUACAAGUGGUUUUUUAAAAGCUUGCUUAGGAAAGCAUUGAAUAUCUUCAAAAUGUAAGAUAAAAAUGUCCAAAGCUAUAUGUAGCUGCAGACGCAUAAAAUAGUUGCUCUUUGCCCAUGGACAAACCAGCCUGAACCCGAGGAGACACAAGGCAUGGAAACCUUUUCCUUUGUUCUAGGAUGGAAGGCCUUUGUUCUAGAAGACUUUCUAUUUAUUUAUUUCAUUUAUGUAUUUAAAAACUGCCAACUCGUUCAAAAAGAGCAUGGUGGUUUACAAUAGAACCUUUAUUAUAAAAUAAUAGAAUGCAGAACAAAUGACCAACACCUGGAUCAAAUUAAUUCUCUUAAAAUGCUUGGUGAAACAGAAACACUUUUAGCAGGCAGUUGCGUAUCAGAACUUUGAGUGCCUGUCUGAUUUGAGUGGGAACUUCCAGCUUUCACUCUGUUUUAGUUUCCAGUUGGUUUUAAUGUAUGUCCUUUUCUUGGUAAGUUGUUUGAGUUGCUUAUUAUAAAAGAAAGCAAUAAGUCAAAUGAGAGUACUAGCAGUGUUCCAAAGCACUGGCACUUAAAGCAUUAGUUUAGAAAUGAAUUAGUCUGAAUGUUUUAAGUAGUUUUUUUAAACUGAUAAUUUUAUUGUAUUAUUCUUUUCAUAAACCGCUUGACUGUUUUUCACAGUCAGGUGGUAUGUACACUUUAUGAAAUAAAUAAACUAAUAUGAAAUCACUGGGGUGCAGCCAAGGUGGAUGCUCCAGAUGAUCGCAGCGAUCUGGUUGGUGUAUACAGGAACAGGCAGUCCUUCAGGUAGGCUGGUCCUUGCUGGUUGGGGCAUUACACACUAACAAUAAAGCCUUUAACUUGACUUGAUGCUGUGUAGGCAGCCAGAGCUUUUAGCAGACUUUGUAGCACCAAUGUUAUUGAUAUGUUCAUAAGCUACUUUAUAGUUUGUACACACCACUUGUGGCAACUUUUUCUUGAGAGGUGAUUAUAUAAGUACUACAGAUAAAUACAUGGACUCUUUUUUGAAAAAAACAAGCUUAUUUUCAAAGGGUAAGGUAUACCUUUCUACCUAGUCUACAACAGUGUAGAUUAUUUGUGAAGUUAUACAAGUGGCAUGCACUGUUACUAACCAAAGCACAUCAACCUGCUAUAUAAUUUUAGCUCCACUUCACCUAGUUGAUGCAUGGGGCUAGGACUCAAGAAGUCAUGGAUUCAGAUCCCUGUACUGCAAAGUAUAUUGAGCCACUCACUGUCUACCAGCCUAACCAGGGUUGUUGUGAUGGUAAAAGAAUAUUGGGGUGGGGGGAACUAUAUAUGUCACUAUAUAUGGAAGAGGGAUGGGAUAGAAAUCUAACUCAUAAAAUAGCUAUUAUUUGUAUGAGUUGUGUGCCGUUGCUUGGGAAAGCACAUGAACAGCUGAAGUCUCUUUUAACAUUAUCAAAUGAUUGAAGUACAUUGCUUGACUUGAAGCAUAUGAAUGGUUCUGGUGGUUUCCAAGAUAGACAUCUGCCAAAGUAUGUUUCUAAGUUAUUGGCUGCUUCAACUACUUUCCAGGUGUGGAAUGUAUGGAAAGCCAUGGGUGCAACUGAAUAGAAAAGUGUAGUUUGGUUUUGUCAUCAGAUAUUAGAGGAUUUACACUUCUCUGUGUGACAAGUCUUGUUGCUGUUUGGCUAGCUUGCAAAUCUGUGCAGAUUAUUCACAUCCAGAGAACUGCAAAAAAGGUUGCCUUGAAAAUGUCUGUGGUCCUACUUACAUUCUGAUGUUUUUCCAUUAAUAUCCUAAACUGGUGCUGUAGUUAACAUUGGUUAUAAGUGUAAUUUUAAGCUUACCUUCUGGUUCAUGGAAAGUUAAUUUCCAGCUAUUUCCAGACCUUUGUGAUUGGUAAAUAUUUUUAACCAUAGCAUUCGGAAAUUGUUGUUUUCCUUGCUGCCUGAUAUUUCAUACCAUGAUGCAACUUUUCUGUUAUUAAACAGCAAGAAAGUAAUCUUUCUUAGCAGGAUCAUAACUGAAGUAGUACACAUUUUUCUCAUUAACAUAGACUUCUUAACAUCACAUAUUACAUUCAGCUGGGAGAUGUGGCUCCUGUUGUAUAUAUCUUAGAUGAAAUGUGCCUUUCGGCAUUUUUAAUGUCAUGGACCUAGAAUUCUGAUCUUAACAUUGAUCAAACUUUCAUGAUAAAUUAAUCUAUAAUUAUAAUACAGAAUACGUUAACCCGUUAAUAUUUUUAAGUAAGGUUGUGAACAAGGAUAUUAAGGGUUAUCACCAAUUACGAGCAUUCUAGUAUAACCUAGCAGAUGCAAUUUAAAAUAGUUCUAACAUUUGACAGUGUUGCAAAACUUCAUACAAUGCUGCGUGGAAUAAAUGAAUUCCUUGUACAAUUCCGUUGAGAGAUGAUGAUGCCUUCCAACAUAUUUUGAUUGCUUUACCCUGUUAAGUAAACUGGAUAGACUCACAGCCUGUGAAUUGUUUGCCAUUUGAACAAUUUAUUUUCUGCUCUUUGAGAAUGCUGAAACUACAUACCUCCUGUAACUGCUUUGUGUCUGAAGAGGUUCACUGAUAAAAUUUAUUAAUGGAAUUCCAGACAGUGAGCAAGUGGAUAGGAGAGCAAGAGGUUGGACUUGUAAAACAAUUUAUUACCAAGCGAAGGGUGGUCUUCUGUCAAGGGUAAGGAAAGCUAACUUGUUAAACCACAUAACUGAGUAACUGGGGAUCUAAAACCCUAUAGAUUAAACAGAGAAGCUAUGUCAGUAAAUUUCAGUAUAAAAGCCAGAGUACAACACAGUUAAACAUGUCGGUAGCUGUUCACUCCAAGCCCUAGUCACUAGUGCAUUAGAAUUUGUUGUUCCUCAGUACUUUUCCUUCUUUUUGUGGUCUGCUAAUAUUCUGCAGCUCUUCAGGUCUGUAUCCUAAGUGCCUAGUCAGGGAUAUGAAGAGCCUUUCAGGUACUCAUAGGGGCUUCUGCAUGUGCUCCAGGUUUCCACAUUAAUUCCCUGACUGCAUCAUCAUCUCAUGCUGUGCGGCAGUGGUUUCCUAACAACUCUUAAGUUCAUGGACAAGCAAUUGGAAAGUGUAGGCCCAGCAGUGGGGAACAUUCAGCCUGCAGGCUGAAUUAGACCUGCCAAGUCUCUCCAUUUGGCCCAUGAGGCUGUUUAGCUCAAGCCACCCUCACCUUUCCUACAGCUGAUAUUGUAUAUCAUAGCUGGGUCAAAAGGGGGGUUGAAAAAUCAGCUGAUCCGCAGUGCUUGCAAAGUGCUGUGCUUUUCCCCUUUUAGUUUGAUUUCAGCCCACACAGGCAAAAUGACACCAGGUGAUAUACAGGUGGGCAUGCUUGCCUAUCUGUCAAGCAUGGCCCCAGUGUAGGUGGUCCGUGGUCAAGAGGAGUCUCAGCCACCUUGCUACAUGCAUAUAAGUUGCAAGCAUAAUUCAGGUUCUGUAGCGCAGCCUCUCCCAUUCAUGCCUGUCAUCAGAGUCUGUAAAGCUCAGAGUUGUUGUAUUAAACUAGUUUUAUUUAUCACAUAUAGCAUCAUAGAAUCAUAGAGUUGGAAGGGACCCUGAGGGUCAUCUAGUCCAGUCCCCUGCAAUGCAACUAAACUGAACUAAACUAAAGCAUCCAUAACAGAUGACCAUCCAACCUCUGCUUAAUAACCUCCCAAGAAGGAGAGUCCGUCACCUUCCGAGGGAGUCUGCUCCAUUGUCAAACAGCUCUUACUGUCAGGAAGUUCUUCCUGAUGUUUAGAACAGAACCUACUUUAUUGUAACUUGAACCCAUUGGUUCAGGUCCUAUCCUCCAGAGCAGGAGAAGACAAGCUUGCUCCAUUUUCCAUGUGAUAGUCCUUCAUAUUUGAAGAUGACUCUCAAAUCACCUCACAGUCUCCUCAUUCCCAGGUUAAACAUACCCAACUCUCUUAACUGUUCCUCAUCAGGCUUAGUUUCUUGAUCAUCUUGGUUGCCCUCCUCUGCGCACAUUCCAGCUUAUCAAUAUUGUACUUAAAUCAUGUCUUCCAGAACUGGACACAGUACUCCAGGUGUUGUCUGACCAAGGCAGAAUAGAGUGGUACUAUUACUUCCCUUGAUCUGGACACUAGACUUCUGAUGAUGCAGCCUAGAAUAGCAUCACCUUUUUUUUUGCUGCUGCAUCACACUGAUGACUCAUGUUAAGCUUGUGGUCUUUAUGACUCUUAGUACUUUUCACAUGUACUAUUGGUAAACCAGGUGUCCAUCAACUUAUAUUUGUUCAGUUGGUUUUUCUUGCCUAAGUGUGGAAGCCGACAUUUAUUCCUAUUGAAAUUCGUUUGUUAAUUUUGGCCCAGUUCUCCAAUUUGUUAAGGUCAUAUUGAAUCCCAGUUCUGUCUUCUGCAGCAUUAGCUACUUCCUCCUAGUUUGGUGUCAUCUGCAAAUUUGAUUAGAACCCCUUCAAUUCCUUUAUCCAAGUCAUUUAUAAAGACAUUGAACAACAAGGGGCCUUGUCACUUUUUUUCUAGGAUGCUGAGGAACCAUUUGUGAGCAGUCUUUGGUCAGUCAACCAGCUUUAUGAAACAGACAGGCAUUUCUGUUGCGUCCUUUUAGUGCCUAUGCAGUAGUCAGGGUAGUUUACAAUUCUUAGCAACAUAAACUUAAUACUCUAAAAAUCUUGCUGGAACCAAAGGACUUUUAAAAAGGUAAAGGACCCCUGACAGUUGAGUCCAGUCGUGAAUGACUCUGGGGUUGCGACGCUCAUCUUGCUAUACUGGCCGAGGGAGCCAACGUUUGUCUGCAGACAGUUUUUCCGGGUCAUGUGGCCAGCAUGACUAAACAACUUCUGGCGAAACCAGAGCAGUGCACGGAAACACCGUUUACCUUCCCGCCACAGUGGUACCUAUUUAUCUACUUGCACUUUGAUGUGCUUCGAACUGCUAGGUGGGCAGGAGCUGGGACCGAGCAACGGGAGCUCACCCCGUUGUGGGGAUUCAAACCACCGACCUUCCAAUUGGCGAGUCCUAGGCCAAAACCCUUUGCCGAAAGGCCAAGAAGGGUGAGGCAAGGUGAACAUCCCUAGAGUGGAAGUGCCACAGUCUAAGAGCUGAGAAGGAUCUGCCUCAGGUAAUUGUUUACCGUUGCUCAGUGUAAUAUGCAGCAGGACCUUGAAGCAGAGCCUUUUUAUAUAUGGGUACGUUCACAGUAGGGACCUUGAUAUAUCCUGAACCCUUUCAGGACAGGGCUAGCCAAUGUGAUACCCUCCAGAGACUGCACUACAGUUCCCAUCAUCCUUGAUGAUUGGCCAUAUCGGCCAGGCCUGAUGUAAUUAGUAGCCAUACGGCAUCUGGAAGGCAACCUGUUGGCUCAACUCCGGAGGGAUUUUUUCAUCUGGAACUCACUGGGACUCAGUUCUGACACCUUUCAAGUGGGCGCCAUUGCCAUUCCAAGAGAAUGAGGGAGGUGCUCAUGGUGAAUUCCAGCACCUCUUUUUCUAGAAAAAUAUCACUGGCUAAACCUAAUUUGGUGUUUUAGAGAUCAAAACCAGCAGAGACAAGUGGCACCGAGAGGGACUUUUCCCUCGCAAGAAUUUGUCUUCUUUUGUAGCUGUUAGGUUCACAGGUGUAUUGAAUGUCAAACCCAUUCUCUCACAACUGAGGAAAUAAGAUGUUUCCUUUGAAAAACUGAGGGAGUAGUUGGUGAAAUGUCUCCAAAAUGAAUUCUAGACUGCUGGUUGAGUUUGCUAACACAGGACAUCCCCCUACCCUUUAAUUACUUUUAGCCAGAAGAGGAAACCCAGCUUUCCUUUUACAGCCAUUCCAAUAGACACAUUAAAUAGUUUCCACAAAUACCAUUCAGCCCUUUAAAUAAUCUUGCAUCUUUGUUUAAAAUAGAAUAGUAUCUCCACUAAUGUAUUGGAGAUCCUGCCUUUGAGUCUAAACAAUUGUUUAUGCAUGUGUAGAAAUAAUUGCCUUGUGUAGAAGUAAUUACUAGUGUGAGAGAUUUGCACAAUAUAAAUCCAAAUUAAAAUUUUAAUCAAAUUUAUCAUUGUAUUCCCUAAUCAAGCUGAUAAUGUGUUUUAAUAUAAAGCAGCUUAAUUUUUUUAAGUACAUUUAAAUUAACUUUCAUAUUGUUUCCAUCUUGGAUUGAGAAGGUGUUAUUUUGUUGCAGAAACAGAGGUGUCGCAUGAACUUGAAGCCAAUUUUUUUCCCUGAGGGACACAUCAAUAAACGAGUACUGCCUUGGUAGGUGUAAUAAGACAUAUUCCAGGUCAUGAGCUACCACUGGUGAAGAAAAGCAGUAUAAAACCACACAAACAGAGCACUUUUAUAUGUUUUCUUUCUAUAUUAGGGAGAUGUUGACAUGCGUAAAUGAGGUCAUAUAAUGAAUAUGAAUCCUCAUCUUUAUCAAGUAACUAAUUUUGCAUUGGAAUUGUAAAACAUGGCAGAAUGUGCAUGUGACUCUUGUGAUAGUACUUCAGAAGUCUUUUUAAAAAAAAUUAAAUAUUGAACAUUACAUUUAUACAUAUUUUCUAAGAUCUCAUGUAUAAAUUACCAGACUAUCGUGAGAGCCAUUGCACUGAUUCCCAGACUGCUCCUGUAUCAACAUCUGUGGACGUUAUGUGAGUUAGGCCACUGGGGUUCAGACUCUAGGCUGUUUCCAGCGAAAUAAAGGUAUAAAAAUAAAAUAAGUGAAUAACCAUAAUAAAAUUGACAACAGGUUUACUCAGCAGCCAUAGCCCUUUCAGAAGAGGGGAUUGGUUUUUGCUUCAUUUUAAUGUUACCAACUUUAUAUUAUUGUUACCUACAUGAAGAAAGACUUGGCUGUGAUCAUACUAAAUCCACCACGACCAACUGGCGAUAGCAUUUCGGAUGUCCUACUUCACAGAUAUUAUGAGUGAUAUUCAGUUAGGUUUCACGCAAAGUAAAUCCAUGACUUUCAAUGGCUGUACUCUGAGUAAAAAGGAGUUGAAUACAGUGUGAUUGCAACUUCUGUAAGGGCUAUGUUCAUGGGAGUUGCACGUAAAGGCAAAGUUGUGCAAAGUCAGAAUGACCUCUUGAACCGUCCCCUGAGAUCUGGUGAGAUUGUUGUUGUCCGAGAUCUCCCACGAGUCUCCAGAGCUCAGUAAGCAAGGCAGAGGGCGUAAAAAGCUCUUUUUGUACAGGGUUUUCCCUUUGUGGAUAGCCCUGGGAGCUAUGCAGAGCCUAGUAAGUAAGCCUUUCUAUUUACAGUGGUACCUCUGGUUAAGUACUUAAUUCGUUCUGGAGGUCUGUUCUUAACCUGAAACUGUUCUUAACCUGAAGCACCACUUUAGCUAAUGGGGCCUCCUGCUGCUGCCGCGCCGCCGGAGCACGAUUUCUGUUCUCAUCCUGAAGCAAAGUUCUUAACCUGAAGCACUAUUUCUGGGUUAGCGGAGUCUGUAACCUGAAGCGUAUGUAACCUGAAGCGUAUGUAACCUGAGGUAUCACUGUAUUUAUUUUUUGCAAUCCACAUAAAGAUAUGAUUGUGUAAGUAAAACCAGCAUAAGUUGUGAUCCCACUGUCCCACCUUGUAUUUUGCUGACAUUCUAGUGACAUACUCAUAGUAAUUAUUUAUGACAUUAGAAUAGGUUCACCUUUAUAUUGCAGUAAUGUUACAAUAUCCAUUUACUAAGAUAAUGAGUAAAUCUGAGAAAAAUAAAUAAAUAGGUAAGCAAGACAAUGAAAAAACAAAGGAUCUAAUGCCUCAAUAAGUAUAAUUUGGCUGAAAUUAACCAGCAACUGAUAUCCUCAAGUAGAGGUACCUUAAUUUGUUUUAAGAAUGCACAUGAGUUUACUAGAAAUUACAUUUUAAAAUAAUUUAUAUUUUCAGUCUUCACAGUUACGAAAUAUAAAUGUCACAAUCCAUUUUGGCUAUGGCUGCAAGAUAACCUCAGCGAACUCAUACAAAAUUUGGUAUACAUAGGGGUAUAGUUUAAAACAUUCCCAGAAUAGUUCUUUUCAAAACCAUAACUUACAGGCUGCAUUGAGCUAUGAACUACAACUACUUCACAUUUUUACUUGUCAGUGGUAUUCUAGGUGCUGGACAAACAAAGGAGCUUUUUAAAAGCUUUUUCACAAUGGAACCAUUAAGAAUGAUAGAAGUCACAUAUUUUUUAAUGAACGGUGUGCUAUAGUACUUGGUGUUUUCUUUUCACAGCCUGAUUGUGACUACAUUUGACUUGCGUGUGGGACACUAAGCACAUUUGGCUAAUCUUUUUAUAUACAAUUUAAUUUCUUCGAAUAACUAUUUUUGUUGGGGUUUAGUUCUUUUGAUUUGUGUGUGUGUGAGUGAGUGGUUUCUUAAAAACACCAACCUGUCUUGUACUCCACCAACUAUUCAAACACUAAAUGAUCCACUGUUGAAAGAAUAAAUAAUUUAAGCCAAAGAACAAUGUCACGGUCUUACUCAUUCAGCCUUACAAAUCCCCUAAGCAAAACAAAUUGCAAAUUAGCUCAGAAAGAAACAUUUGGGUUUCGCUUUGGUUUUUCUUUAAAAAAUGUUUUAUUUAAACAAGACAGACAAAAGGAGAAAGAUCAUUCUGGUACAACACAGUGCAGGACGGAGUGGCUGGAUGGCAUAUACUUGAUGGCAAAAAGUGGUCUUAAGUAAGUCAAGCAGGUAAAACAAACUUGUUUUUUGUGGCAACUUGUAGCAGACAGUAGUGUUAUGGUAAUGUAGGAGGGAAGGUUCUGUUAGGUGGUGCUGUUUGCUGAUUCUUGCAUUAUUUUGCCAGUUGGUGUUUGCUAGGAUAUUAGAGAAGUGUGUGGAGGGUAUGGGAAACUUAUGAGAGAGGGUAGCUGAAAGAAGAAGAACAUGUUGUGAAACUAUGGCACCUUGCGUUUUCUUCCUUGGCAUUCUGCUGAAGUAGUUCUCUGCAAUCUUUGAACUGAUCACCCUCGCCAUACACUUUUGCCACUUGCCCUUCACCUUUCGGGCCUCCUUCCCAGCCUCCCAGCUAACAGUUUUAGAAAGCCGCAAGGGAGUCGUUCUAAAAUUAGGGUAAGUACUGACUGCAGUUUGCAUACCCCAAGAAAUGCAGUAAGACCACCACCAUCAGCCGCUGGUACUUCCAGAAGGCUUGGGAAGAAACUUGUCAUCAUUGCCCUUCCUGACAUGUGCUUUUUGCUGCUGUCAGCCUCCUCUGGAGUACGGCUAAAGGAGCCAGCUGUAUGUCAUCUAGCCUGGUGAGAAGACACCUCCCCUCUGAACUGCAUUUAAGCCAGGCUCCUUGGGGUAAAGCAAGACUAGUACCAGAAACGUGGUUGUCAGUUAAUGCUUGUUUUGCUAUAUAUAUACAGUGGUGCCUCUGGUUAAGUACUUAAUUCGUUCCGGAGGUCCGUUCUUAAGCUGAAACUGUUCUUAACCUGAAGUACCACUUUAGUUAAUGGGGCCUCCUGCUGCUGCUGCGCCGCCGGAGCCCGAUUUCUGUUCUCAUCCUGAAGCAAAGUUCUUAACCUGAGGUACUAUUUCUGGGUUAGCAGAAUCUGUAACCUGAAGCGUAUGUAACCUGAAGCGUAUGUAACCCGAGGUACCACUGUAUGUGCUUAAGCUCAGUUUGCUGCUGCUGCUGGUGUUUUUGUAAUACUGUAUAGAGUUUAUUCUGUAUUUGCCAAAUUGUUGGUUUUUGUCAUUUUUUAAUUUGCUUACGUGUUUUGUAUUCUGUUUCUCUUAUUUUCAGUGCUUUGUAUUUUGAUGUGUUGCUUGUUUGCUGUAAGCUGCUUUGGGCACAGCUCAUUGUGGAAAAGUAGCAAAUCAAUUGAUCAAUCAAUCAAUCAAUCAAUCAGGAAGGUUGGCUGGGAUGCCCAAGGGGUUGGGGAGCAAUAUGUUCAUACAAAGCAAGGUUCCUGUUGCUUUUGUCCUUCAUCUCUGGUUUGCCUCCUUUGAGUAACUGGCCACAAAGGAGUAGAUCAAGCCUUGAUGCUGGGGAAAGUGGUUGCUUUCUUUCCCAGGAACAGCCUAGUAGAGCCUUAAGCUUCUGCAGAAAUCACAAGGGAAAGAUCAUGCUUUUAGUACCACACAAUGAAAACACACAUCUAUGCUCCACACUAAAGUGUUAGGAAAAAUUUACACUGAAAACUGGUGAGUUUUGAUGAGGAUUUUUUUUUAAACUCACAAAUCACUUCAAAACAUGGAGAACUGAAUUUAAGGUUGAAAAAAUUAAAAGCUGAGAGAACCAAAAUUGACUAAUACUUCUGAUUUGCUUUAGGAUUUCUAACCCAAAAGCUAACUAUAGUGAUUAAAAUCAGCAUUAUUAUGUCUCCGGGCAUCCAAACCAGUUGGAUUUUUUUAAAAAACAACAUAUUUACUGAGUGUAGGUGAGUUUCUGUACAAAUGCCUUACACCAUAAUCCUAUGCAUGUCUACUCAAAAGUAAGUCCUAGUGAGUUCAAUGUGGCUUGCUUCCAGGUAUAGGAUUACAGUUUUGGAUUGUGUGGAUGAUCCUGCACACACUUCUGAGUAGGCAUGCAUGAGAUUGUACUGUAAAUGUACAUUAUAAUAAUGUUACAUUAAUAUCUCUCUUGACUUUCAGUUGAAUGGUCUGAAAGUCUAGAAAUAAGGUAAAUUGUAAACUUGGACUGACAGUUUAAUCAGCCUUCUGAGUGUGAUGUUCACUGACCACUACCUCACUGAAAGAAAAGAGGGAAGUGGGACAAGUGGAUUAUGAUAAUGUAUCUUGAAGUAAGCCUUUUGCUAGCGUGCAUUGUGUGAGAUUACUGGACAGCCAAAUUAGCAGUACUAUGCUGGAAUCAAAAAGCAGUAGCUUCUGGCGGUGGCUUGUUUCCCAUUCAUUGUCAUGUCAUGUUCUAUCACUUGAUAGACCUGGAAAGGAAAUACAAAGGAAGUGAAUGCCACUGCUAGUUCGAAAUGUUCCAGUGUGGCUGGAAAGUUUGAGAAACAGCCCUAGUGAGAAGAACAAGACCUUAUUGACAGGGUUCAGUUGUACUUGGAUCUGUUUCUCAUCAACGUUACGAAUAAUCGGGAUCCUCCGCUCUUCGUUUGGGAUUUUACUUUCAUCUCUGGAUUUUAAUGUGUUAAGCAACCAAGGCAGAGCAGUACAACAGCGUUUUCUUUCCUUCUUUUUUAAUUGAGUGAAUGGUAACAUAUUUAUAUUUUUCCCCUUCCUUUUCACUGACUUCAUCGUAGUCCUGGUUUGUUAUUGUCAAACUAAACCAGGGUUGUAAUCAGAUUUUGCCUGACUCAAAGUAUCCCCACAUGUAGCAGAGUAAAUGUUUAUAUGCCAAUACUUUUGUUUUCUCUUUCCAUGUUAGUUUACAGAAACUUAGAAAGCAAUAUUUGUGUCAAGAGUCUUAAGAAAAGCUGAGAAGAUUGGAAAUCACAUACCGUAUUUUUUGCUCUAUAAGACUCACUUUUUCCAUCCUAAAAAGUAAGGGGGAAUGUGUGUGCAUCUUAUGGAGCAAAUGCAGGCUGCACAGCUAUCCCAGAAGCCAGAACAGCAAGAGGGAUUGCUGCUUUCACUGCACAGCGAUCCCUCUUGCUGUUUUGGCUUCUGAGAUUCAGAAUAUUUUUUUUCUUGUUUUCCUCCUCCAAAAACUAGGUGCGUCUUGUGGUCUGGUGCAUCUUAUAGAGCGAAAAAUACGGUAUGUGCGCCGUGCCCUGUCACUCAGCAUGGAUUUAUGCAUUUCCUCAUCAGUGUUGCAGUGAAUGUUCCAUGGGCACUCUUUUAUAGCAAGGAGGAAUAGAAUCAUAGAAUUGUAGAGUUGGAAGGGACCAACCUUCUCAAAGUUGCUGAACUACAUCUCCCAUCAUCUCUGACCAUUGGCAUGCUGGCUUGUGCUGAUGGGAGUUGGAACAUAACAACAACUGGAGCAUAUGGUUUCUCCACCCCCACUUCAGAGCCCCAUAAUGCCUUUCAAGUUCCAAGUGAACACAGUGACUUAGGGAACCACUUUUGGAAGGAGGGAGUGCAAGUGAAAAUAAAUUAUACCCUUCGGUGACUUUACCCCUGCUGCGAACUAAUUCACAGUUCGUGUUUUAAUAUUCUCUAUCUUUCCCCCUCUCUCUUCCUCCCUCCCUCUCAAUAUUUGCUUGGCAAGCUGUCAGUUGGCCUCCAUAAUCACAACUUGUUGGCUUAUAUUUCUAGCCGUAAGAACAUUCACACAGUCCCUGGUACACAGGAUAGCCGUUUGUGCUUUUGGAGUCUGUUUCCCAGCGCUAGUUGGUAUUCCUCUCUCCUUUCGUAAUUUCCCCUUUUAUAAGUGCAGGAGGGGAAAUCCCAGGCUGCAUUUAUUUUUUUUAAAGUGUGAUCAUGUGAAUUAGCUCCAUGUCAUAUGUUUAAGUUUAUAAAACAUGUAUACUCCUAUGAAAUGUGAUAUAAACUGACCCUAUGACCUUGGAAUUUUUUUUAACAGACAGUUAAAAGCAAUAUGACAGUAAAUGGACAAAGAGAACAAAUGAGUUCUGUUGUAAUGCACAUUUGAAAAAAAUAGUGGGGGGGGAGAGAAUUUAAAAUAUGAAACAGAAAAGAAUGAUUUAUGAGUUGACAUGUUAAGUUGCUCUUCUUGGUGUAUGCUAUGCCAAGGAUUUAUAUGCAAAUACUUGUAUUUAACUGGACAUUAAAUAUAUGCUGUUAGUCACCCGUUCAGUAUUGAUUUACAAUAUUCUUAAGGCCUUAGGGAGCUUAUAACCACCAUCUACAGAUGCAAUGGUUCUAACAUUUCCAUAACGUUUUCCUAUCUUUAUUCUUUUCAGGAUGGCUCAUACUUGGCUGAGUUCCUGCUGGAAAAGGGCUAUGAGGUGAGUGACUCGUCUUGGUGACUGACUGCAGACUCAUGGAAUAAUUUGGAAAGGGCUUCCUUGCUGCUGUCCCUCUGCAUAUGUUUUCCACUCAGCCUUAGAUAACAAAUCAAAAGUUUAGAGAAGAAUGUGCAACAUGGUCUGUAAUCAUGCCAGCUUAUUGUACUAUUUAUCAAAGACUGUCCAGUGGUGGAAUCCCUUUCGUCCUCAGGGUAUAGCUGUUUUUUGCACACUUCCUCUUGUUCAGAUAAACAGCAGCCUGUGCAAGGUAAGGCUGCUGAACAUUAGUGAGCGUGUUGUGAUGCAAUGUAUAAAAUUUAAAAAGGGAGGAAAGCCUGGAAUAGCUACUUUUUUGUGGGAAAAUGGAUUUCAUGCUCAUUUUUUUUCCUGUUUCUGCAGAAAACAACCUGCAGAACCACCUCUGAAAGAAGUUGUUUACUCUUGGUUAUGUUCUUCAGAGUUGGACUGUAGUAAGUUGAGCUCCUUGUGCAGGACGCGGGUGGCGCUGUGGGUUAAACCACAGAGCCUAGGGCUUGCCGAUCAGAAGGUUGGCGGUUUGAAUCGCCGCGACGGGGUGAGCUCCCGUUUCUCGGUCCCUGCUCCUGCCAACCUAGCAGUUCAAAAGCACGUCAAAGUGCAAGUAGAUAAAUAGGUACUGCUUCAGCAGGAAGGUAAACGGCGUUUCCGUGCGCUGCUCUGGUUUGCCAGAAGCGGCUUAGUCAUGCUGGCCACAUGACCUGGAAGCUGUACGCCGGCUCCCUUGGCCAAUAAAGCAAGAUGAGCGCUGCAACCCCAGAGUCAGCCACAACUGGACCUAAUGGUCAGGAGUCCCUUUACCUUUACCUAUGUUCUUCAGAGUUGGACUGUAGUAAGUUGAGCUCCAUUUGCACAGUCCUGUAAUGUUAGAAGUUUUGCAGAGCUGCCUUCUUCUGAUGAACAGUGUGGAACUGUGAUGUUGCAUAGCACUUCUGUGGGAAACAUUUACAGAUUGCAAGACUAGACAUACCAUUUUUUAAAAGCACACGUGACUCAUUAAUGCAGGCAGAACCAUGCUGUACUCUGUUCCUGAAAGGUCCACCUGGACUAUUUGUCUAAUUGUGUUCCUCUCAUCCUUCACAACUUCUUUAGUAGCGCCUUUCUUGAAGUGUCACUGGUUUUUCUCUACUGCUGUGACUUUCCUAUACUCCACUUUCCCUAUUUGUUUUCAUGUUUUCCCUAGUGAGCCACUCUAACUUUGUUGUACUAUACCUAGCACACUAGCACAAAAAUAAAAAUUGCAUAUAAGUGCUGGGGGCUGCAGUUCAAAUACAUAUUUUCUAUCUCAUCUACACUCUCAUUAGCUGGUCUUUAAAAUUCUAAUCCUCAAAUUUUAGCAUUAUUUUCUCUAACAGGCUUAUUAUUCUAUCCAACUGUAAUUUUGACUAAUUUACAUUUUUAUUCUAUUCACAAUGCUGUCUAAAAUAUCCCUGUCUUCAAUUCUGUUUUGCCCCAUAUCUUUCUGGUUAGAUUCACCAGAAAUUGGUAAGCUGGGCAGAAGAGGGGAAGGGUAUGCUUGAGCUCACUGCAUGUUCCUGUUCCACAGUUUGUUGUAGCAGGAAUGUUAUGUUGUGAGGGUUGUGUGUAUGUGCUUGUGUGUGUGGCUGGUUUUAAAAUAUGAAGCAUAAAUGUACUAUAUUUUAUACUUGUUGCUAUAGUAUGCCGUCUGAUAUUUUGAUUACGAGGCUGUGUUAAACAAGAAGAAAUAAUGCAAAAUGCUACACUAAUCCCAUCUGAAUUUAAUGCUGUGGUAUUUGGGUUUGGUUUGACAAAAUAACUGCAAAAUUUUGUCCUCUCACUGUCCCCAGCUGUGAUUUUUCUAGUUGUCAUCCCAGUAUAACAAUUCCUUUGUUCUUUUUAAGGACAUUAUAGCUGUUAUGGCCAAUGGGGGGGGGACGACUUACUUUCUAUAUUACCUAUAAAAAUAUUCACUAAGUAUUUUAUUACAGGUGCAUGGAAUUGUUCGUAGGUCUAGCUCUUUUAAUACAGGACGGAUUGAACAUCUUUACAAGAACCCACAGGCUCACACAGAAGGAAGUAAGACUUUACUUACUGUUGGGAUAGAGUGUAAUAGGGAGAAAUGGGUGUAUUUUUCUUUGUAUCAGCAAUGUUGUCUGGCUGGAAAGUUGUACAAGAUUGUAUCAGUGUGGAAAGUUAGCCAUGGUGACUGAUGUGUAAAUAUUUUCUGGUGAGGCUUAGAAUUAGAAUAUAAUUUGUUUGGGUUAUGAGCCACAAUUUGACCCUGUUGCAUAAAAGGACUUUCAAGGACAGCAAGGUUACUUAACUGAAGUGUCUUAACAGUAUAUUGCAUAGUAAUUUUCAUUCUUAGCUAACAACAAGUUCAGAUGUUCUUCUUGGUCAUGCAAAUGACGCUAUCUGUCUUCACGUGAUCCCAGACACUGGCCAGUAGAAACGUCUCAGUCACCUCAACAAAACAGGCUGCUGACAAGUGUAGUUGCUGAAACUAGCCAUACAGUUAAGGAAUAAGUAUGUUUUAAUUCAGCCUUUAACUUUCAAAGGCUGAUUUAAAACACUGUACAGUAUUUAUUCUUUAUCUGAGUUACCCAUAUGCAUGGUCACAUAUACAAAUUGUUAUGUGAGUCAGUUGGUUUAUAACAAGCAAAAGUAGUGAUUUCAGAAGUACUGAUUUUCAUGUUUUUUAAAAGGUAUGGUAAGCUUUUUUUUUAUCUUAAUAUUUUUUGAACAUCUGACAUGGCAUUUGUAAGAAACCUAUAGUUCUUUUGAGUUUGUAAGAAACCUAUAGUUCUUUUGAGUAGUUUACUCUUUUUUUUAUCAGAUAGCUGGCCAGUAGCACAUCUAAUACUUUUAUCUAAUAUGGCUUUUAAAGUACAUUUAUUAUAGCUUGUAAGUUUACUACAUACUGUACAAGCGAUGGAUUAAAUGGCAACAUUCAUGUUUGAUUUUGUUUAUGUGAGGAGUUACCUGAAGACAGACCAUAUAACUUGUGUGACCAAGAAAAUAAUGUUUGAACUAGAGUCAAGUCGUGAAGAUCAUUGUGCAAGAUCUUAUUGGAAAUAAGAGAUCUAUUGCUUUCAUGACUACAACUUAAAAUACUUGCUAAACUGUGCCUCUCUCUUUUUUCAAACACCAGUGGAAUCUGGUUAUAAUAAAUAUAUUUUAAAAUAAUGAAUUACGAUUAUUGGGACACUGCACAUUAAACACCAUACUGUAUUAAUGUGUGCAUCAAAUCUCUAUUAUCCUAACUAUGUUCUUUUGUCUUCUGAAGACAUGAAGUUACAUUAUGGCGAUCUCACAGAUAGUACUUGCCUAGUGAAGAUAAUUAAUCAAGUGAAACCCACUGAAAUUUACAAUCUUGGAGCUCAGAGCCAUGUCAAAGUAAGUAGCAUACAUCGGCUAGGAUUUUUCUAAUCGUGGCAAACAAGCAGAGAUUUUGUGAAAAGUUAGCAACUUGUGUACUUUGAAAUUUGUCUCUACUUCUUUCUGUAAUCAUCCUUUUUCUCACAAAGUCUUCCAGCGGUUUUCAAAACUAUACACCUGUUAAAUAAAUCAUCACUUUCCCAAUAUUCUGUUCUUCCUCCAUCUUCACUGCCACCACUUUUUUUCUGCACACGUCCUCACGUUUCUCUCCUCUGCUCCCAAUAUGUGGGAAUGUGUCCAUGUUCAUGCGUGGAGAUGCAUGCGCUGCACAUUUUAAAAUCAUGUCUUUUUCUUAAAUGCAUUUUUACAUUAUCACAAGACAGCCUGGCUCACAUGGUGAGUUGCUGAUUGCAAUGCUCAUCUUGCUUGCAUUUCUUCUUUGUCCUCUCUCCAAGUGUAUCAAGGCUACGUAGAACGUCAGCAAAGUUCACCAGUUGUGUUCUUUUCUGUUGUGCCUGCACACAGUCAUCAUCUGCUGCUGUUCAUCCUCCAACACGUGUGCAUAGCAGCACAUCAACUUUCCGUGAGGUUCGGGGUUGUUGCUUUUUGGCCUUUGCAUUAACUGAGAGGGGCUAUAAAUAAGCAAACCAAGAAUUUUGCAAAUCUCCUGAGUUUUUACCAUUAUGUAGUAGGUUCAGUUCAUCACUCCCUGCUCCCUCACCAGCGUGGACCCAUUUUAUUAUUUAUAGAACAAUUACAAAAUCUGGUUAAUUUGGGCAACAAGCUAUAUGGGUCAAGUUAUUGCCCAUUUUAGCUUUGUGUAGGUAUCUCAGGAUGCCUGGAAGGAGAUAUCCCCAAACCUUAUGAUUUUAAGUUAAUGAAUGAUAAUGUUACGUUUUAGGUUGAAUUAUAUACACUGUUGGUUGCAAAUGUAAUGUUUGGUUUCUCUUCAGAUUGAUGCACGUUUUGUGUGCUGGCAUUUUGUUGCUCUAAAGAUUUUUCUGUCUGGCCAUACUAAAAAUAAGGAAAAGAAAGAAAGAAGAGGUUGGUCUAGUUUCCUGCAGGAAACCAACAUAAAUUAAAAUGGGUUAUUAGACUGAACCUAUUGAAAUCCAGGGACGCGGGUGGUGCUGUGGAUUAAACCACAGAGACUAGGACUUGCCGACUAGGUCGGCGGUUCGAAUCCCCACGACGGGGUGAGCUCCCGUUGCUCGGUCCCUGCUCCUGCCAACCUAGCAUUUCGAAAGCACGUCAAAGUGCAAGUAGAUAAAUAGGUACCGCUCCGGCGGGAAGGUAAACGGCGUUUCCGUGCGCUGCUCUGGUUCGCCAGAAGCGACUUUGUCAUGCUGGCCACAUGACCCGGAAGCUGUAUGCCGGCUCCCUCAGCCAAUAAAGCAAGAUGAGCGCCGCAACCCCAGAGUCAGUCACGACUGGACCUGAGGGUCAGAGGUCCCUUUACCUUUACCUUUUAUUGAAGUCCAGGAAACAUGGGCAAUGUUCUUCUUAAUCAUAAAUAAAAAGGAUUUGACUUCUAGGAUAGAUAAUUUAGGAGUACUCAUUGCCCGUCUUUAAUUCUAUUGAUGAGCAUGAACAAGCAAAUGUGCUGGUAAAAGAAAUAGAACAUUAUGACCAUUUCACUCCUUCCCUGGUCCUGCUGCUGCCAUGUUAUUGGUUUGGCUUCAAAUUACAGCUGAACCUGGGCUUGUGACUUCUCUUGCUCCAGAAAAGCCACAAGCUGUAACUAAGGUUUGUUUUGGCUAACCACUCAUGGUUUGUUGCCGUCUGUGGGGAAACUAACCGCAUGCCCGUGCUCAGAGGUAAUUCUAACUUGAUAGCAUGGCAACAACCAAAACUGGAGGCAGGCAUGAAACAACCCUUUUCUAACGGUGUGCCAGCAUACUUGUUUGUUCACACCUAGCCAUGGUUUGGCUGAGACCAGAGAGAGCCAGAAUAUAUAAUCAGAGAAGGAAGAUGCUUCAGUUUACAGUUCUUAUUUUAUUAUACUUCUGCAAGUAAUUAGUUAGGAGACGGAAAACUAUUGCCAGCUAUACUCUUUUACUGCUAGUUCAUUGCCCAGGCAGGCAGCUAUCAUAGUGACACUAUUUUUUCAUGGGGCAAUGCUAAUGUCCCUUAUCUUGCAUUUAAUCUUGCUAUGAAAGUGUCAUGAGUCCUUUUAUUUGUAAUAGUUAUUUAGUUAUGAUAAAAAUGGACACUAUUUACGGAGUGUUGUAACCAAAUACUAAUUAUCUAAUAUGCUUCAUGUACAUAUUUGGAUUUCAGUUAAACAACAUAAACCCCCACUCCUCUUUAUAUGGCCAGCAAUAAUAUUAAGUAUCUUCUGCAAUUGUCUAUAAAACAAACUUGUUUAGCUGUAUGUACUUAAUAGAGUAAGGGCAUGGCCUGUUUUUUUUAUACUGCACAGAAAUAUCUGUAUUCUAUAGCCACACCUGUUACAGGCCAAGCAUUAUCUUAAAAAAAUGAAAAGAAAUAGUAUUUAUAUUUUAUUUUAAUAGUAUUUUAUAUUUAAACAUCUAUAUAUUUCUAAAGCAGCUUACAGAAUAAAAUAUCAGAAACCAUAAAAAAUAGUUUCUUUAGUAAUGCACAGUUCUUACUAGAUCAUUUAAUGACAAUAAACAUGUGCCAGUUUUUUACAUAUAAACUUUCUCUUACAUCAAAUGUUAAUAGAAAUAUUGAAAUGCAAAAUACCAGUCUUGAGGAACACUAAAGACUGACCAAUUAUUUAGAAGGAAAUAGUUGCCCACGCUUCAUUACAUAAUCCUAGUGAUCCUCCUCAACCACUUGUUUGAAUGUGUCCUGAGAUAUCCAAAAAGUACUACAGAAAUGAGCAUGCUCCGCUCACCCAAGUGCAGUAUAGAUAGCCAGGCUGCCUCCAUUAUUGGCAAACUCCAUCUCUGCAUGGCCAGAUCGCCUGUAGGUAUGGUAGCAAGUAUGGAAGUUUUUCAGCUAUGGCACAUCAUCCCCAUGGCAAUCUUGUUCUAAGGAGAAGACGAGUUCUCUGGCUGCACAACAGUUGCUAAAUGCAUCCUGCAUGGACUUCGCCAUGGGAAAACCUGGACUGCACGUUCUCCUCAGCCUUCUCUUCCAUAUCAUCAGCUGUUGGAAUGAUGGUCUAGCAUUCCUUCAUGCCACCAGCAGUGUUUAGCAGGCAUAGGCAAACUCGGCCCUCCAGAUGUUUUGGGACUACAACUCCCAUGAUCCCUAGCUAGCAGGACCAGUGGUCAGGGAUGAUGGGAAUUGUAGUCCCAAAAACAUCUGGAGGGCCGAGUUUGCCUAUGCCUGGUUUAGAUAGUUGUGGAUGCUUUUAAACUGAAGUGUAUGGCGACCUUUGUUUCCUGAAGUGGGGUAGUGGUGGAUUUGGGAUGUAUGAGGUGGGGUAAGUUCAGUAGGAAUUGUGCUAGUUUCAUCCACCAAUUGAAUGUAUACCUUUCCUCCCUCUGUGUAGCAAUGGCUGCACCCUUGAGAGAUUUCUUUGUUCCAGAAGUUGUAGAUUGUUGUGAAGAGUAUCUAACUUGUAAGGCAUAGGACUAUGUAGCUAAUACAUAACUGUAGGUGGGAACGGAAUAGGAAGCCAUCCUAAGUUUACAGGAUGCUUGUUUUCCUUAAGCUCAUCUUUGGAUUUCUGUGUUACUGCUGUGUUGCCAUAGGCAGCAGGAGCAGCUAAUGGCUAGGGAAGCACCAGCUGAAUUUUGCGCGGUGCAGGCAUCGUAGACACUUGAGAGUGGAUAAAUACUACCAAAUUUCAGAAGGGAGGUGUAGGGGGAUUUUGACUGCAAGGCCAGCCUUAGCGGUAUGUGAACGAUUAACAGAUUCACUUGUCCUCCUACUGUGCCAUGAGUAAUUUGUAUGAAAAUGUAAUACAUAAUAGAAAAUGGCAUAUGUCGUAUCUUUAGGUUUUUAUAGACUGUGUUUCUUGAAAUGGUUUUUAGUGUUUCUGUUGUGCCUGUAAGUUGCUUUGAGCUUAUUUCCAUGAGUAAAGUGACUAACAAAUGUAAAUAAUAAUAUCAUUGGUAAGAAACUGCUAGAUUUCAGGACAGGUGCAGAAGCUGGGGUGACAAAUACUGCAGUUUUUACAGACACACUAGGCCUCUUCAAUUGACUUCAGUUUGGAAGCAUUUGGAGAGAUCCACAGCUCUUUCCAAAUGGGCUUGGUUCAGCUUGAAAUUUGUCUAAACCCAGUGCGCAUUCCUGGUAUGUGACUAACUGCGAGGUGAUAUUUCAGGAUGCAGUCAUAUACAUACUUGUUGUUGUUGUUGUUGUUUAGUCAUUUAGUCAUGUUCGACUCUUCGUGACCCCAUGGACCAGAGCACGCCAGGCACUCCUGUCUUCCACUGCCUCCUGCAGUUUGGUCAAACUCAUGCUGGUAGCUUCGAGAACACUGUCCAACCACCUCAUCCUCUGUCAUCCCCUUCUCCUUGUGCCCUCCAUCUUUCCCAACAUCAGGGUCUUUUCCAGGGAGUCUUCUCUUCUCAUUAGGUGGCCAAAGUAUUGGAGCCUCAGCUUCGGGAUCUGUCCUUCCAGUGAGCACUCAGGGCUGAUUUCCUUCAGAAUGGAGAGGUUUGAUCUUCUUGCAGUCCAUGGGACUCUCAAGAGUCUCCUCCAGCACCAUAAUUCAGAACAUACACAUACUUAUCUGGGAGUAAGUCUGAUUGAGAUUAAAGUCAGUGAGGCUUACCUCUGAGUAGAUACAGUGCGGAAUCCAACAUUGCACUGUUAAAUUCCUUUCGCUAGUGCAAGCGUUUCCUCUUGCCAGGCAAAACAAUCUCUCCUCUCUUCCUGCCCCACCCCACACCCUGUUUUGGAGGUUCUCCUCACCAAUUGCCCUAGCACAGCUUGUGCUGGUUUCCAUUAGCACAACUGUUUAGUUUAACCUGGCCCAUGAAUUGUCCCAAUUUCAUUUUUACUGGAAUAACCUCUGAGUUGCUGAAUGUAGGACAAAUCCAGCAAAAUUUAAGCUGAUCACUGUUCUUGUAGCAGAUGUUAAGCAUGUGCCCACGCGCAUUUCUGGAUCACCAUCACCACAUUGAACAUAUUUUCUGGAUAGAACUCAGGAGGCACAGAGGUCACAAUGAAACUCAGUGCUGCCUGUUAACAGCAGAAACGUGCUGUUUUUAAAAAAAUCUGUUUUCUGUGGUUUUUGUUACAUGCUGCUCUUUUUUACUGUGUAAAUAUUUUUUUGUGGGAAUGAGCCGUGUAUGAAAGUCCGGUGAUACCUGUCCAAACAGAUUGUUUUAUUAGAUCUAAGAGGAGCUGUAACCUUGAUAGCAGCUAAUAAUGUUUGGAAUUUCUCUUAAAAAUUAGUGGACCACACAAAAGUGUAGCCAUUUGCAUUGUGUAAAAUCUGAGCACUAGUUAUAACUGUAGGUAUUGUCUAGCCUGAACAAAACCUAUAAAUCAUAUAUUACUUUAGUAGGGCAAUAUAAGCAUCUUAUAUUGAAGCAGUUAAUUCUUUAAUUUUCCUUUUAAAUAAAUACAUGCACAUGGGUAGUAAUGUGCUAGGUAGCAAUAGCAGGAAGGUUAUAUUUCUUUACAUGGAAACCAGUUUCAUUUUAAAUGGGUGUUUGAAUCUCUCUCACACACUGUUUUGUACAGGUAAAAGAUACAGCCAGCAUUACUGUGUUUAAGUGAUUGGCUUAUUAGCACUUACUUAAAUCUCUCUCAUUUAACCAAAUGGAUUUCUAAUAAAAAAAGGAUUGGGUUGAGCCUACCAUCCCAGUCCUUUGAGGUCAGCCACUACUAAUGUUCUAAUUUUAAGACGGGAAAUUAAAGCUAAGAACGGAGACUUUCUCUAGGUCACUCUGAAUCAUUUGUGGAGAUGAAAUCAGAACCACAGUGAGGGCCUCUAAGGGUCAGGUUUUGAGGAACUAUGAUAAUCUUACUCCCUAAAUUCUGCAAAUAAUUCUUAACUUGACAGUUGAAUUCUCCUCUGCUCUAACAUACUUUUGCUGACAUUUAAGAUGACUUUAAGGUGUCCUGCUAUGUUUUUGCUUUUCUAAAAUUGUACAUUGUGCCAUUAUAUUUGGAAUUACAUAUGUUAGUAUGUAUUUAUGUGUUAAUAGUGACAGUACAGUGGUACCUCGGGUUACAUAUGCUUCAGGUUACAUACACUUCAGGUUACACACUCCGCUAACCCAGAAAUAGUGCUUCAGGUUAAGAACUUUGCUUCAGGAUGAGAACAGAAAUCGUGCUCCAGUGGCGCGGCGGCAGCGGGAGGCCCCAUUAGCUAAAGUGGUGCUUCAGGUUAAGAACAGUUUCAGGUUAAGAACGGACCUCCGGAACGAAUUAAGUACUUAACCUGAGGUACCGCUGUAUAUUUUUACAUUGAAUAAGCAAGAAGUAGCUCUAAAGUUUCUUAGUUCUUAAGAUUUGCUGUGCCACUACAUAAACAUUUAGGACUCUGCUUGCCUCCAGAUAUAAUGGCGCAGUGCCACCGAGAAAUAACAUGAUGGUGAUGUAACAAAAAUAUUCCUCUGUGUCAGAAAUAUGCUGUUACAUGUGUUUAUACACAGGUCGACUGUGAAAGACACACUGCAUGUUUUUGUAUUGCUUUGGCUAGUGAUUCAACAGAAAGCUCCCUUUUUGGUAGUGCAUCGAAACAGUUGUUUUCUUUUUGUCAAAUAGAUGGCAGCAGAGUGUUGUAGACAAUAGGCGAUUCAGUUCCUCUAACCAUAAUGAAAGAGGCAUGACAGAUAGUAGACUUCUCUCAGCUGCAGCCUUGUAGAAGUUGUAGUUGUACAUUAAAAAAGAAAGAAUGCUACUAUUGAUAAUGCACAAGAAUAGAAGACCGAGAAGGUUAUGCCUUGCUAUACUUUCGUGAAUAGUUCCAGGUGGGAAAAACCUAAUCUUUUAAGGUAUGACAUCAACUCAUGAAAUGUGAUUGAAGUCAGCUAAGAUAAUAUGCACAUCAAAAUAAAUAGACAGAGAAAUAGAAAGUGUUCACAAGUUUCAAGUGAAUUAACUACUGCCUUGGGGUGCUGUGGGAAUAAGCCUGCAUGCCUCUUUAAAGAUAAGCCAGUCAGAGAAAGGAAAUGUCAGUCCUUAAAUUGUACUGACGUUAUUUAAGAACACUGCUAAGGAAUAAGGAUUUUUUUUCCUGACAAGAGUUUUAAAGUUUUCCCCCCAUCCAUACUGUGGCUCCUGUUUAACAACUAAAAUGAAAUACAUAUUUGUGUUCCUUUCGGUAUAAGUUAAAAGUAGCAAAGUACCUUACAAGAGGUUUUACUAAAUAAAAUAUUAAUCUUUUAAGAUAUAUAAGAAUACAUUUUAUACAAAAUGUUUAUAAAUUUUCCUGGUAUCUUUAGACUCUGCAAGAACAUCCUCAAUAGGACAAAGUGUUUUGGUAACAAUUUAGGCCGUAGCAUAAUAAUCUGUGUUUCAACUCAGUGAUUACAACUAUUAAGAACUCAAAUGUACUUUUUGUUAUUUCUUAAUUUAAAUCUGAAAUUAUUACUGUAUUCUAGAAAUACGAACAUUUUAAGCAAAGUUAAUUGUACAGCUGCGACUAAAUCAGUGGUGUAGGAUUUAUUUUCUCUUGCCUGUGCAUAGAAUGUGAAUUUAUAUAAAUGAAAAAUGCUAUUUGGGCGUGACCCAACCAAAACUUUAUAAUUGUACAGCUAUAUGAAUUAAUUAACUUGAAGUACAUGCAUACUUCAUAUAUUAAAUUCAAUGUAACUUCAUUUAAUCAUAACUGUAUGAUGAGUAUGCUAUUUAAAAUGUUCGUUUAGGGAAGUUUUUAAUGUUUGAAGUUCUAUUCUGUUCUUAGUCGUCUGUCGGGAGCCGCCCAGAGUGGCUGGGGAAACCCAGCUACAUGGGCGGGGUAUAAAUAAUAAAAUUAUUAUUAUUGUUCGUAUUUAAGCUGUGCUAUUUGAAGGUGUAUUAUAACUAUAUCAUCCCUCCCAUGCAGUUAGCUCUUUUUGUUUUUACAUUGUGUGCAGAGAAGCUUAGCUGCAUUUGAAAACCCACUUUUAUUUUAGUUUGGGUUUUCAAAUACUCAUUAUCCAUUAGCCUAACCCUCUCCCCCAGGUCCCCAGCGGUUUAGGUUUUAGUGUUAGUUUCUAGACGUGGUCUUUCUCCAGUGCAAAAGAAAUUAAACAAUAACGUGAUAAGAGAGUUCCAUUAUGAGAAGACAGCCAUUCACAUUUCUCCCAGGUGAUUAUAGCAGCAGAGUGAAAAAGGAACUUAGGCAGAAAUGAAGGCCAUGAAGGUGUCCGUACUGGUGAUGCAAGCACUGUUGACCUUCGCGUUCUCUGCCAUGUUUAUAAAGAUGGUGGGAGAAUUUUGUAGGGAACAAACUUGUGGCCGCAGUCCAGAGAGUUGCUCAUGCAGCUUUGUCACAUUGUCAGGUUAUUAAAGGUGAGCACAAACUAUUCUACACCUGACAUUGGGAAUGUUCUGGGUUUUCCUGAUGCUGUCAGCAAAUUUAAGGUGAAGUUUUUUGUCUGGCUUCUGUCAUUCAGAUAUCCUCAUUGGGGGCGUUUGACAGGACAAAAGAGAUGACGUGUUGUUGUUGUUUUUACAACAACUUGCACUAGGAUCAACACAAACACUAGGAUCAGUACAAACAAUUUGACCCUUCUCAUAUAGCAUUAUAAGUACAGGAGAAGUAUUUGAAGUAAGUAAUGUUAAAAGUGCUUAUCUAUUCCCCUAGACAGCUAUUCCCACAGACACGUUUUCCAGCUGAAACUUCAAAUCCUAGAUUUUAAUUUGUGUUUUAAAUAGACAAGCCUCUACUAUGCUGGUCCAUUUACCUUAUGGCUUCUUUUGCAGUCAUUCUGCACUUGUUUAAACUGAUGUUGUCUCUCGAAAUAAAUGCAAAUAUUUUAUAUAUGUUGUACAUCUGAAUACACACACAAAGUAAGAUGUUGACAUAUGCAGAAGAUAACAUGUAGUAUUCUGACAGCAGGAGUUUGAGGGGACUUCAGAGGCUGACUGUAGCUCUAGAAAAGAAUUCAAUUUAAGAAUGUGAUCAUUAGAUUAAGAACAAACAUAAAUGCAAAGAAUAGAGCUUUGGUUCAUAUUUAAUAAUACGUCAUCUGUCUAAGAUAGGGAACAAAUGCUUCUAAAGUAUUUAUUUAUUAUUCCUGUAGCAAUUGAUAUUUAUUUGCUGAACAGCAAGUUUGUUAUGGUGCAAUGGGUUUAUUAUGUCUUUUGGCCUUUGAAAUGUCGUUCAGAUGGGGUAGUAAAAAACGAUUAAAAGUUUUUGUUGUUUUUUUUUAAAAAAGAUGAGACUGUGAACAUAAUGAAGUGUUUUAAAGUUUGACAGUGAUUUAAGAACGAUUGUGGUAUUUGCAUGGAUAGACAUUAUAUUUCAAUAUCUAAAUAGCAUUUUUUUAAAAAAAAAAUUAAACUGUGUAACACAAAUUUAUAAACGUUAUACUUAAACCUUUUCAGUCAUACAGCUGUGUUUUUAUUUUAUUCAUAGGUCACUCUUACAUCAAAUAGUGCAAAUUCAUCAGCAUUCAUUGAACUCUAUAAGCAUUAUAUCAGCUUUAUAACAACAUAUUUUAUAUGUUAAUUUAGAACUUAAUUUACGUUUUGUAAGAGAGAUGUAUAUUUUGGGCUAUUUUCUCAGCACAGAUUGUUUAAAUCCUUCACUCUUAUCACAUUCUGAUUUAAGCUCCCCCUCCCCUACAUUAGAUCAGCGAUAAGAGUGGGGAGUACAGUAUGUUAAAAUGUUGCACGUUUGAACAUAUUUAGAAGAGUUUGACUAGAGCCAUCUGUUUCAAUGUUUAAUCAUCAAGCUGUUCUUGAAAAAUAGGCCAAACAUCCCAGGGGAACUAGUAGAUACAAGUAGUUACAAAAAUAAUAAAAAGCAAAAACAGAAAAUAUGCAGAUAUCAAAAGUGAAUGAUCUAUAGCAACCUUUUCUUUGCUUCUGGAUAUGCUGGACCAGAUUUCCUACUGAUAGUAAAACUGGCAAGUUAAAAUGUUUUCUUUUAAUGAAACCGUAGAAAUAAGGCAGCUUCAGAUGCACCCUUUGUUUUCCUGCCGCCAUUUUGAAUUGAUUUAGGAGGGAAAUAACAAACGGAGGAGGGGGAAAGUCAUAGCCCCUCCCCAAACAUGGCCCCACCCCAUUAAAUGUAAUUUAAGAGCUCUCAUUUGCUCCUUGUCUAUACCAGUCCAAAUUCCUUCUCCGUUCCCUUUUCAUUGGUUCGUAAGUUUAGUGUUGGAUCUGCUCCAGGUUGAAUGCUACCCAUACUUACCUUUAAAUCGGUGUUUAAAACCUUCUAAUUCUUGACAGAAACUGUUUGAAGUGAAAUAUGACUUGGAUGAAAUCUAAGCCUUACCAUAGUUGAUGCUGAAAGGGGCAGGAAUUUUAGUGAGGGGGAGCAUGUGAGCUUAAGUGGGAGACAGUAUUUAAAUAUUAGGGAUGUUUUUACUCUCCUAACUGGGGUUACAAGAUUGAAAAAUGUUAAACCUGCACCGAGCCUUAGAACGUUCAAGUAUUUUCCAGCAUGUACACCUGUGAUUUAUAAAUGCUUAUUUAUUCUUGGGCAGAACCAAUGCUUCAGCUAAAGCAGGCAUCCCCAAACUCAGCCCUCCAGAUGUUUUGGGACUACAACUCCCAUCAUCCCUAGCUAACAGGACCAGUGGUCAGGGAAGAUGGGAAUUGUAGUCCCAAAACAUCUGGAGGGUUGAGUUUGGGGGGUGCCUGAGCCUUUGCCUACCUUUUUGCUCUCUUUUUAAUGUUACAGAAUUUACCUGUGCUCUGGGGCACACAUGCGCAUGAACAUGUGUCUCACAUGUGUAAGGCAUGGAAAAGCUAAUUCUGGCAAAUUAGGAAUACUACUCUUGUGAUCUGUACUGGAGACGACUGCGUGCCACAGAGACUUUGCUUGCUUCGGCGGAUUUUAGUGCUGAUCAAUGUCAGCUGAUCAAUGUGUUCUUUCUCUGGGGAGCUGUCAGUAGCAGCAGUGGGGUUUUAAUUGCAAUAUUUUAUUUAUUUUAAAAUAAAAUGUAUAAAUUAACAGUAUAAAUUAUGACUUUUGUGGCUUCUCAAGCCAUUACAGAAAUACAGAGUAAAAAUGGGUCAGUAACACACUACACAGGCUAUAUCCCACACCCCAAUGUUGGUUGAACAUAGUAACUGUUGAGUUACUAUCAUAGAGAUAAUCUGAAGGCAGUAAAUCAACUAUACAGUACAGAGAGGUGAGGUGGAGUCUUAAGGUGCCAAUUUAGCCAUGGGUCCUGAUCAUGGAGAGGAGAGAACCAAGAAGGGGAAAAUUCACAUGCAAAGUACGAGCUCUCCUGGCAUUGUGAGGCCUGAGUAGAGAGCUAGAUUGGGGUGGGGUGGGGGAGUAGAAACAAACAUUAAGCAAAUAUUUAGCUGUUCUAUGGUAAGGCAAAAGCCUGGAUUUCUACUAUACUGUAUAACACAGAGGAUGACCUCUAAUGGGGUAGAAUCCAUGUUUGAUUCUUCCCUCAUUGAAGGAGACAAUCCUUCGCAGUCUUCCAAAACCUUGGAAACUUCUCAUUCACCCCAACUUUUAAAUGAUGAAGUUCCUGUACUCAUAGGGACACGGGUGGCGCUGUGGGUUAAACCACAAAACCUAGGACUUGCUGAUCAGAAGGUUGGCGGUUCGAAUCCCUGUGACGGGGUGAGCUCCCGUUGCUCGGUCCCUACUCCUGCCAACCUAGCAGUUUGAAAGCACGUCAAAGUGCAAAUAGAUAAAUAGGUACUGCUCCGGCGGGAAGGUAAACGGCGUUUCCAUGCGCUGCUCUGAUUUACCAGAAGUGGCUUAGUCAUGCUGGCCACAUGACCCGGAAGCUGUAUGCUGGCUCCCUUGACCAGUAAAGCGAGAUGAGUGCCGCAACCCCAGAGUCGGUCACGACUGGACCUAAUUCCCUUUACCUUUUCUCAUAAUCCCCCCCCCCUUUUAAAGUCUUAAACUUAGGCUACACUGAGGCUACGCUGAAACCCUCCUAGUUUAAUUCAGCAAUAGAAAUAUUUCUCCCUUUGAAUAGGCACUGUUCGGAACCUCUGUACAGAAGAGUCCUGGCUAACGCCAAAGAAAAUAACAAAUAUGGCUCAGAAGCAGGAGGACAAGAAAAAGUGAAGGCAAGGAAGGGAGCUAGCUAAAGUGAAGAGAGCAAGUGGUGCCGUCUCUCACAGUCAACUAUGGGGAUAGCAUGUUUGUAAACUAGUGAUGUGAAGCAGCUUCCUGGUGUAGUCGCCAAAGGCUGAGCAAAUUGUGGAUGUGCACCCAGUUAGUUACCAAUGAAUUUCAACCUGAAUCUGAAAAGGGCUUUUCACAAAGUUCUGGGAUAGGCAUAAACGCCAUUUCAUUACAAAAGAUGCACAUGAUGAAUAUUCCUAGGUCUGUGUCAUAUUAGCCCUCCCUGCCAGAGGGCGUAAAACAAAGUCCCAAAGGCGCCCAUAUUCAUCAAUCUUACUUAAGGGGGCCUUGCUCCUCUUGAGAGGAGAUGGGGUUGAAGCUCUUCAGAUAAUGUAAAAUGGGCACUUGGCUUACUUAAGGCAAGAUAUGAUCACUGGAUUGCAUCAAUUUGCCCCAGAGGGGUGAUUAAUGGCUGAAUUAUAGGCAUGUGUGGGGGACAGCAGGGACUUGCACUCUAAAGGCUUUCAUCUGCCGCAAGGACUUUCUCACUACUCAGUGUCAAGAAAAAUGAUCAAGUUUUGGUGCAUUUGCAGGUUCAGCCAAGCUAUGCAGUAACAGCACAACUCACAAAUACGUUUGGUUGUGGGAAAACACCCUACCAGUUUCAGUGGUCAGUAUUUUGCACAAGGAAGUUUGUGGAAGUUUCCUUCUUGUGCAGGAAACUUCCUGGAAACCCCCUGCAGCAGAUCGGGGAGGCAAGGGCAGAGGAGAGGCGGAGGGAUGAUGACUUCUGUUGCACUAGCAGAAAUUAUUGCACUAGCAGAUCUAUUUAGUUGGAUAUUCCCCAAUGAUCACCAACAGGAUCAUAGCUUUAGAUUAGCUGGGAAAUGAUUGGAUUAGCUGGGGUGAUCUAUAUGUGACUAUCCAUACAAGUAAGCAUUGUUCUUGAUCUCAAUUGAUUUAAUUUGCCCUUUGCAAUGCAACGUGGCCAUGCCACAAUCAUGUUUACACCAGUGUGGUAUAGUGGUUAAGAGCCGUAGACUCGUAAUCUGGGGAACCGGGUUCGCUUCUCCGUUCCUCCACAUGCAGCUGCUGGGUGACCUUGGGCCAGUCGCACUUCUCUGAAGUCUCUCAGCCCCACUCACCUCACAGAGUGUUUGUUGUGGGGGAGGAAGGGAAAGGAGAAUGUUAGCCACUUUGAGACUCCUUCAGGUAGUGAUAAAGCGGGAUAUCAAAUCCAAACUCCUUUUCUUCUCUUCUUCAUGAUCCCUGAUUGACUCAGAUCAUGCAGCAAAUGAGAGACACGGCAAGGUAGAAAAACAGCACUGGGGAACGAUGGCUAAAUUGGAACAGAAAUAAUAAUGUUCAGAAGUAAUGUUUUCUGAGGGAACUCUCUGAAGGAACAUUUCUACCAAAAAUUGAGACUGGCAUACAUUCAGCACAAUCCUAAUCCUUUGCUUUUUCUUCUAAACAGUGUAUGGAAGUUGAACUCUUGAGACAACAUACAUAAAUCUCUCCAAUAGCUAGAUUUCUAUUUGCUUAAGGACAUUCUCGUUCAGGUCUUAAUUUGCAACUUCUUCUUUUGAAGGACUUAAGCACAGUUUUUCAUAUUUACAUGUAGGUGGAGGGUUGCAUCGCCCAGUGAUUGCCGCAUAAGUAUGCAUGCAUUCAAGCAAGCAAAACCUCUUGCUAGUUUGUGCAGGGUGUAUUGUUCUUUUUUAAAAAAAAAUAUGGGAAUUUUUAAAAAAAAACCACACAUGGGAAUUUUCCAACAUCUCUCAUCUCACGUGUGUUUAACAUGCUAUUUGUUUCUGUCUUGACAGUAUAUUUGAUCUGAUAGUUCUGUCUUUCAUCUUAACAUAAUUGAGAUAGAAAUAUUAACAGGACUAACUCCAGUAACAACUGUUCCUUGCAAAAUGAAAACAGUGAAUGCAAUGAUAAAAGUGGAGAUGUGCAGGAAAACAUCAUGCUGUUCCGUUACUUUCCUCCAUAAUGCUUUCACAAGUUUCCUACAUACAGAGAGGGUCUUCUCACACCUUCUUUCUUCUGUAAUUCAAUAAUAUACAGUGGUACCUUGGUACUCGAACAGCUUGUCUCCCGAACGCCGCAAACCUGGAAGUAAGUGUUCUGGUUUGCAAACAUUUUUUGGAAGCUGAACGUCUGACACGGCUUCUGAUUGAGUGCAGGAUGCUCCUGCAGCCAAUCAGAAGCCUUGGUUUUUGAGUUGAAUGGGCUCCCAGAACAGAUUAAAUUCAAGAACCAAGGUACCACUGUACUAAAAUACUAUUUGUAUGCUACAGAAACUGGAUAUGCCAUUUGAGAAGCUAAUAUUCUCCAGGAAAUGAAAAUCAGCUAAAUCAAAAUAUGUAUGAUUGUUCAUCACAAAUCCUAACAUGCUCACUUUUCUUUGUGCUGCUUAGCAUCUGUUUAUUAGCAUAUAGCCUAUUUGAAUAACGAGCUGUCCCCUUCUCAUGUACUUGGAGUGGGAGUGCUAGGAAUGGAGAUGGAUUGGCAGCUAGAUAAACUUGUCUUUGGUCUGAGCCAAGUGUAAGUGGGGACAUGGCACAGGCUGAUUGAAAAGCUUAAAAGGGAGAAGGGUCCACCAAGCUAUCCUGUUCUGGUUCCACAGACGUGACCCAUGGCGCCGUUCAGUCAGCUGGUGGUUGCAGCACCAAGGAGAGUUCCUUGUGAGCAACUUGUCUGAUGGCUGGAUGUAAAUGUAGGCCUUUGAGCCUCUGUCUCCAGGCCAUCUCUGUUAUGCUCCACCUCCUUUGUUGGAGAACUAGAGUCUCUUAAAGGGGCCAGACCUCCAGCCUGAAGAUGGUCACUUCUCCUGUGCUCUGUGCCUCCUGCCUAGUGUGUUCCGUAUGCAGUUGCAGUGGUGAGGUGAUGUCACAGGCCCUUGCUUACUUACAAGGCAAGGUGAGAUAUGAGGAGAAGGACUCCAUGUCCCAUUUCCCUGAAUCUCAGCUCUUCAGCAAAGCAGUGGUGGCAACCCUGGGGAGCAGCUUGCUAUGACUGCAUUUUUCUGUGCACAGAAACAGUCCAGGUGGGGACUGGGGAUUAGAUGAGGCACCGUCGCUUGUCUGUUCCAUUUAUAUGCUCCAUUGUAAUGGAAGUUGUAAACCCCCCCUCCCAUAUAUUCUGAUAUGCGCACACUCUCAGAUACCGGACAUUCAACUUUACAGUGGUACCUUGGGUUAAGAACUUAAUUCAUUCUGGAGGUCCGUUCUUAACCUGAAACUGUUCUUAACCUGAGGUACCACUUUGGCUAAUGGGGCCUCCCACUGCCGCCGCGCGAUUUCUGUUCUCAUCCUGAAGCAAAGUUCUUAACCCAAGGUACUAUUUCUGGGAGUCUGUAACCUGAAGCGUCUGUAACCCAAGUUACCACUGUAUUAAUUGAUGGUAAUAUCAUAUUGGCCCUCUUCAUGUGUGAAUCUCCUGAAGCAUCACUCAAUCACCAUAAGCAGAGCUGCACUACUGGCCCUCCCACCAAAUGGCCGCUGACAGCAUAAGGAAAGCCUAUGUAUAGGUAGCUGUUAUCCCAUAGGCUCUGUGACUUUGUGUAUAUUUGUAGAGUCCUAAAUAUCUAUAUUUUGUACCCAUAUAACAGUCUUUCUACAGCAUCAAAAUAUUUCCAGGUGGGGGGGAGAGGGACACACACCCUGUUUUAAUUUCACUUACCAUGGUUAACUUGCCACAAUUUUGUUUAUGAAUUGGGUGAAUUAAUAUCCAUAGUGCAGGAAGCAAUGAGUCAUUAAUUCCUGACACCUCUUGUGUAACAUAGUGAGUUCACUUUAUUUGCUUACUGCUCUUGCUUGCUUAAAGCUGUUGUAAGGAUCAUUUGGCGGCUGUCUCUGAUUAUAAUGGGUCAGUUGACUUUGUACAGGAAAUGAAGUAAUUUACUUUGGCAUUUGUGCUUGGCUGUUUUCAGAAUCAUUGCUGUAAAAAAUACAGAUAUUUGGAAAACAUACUGAGAAUUAUGAAGAAUUUGCUUUUUUAUAUCUGCGAAUUUCUUCAUCCUAUAAAUAUUCUUUAAUAAUGCUGCAACCAACAUUUCAGUAGGGACUUUUGUGCAAUUAAUACUACAGUUGCUGCUGAUUCAUCUAUCUGAUACUUUUGGAGAUCACUGUAUAUUGACUUGUAGAAUACAGAUGAAUUUAGUUUAAAAUAAGCUGUCUUUCCUUUUUCUAAAUUACUGUUCAUCUGUCACAGGCAGAUGAAUUGAUAUUUUACCUUUUUUGUUUGUUUUACAAAGCUUAGAGUCAUGAUGGCCCCAUAGCAUUAGAAUUAGUAAAAGGAAAAAGGUGUGUAGAAUGGAUUCGAUAAACAGUGAAUUGUUUCAAUCAGAUACAUUUAGAGUUUAUUGUUGGUGUUUAGGAUGUAGAUGAGUGGGUUGAGUUUACUGCUGUAGGUGCAGUAUAUUUAUAUAUGUAAUAAUUUUUUGCCCUUUUUCCUAUGAUAAACUUCCACAGACAUACUGGCCUUUGAUGCCUACUUUUUCCCAAUAUAAAGCACUAAAUAUUGUCCUUGUCUAGGGGUAUUUUGAAGACCUCAACCAAUGACAUAGGCCGCUGUUUGUAUUAAUUUGGUUUAGUUACUAUGAGAGUUCUCAGUAAUGUCUAUUCAUUGUAGUAAAAUCAUUUAGAAAAUAUUUUUAAUGUUCACUUUUUUAAUAAAUUGGCACUGCAUAUUCAGAUAUAAAACAAAAUACAUUAUGGAAGUUAUUUUCCUAGAUUCUCUCCUAUUGCUGAUAAAUUAUAAUGCAAUGUGUAGAAAAUGCUUAUUGGCGGGUGGAAUAAAAGGCAUUUUCUGCCAGAUGUACUACUUUAGGUCCAUUCUGUAAACUACAUAUCAUGUUUCAAAAUGAUAGGACACCCUCUACCUAUAAUGUAAUCCGUUAACAAGUUUGUUCAUUAUGUGAGUGGUUAACUAUACUGUAUUUGCAACAACUUUUUUUUUUAAAGUAUUAAACAGAGGUGGCAAGAGUGACUGUUAUUUAUAGGCAGUUCUUUUCACCUUUGAGAACAAGUUCUGUCCUCCAUACUUUCCUCGUUUUUGCUCAGAGCACAUUUGACACACAAACAAAAGUCACUUUUGUCUCGCGGUGGAAACGUGCCAAGCUAUUUGACAUAAUGACAGGUGGGAUAUUAUCGCUGCUGAAAUUUUGGCUGUAUGGCUGCUUUGUUCAUGUUAGAUUGUGUUUUGACUUGCAUGUUUUUGGCCGCCAUGUAGGAUUCACCUUUAUUGGAUUUGGAACUUGCCUUGAAGUAUAAGGGUUUUCCUGUUAUAUAAUUUUCCAGUUGCAACUUGCCCGUUGUACAUGUAUGUACAUGCUUCUUCUUUCAUAUUUAGCUUAAAAGUGCAAAUUAAAAAUUAAUUCUGCUCAGUUGGGAAGUACCAGCAAUAAUGCCCACAUGUGCGAACUUAAAUAUCUUAAAUGAACACUGUGUGCGCUACAGGCGACAAUGUAAAAAUAGUGAAUAAUACCAGUGUGAUGUCUUUGGAAGGCUGUUUAUAACCAAGGCGGGAGAUGCUGCUGCUAAUAUAAUUAAAUAUGUGCAUUAAUAUAGUUUAGAUUAAUGCACAUAUUUAAUAUUAUUAGCAGCAGCAUCUUUAAAGUGUCUUUUAAAACAGGCCAGGUAUAUUAAUUUGAAACAUUGGGUCAGGAAUUAUCUGUUCUUAAUGUAGCAUAGAACUUGAUUUCAGAGGAAUGACUUGCAUUGCAGAAUACAGUCACUUAUAAUAUGAGUAGCAUAUAUAUGUACUUGUAUACAUUACCUUAUUUUUCUGUCUAUAAGACGCCCUCAUGUAUAAAACGCCCCUUAUCUUUGGGGACUCCGAUUUAAGAAAAUGGGGGAUCUGGACCCCAUAUAUAAGACGCCCCCAAAUUUUGGACAUUAUUUUUAAGGGGGAAAACCUAGUCUUAUACGGUAAUUACUCACAUCUGCACUGCAUAAAUAUAGUAAUUUAUUUAAACACAGUGGCUUGGAUCCUAAGUGCCCUUUCAGUCAAGCAAGGGCAGAGUGAUUUAUUUCCCGUAAGUCAAACGUUUUCAAGUAUCAAAGGGAAUUAUAGAUCCAGUCGGAGUCUUUCCACUCUGCAAACCUCUUCUUGUUGUUCUUCUUGUUGCGCAUUGCUGUAGGUACAAUGGUUUGUUUAUUCUUAAUGUUUACAGAUCAGGUGCAAAUAGAGAAAAAAAGGAUUUAUUUGGAAAUCAAUCCCUCUUUUGUCAAAGGGUAGUGUAUGACUUAACACAAGCAAGUUCAUUUGAACGUGGGCAUGGAAUGAGUAAUUUUGGUGGUGCUUAAUUAACAUCAUGGAAAAUGGAUGGAAAUAGAUACACAGGUGCUCAAAAAUCACUUUAUUUUUAGCACUGACAAUUUAAUAUCAAGGAUGGUCCAUUCCAUCUCCUAAGCUUGGAAAUCCAGGUGCACAGGCAGUGCAAGGGGUCAACAGAUAUGGGGGAAUUACUGCACAAACAAGAAGGUGACAGUGGGAAUGAAUAAUGCAAUGAGGCGAGGAACUAGACAUGUCACAUAACUUGUUUAUAUUAACACAAAUGUGAAAGCAUGAUUCUAAAAGGCAUCUGCUUCCUAGUGGAUUCUAUCCAGUGUCAAUGGCUUGAGGGCUGUAAUCUAGAGGUACUCCCUGAUUUUUACCUUCCUCUUCUUCUUUUUUUAAUGUAACCCUUGAAUUUUAUUCAUUUGUAAGAAAAACCAGAAAUAUAUACCUCCAAUUAGUUUUCAUUCAUGCUAACUCCUGUAUGUGAAUGAAAUAUCUAUUUUAAAAGUUCAAUUACCUCCAUAAAAGUGUUUUCUCCAAGGAGUAUUUUCCCUCAGGAAUAAAGAGGAAAUGUCUUUCAUUCUCUGAAUUGAAUAUGAACGAUGAAUGCCAGUAUUCUUUUCAAUAAAGGAAAGUUGGUAAGUAAGACCUUCUUGGGUUCCUAAAAUGACCACAGACUAGGAAUCAUUAUUGUGUGACCAAAUUCUAUAUAUAGUUUAUAUAGAGCCAGUUCCUUCCUUCUCUUCAGUCUAAAAAUGUAACUUCAGUCAUGCCUGUUUGUAAGCUGUUGCUCGCGGCUGAAUGGCUUUUCUAUUGCUACGUGUGUUUGUGUGUGUACAUUCUUACUGGCAAGGUUAAUUUAAGGAGGCUUUUCAAUACUGUAUUUCACUAGAGCUUUUUUUUUUACAUGAAGUGUUGUAGAUUCAACCCGUAUCUAAAGUUUAUAUGCUCAAAAGCUUAUAUGCAUUAAAAAUGCAUAAUUAUUUAAACGGAUUUAUGAUGAUUAUGCAUGAUAUUUCCUCUAACGUGAAAAAUGGAACUGUAGUUAUCAUGUACAGUAAUUUUAUAAUAUUGAGUAAACAUCUGUAACACAGAGACACAGAAUCCAUAGGUGUACACGGCAACACAUAUAUAUGUACCGAUAUAUAUAAUUUCAGCGACAAACCCACAGUGGAAUUGUAUUCACCACAUUUUUGACCCAUGUAUUUCUGCCCAAGUUGGGCUCGUAAGGAAUCUUUUAUUCACUUUUUUUGAGAAGCAUUAAGGUAAUCUUAAAGCGGCUUCCAAACUUUUGACCAGAUUAGUAUUGUUUUAAAAAACAAAACAUAAGGAAAGAAAAAUGGGCAGCCUAUCUGAGGCAUGGGGUGAGAGGUGACAAUCAGCUUUGGAUCAUAGCCAGAAAUGUGCAUCAGUACAGGAGUGAAAGUGUGGAAGCAGAGCUCACCUGCAGCCCUCUUCUCCCUGAUUUCUACAAAUGUUGCUGUGCUGCCUGAAUUACAUAAAUUUUGUUCUUUCAUCUGACCAGAGUAAGCGGCUGGUUGCUUUUCAUCUCCUUGGAUCAGAUAAUUCCCCAACAAUUUGUUAAAGGAGAGAGUAACUUUCACAUUUAAGGCAGCCCAUCAUUAUGCAUGUCUACGUAAAAUUAAGUCCCAUUGAAUUCAGUGGGGCUUAUUACCAGGUGAGCAUGUCCAGGACUGCAGCUUUUGUUUGUCUUUGAGACUAAGGAUUGAGACUAAGUGAAACAGAAGAAUACAGCAUUUAGUAUUCUGGGUACCAGAAAUAAUCUGCUCUGUUUAGAAAUCUGUAGUGAAGCUCUUAACUGCAUAUAUUCACAACUAUUAAUUGUACUUCAUCCCCAUCUGGUUUCCGAUGGAGCAGUUAUGUUGGGUUGUACCUCUCUGAGAGGGUGAAAGAUUAUGCAGGUAGAAACCUCUGCAGAUUUUUUAUGUGCCACCUCUGUUAAUUGGUGAACCAUAGCAGGAAUUUGAACAGUUGUGAAAGGGUCUUGUUUGCGUGCUUUUGAGAUUGGUCCCCUAAUCCCAACAAUUAUUUGAUUGCUUCCAAAAUUAUGUGUGCUUUUAAUUUUCAAAACUGUCAAUAAUGGCUACCUUUUAGACAUCAUAUUAUCAGAACUUCCAAUUCAUGGUUUGGAGGAGACUGGGAAUGAGCUGUGUGCUCACAUGCUAUCCCUUCCCCUUGCAUCUGUUCUUUAAUAAACACUUCCUGGUUUACAGUCUUGGUUUGGAAGGAUCACCCAAACUGCAGUCUGUCAGUACAGAUGUCAUGACAAAUUGUAGCUCGGCAAACCAGGAAGUGUUUUUCAGGUCAGGUGUUUGAAGGUCCACAUGCCUUCUUCCCGUCUGUUCUAGAGGAUUGGAAGACCUUCCAGUGUAGCAUGGAAAGUGGGGUGGGCUGCAUGGCAUGGUUGCAGUGGGGAGAAAUUAGCCUCUCCUCCUCUUAAAGGUAAAGGUAAAGGGACCCCUGACCAUUAGGUCCAGUCAUGACUGACUCUGGGGUUGCGGCGCUCAUCUCGCUUUAUUGGCGUACAGCUUCUGGGUCAUGUGGCCAGCAUGACUAAGCCGCUUCUGGCGAACCAGAGCAGCGCACGGAAAUGCCAUUUACCUUCCUGCCGGAGCAGUACCUAUUUAUCUACUUGCCCCUUGACGUGCUUUCGAACUGCUAGGUUGGCAGGAGCAGGGACCAAGCAACAGGAGCUCACCCCGUUGUGGGGAUUCGAACCGCCGACCUUCUGAUCGGCAAGCCCUAGGCUCUGUGGUUUAACCCACAGCACCACCUACGUCCCUCUCCUCAUCUUAGCACCAACAAAUGCUUCUGCUAGAGGAUACUCCUGCAAAAAGAACUGCAAGCAUCACCUGUUCACUUUAAAAUAAAGCUGAACGAUGCAAGCCUAAUUGAAGUGGUUGCAAGGAUGGUCACGCAAGUGGUGUUCUUGUUUGUGCCACCACCUCACUUUUCCCUCUGUCUCUGGCCAGAGAGGAAGUCUAGAACCAGGAGCCUAAGUAUCUGCCUGGGCAAGAUAGCCAACAGCCAGCACCCUUUCAUCUCCAUGGGGGCAAGGCCAGGCAAGGCAGCAUGCUUUCCCUAUACUUCCUCUUGUAGGCACAAAUGUAAUGUAACACUGAGAGGUUUAUUAAAUAAAUGUUCAAAUUGCGCCCUGAAAAGUGGUGCAAGUUAUGUGGUUCGGCCGCUUGGAAGGAAUGAUGGUAAGAGAGACAGCCUGGGAAAGAGAUAUUAACCUGGAAUAGCACCACUGCACCACAAGGGCUUGUGUGGUUUUUUUCUUGUUCAGCAUAACUCAAGAAAUUGGAAUUAAACAUGUGUUUCUUGCUUUACUUCUAUGUGGUCAGGCCAUCUAUAGUUUUUUGUUGAGUCAUUUGUGAGAAACAAUUGUGUGGUGAGGCAAAAUGUUACCAGUAGCAGUAGACUGAUAAAGAAGAAGGAGGAAGAGGAUGUUAUUUGGGUCCUUAGAGGUGUGUGCAUUUUCUGUGUUGAAUGAACUGUAACAAUGUCCUGCUACGUAGACUAUAGCUGUGCCUUUAUUAAGAACUUUCAGUUGUCCCAUGGUUAAUUCAACAGGUAUCCUCUUGUUGGAUCUGUAUAUUUCUGUUCUCCUCCCAAUAUCCUGCCUCUACAAUGACCUAACUUUCCUAUCAUACAUAUUGCAUACCUUUGUCACUAUCAAGCAUUGGCUCUGUUCAGACCAAACCUUUGGUGCUAAUUCCACCUUGAUUGCUUGGUUGUUUUGAUUCCUGGAUCAACCAUGAAGAUUGGCCCCCAACUUCUCACAGUCCUGGCUUUGAAUACUUUGUAUAUCCUGGUCAAGUUAGGAAUACUCAGCUGUCCGCAACCCAGUCCUGUUUGGCAGUCUAUGAUUUAGGUAAUGCCAAAUCCAUUGGCUAAGAUUUAGAAAGAACAUGUGCGGUCACAUGUAUAAAACCCCUGAUGUGAAGCAAUUCAAGAUAAUUUGGAUCCUGGGCAGCAUAUGUUUUUGUAAAAGCCUUAUAGUUUUUUAGCUCAAAAUUAAGUUCAAUGCAUUCAGCAUAUUUUAUUUAUGGAUCAAUUCAACUUGUAUAUCCACAAUAAAGGGUCAAAUUUUAUUCCAUAUUGAAGCUAUAUUUGGGGUGAUUGUUAACUAUGUUUUACUCAGAGUAGACCCACUGAAAUUAAUGAACAUGACUAACUUAGUUCUACUAAUUUCAGUGGUUCUCCUCUGAGUAAAACUUAGUUGAAUAUCACCUUGUGUGGGUAUUCGUCUUAUCUGAUGGGAAAAGUGACAACCUUUUAUAUUCAGCAUGGCAGUAUCAUCUCAUAUCCCAAGUCAUAGCUUAAAAUGCAUUAGUGUCCUAUUUGCAGGAUGCACUGUUUAAGCACAAUAAAUUACCAAAGUGGUGACUGAGCCAUUAUUUGGUAUACUAAUAGUUUGCAGAGAAACUAUUAUAGAAGUGUGAAUGGUUUUUUUUAAAAUUAGAAAUUAAAAUCAAAUAAUUCAUGUUUGAAUCUACCUUGAUGUGUUAGGUUUCUCAUUAUAAGAUAAAAUUAGAUUCCUUGGGGGAUAUGAUAUUCUGCAUUGCACAUGUAAUAUUUUAAGAUGCCUUGUAAGUGGGAGAUUGUAAAUGGUGCGAUCAGAAGGCACACUUUACUGAAGCUGAACUGAUCUGGGUCUGGUCAGUGCCUGGAUAGGAGAGCACCUGGGAACUGCAUGUAUGCCACCUUGGGUUUCAUCAUGGUAGAAAUGUGGGAUAUAAUAAAUAAAAAUAAUUGUAAAAAUAUUUAAAAGGAGUGAUGAAAAUAUUGAGUAAAUAAACAUCAAGGCAAUAUUGAAGAAGAGAGGACACAUUGUUAACAAAAGCCAAUUUGGAUGUAGGAGAUGGUAUGCGUAUGUCAGGUAAUAAGUUUCCCUAUUAACACAGAUGAGAAUAUGGAGCUUUGCAACUGUGCCCAGAUGAUGCAGAACCCAUUCAGUGUAAAUGGGCAAGCAAAGGAUUUCAUUGACAGACUGUUUUCUGCGCGCACUUUUUGAACCAUGCAAAUAUACACUUGAUAAACUUGCACAGCAAUCAAAUGACCAUAAGUAGACCGCAAACCAGCCCUGUGAGUUGCCGCUGUUGGGUCCACCGUAAGAGAGCUAAGGAGGAAUUAUGGGUUGGACCAUAAUGGCUCCUGAGGACCCAUUACUUUCAGACGGGUAAAUAAAUGCAUGUUUUCAAAACUUUCACACAUGCCAGAGGUUUGAAGUGCAUCGCGAAAAGCCAACUGGAUAAGUGUACAAAAAAGAGGAAAGAACCCCAAACCAUUUAUCUAGAGAGCCAAAAUGAAAUCUGAAACACAACCAGUACAGUUUAUUGAAGCAACCUUAACAACAACAACACAUAUUUACACAGAUAUUUCAAACUGUUGAGGUGGCUCGGUAAGCAAGCAAUUAGAAACAAGACAAGGAGUUCUAAGACAGGAUUUGAAUAUUUUAUGGCCACUUUUCAGUCAACUCCCGGAGCUGUCAAAUCCUUUUCAAGCCUUAUAUUCAUGCAGUCAGCACCUCAGCAGCUGAACACAUGUGCACACAUAGAGUAGCUACAGAUGUUAGAAUCCCUCAGGGUUGUAAAUGUUGUCACAUCUUUCAAGUGUUCUGCAUUUUACAGGCUUCCUGUUUUUAAACCAUUUUUCUGGCCUUCUCCCACCUAUUUCUGAACUUUGCUUAUACUGCUCCUGUACUGCCAGCUUCUCGCUUUAGUGAAAGCUAACACUCUUCCUUUCUUCACCCUUAACUGAAAUCGGUCAAGAAAUGUGAAGGAAGAUGCAACAGUUAUAGGUAAAGCACUCAGAUGUCUUGAAAGCAGAUGAAGAAGACUCUAGAGGUAUCAGGGAAGGAAGAUGGGACAUAGAACAUAUAAAAUGAACAAUGAGCAAAAUAAUUAGGCCCUUUGUUGUAGGAAUCAGAAUCCUAUAGUUGGUGCAUUCCCGCUGUUCCAAAAUCUGUAGUAAGGCAAUGCUUUUAUUCAGGACUAUCCAAAAUAUUGUGCAAGCUUCUUAAGUUUAGCAGAACUUUUCAUCAGGUGAUAAUAUUAUACCUGAGGGAUGCUAGCUCAAAGAAAUACACAGUGGCUGAAUUCCUAUUUUUGAAAAUACAAUUUUAUCCUGACAUGACAGUAAAGAGGAAUAUGGUAUUUUUAUAUUAGCAAAGCUGGAGAUUAAUUUUAGAGUAGUGUACUAGAUGCAAUUGUCAAUGGAAGCCAAACUGUGUAGAAUUAUAAACAUUUUAUUAACCAGUUGUAAUGAAUGAAUCUAACACACUUAUACAAUGCUAAAACUUUAUUGCAACCAAACCACAAUGUAAAUAUUGGCUUUUUAGAAAUGUUAGCUUUUUUGUGCAAUUGGAAUUUAUCAUUUUGACUAUUAUGAAAAAAUCAUCUGCUCCACAGCAUAUAUAACUUUGGGUGGCAUUCAACUGCAUUUUACUCAGAGUAGACCCAUUGAAAUGAUUGUGCAUGAUUUAACAAAGGUCUACUAAUUUUAAUGGAUCUGUCCAGUGUAAAGAUGAGUUGAGCACCACCUAUUGCAAACAGCCCAGAGUGUGUGGCUAACAAAAUAAUAUAUUUAAAGAGUUGCAACAUUUCUGGUAAACAAUAAAGCUCUUCAGUAAAUGGCUGGCAGAAAAGAAGGGCACAGGUGAAAGUUUAAAACAAAAAGUGCAGCUUGGCAUGAGUCUGUGAGUUUAAUUACACAUCAUUUUUAAUGAUAUAGAAGAUGUCAGAAGGUGUUUUUGUUCUGUAUCCCAGGUAAAUCAUGACAACUUCACUGAGGGGAAAAACUGUAGAGAAGUGGGCCAGGUAUUUGAACAAGGCCUUCAUUUAGAAACUGAAGCAAAGAGUUCUUCUGUUUCUCUUCAGCUAUUUGGAGAGCACUUCCUAAAGGGAAGGUGACAAAGUUUGCUUCAUUAAACUGCAUUUAUUUUUAACAGGGUUUUUCUGUUGAAUAAAGAAUCUCUUUCAUACCUGCAGGUACAAUAAGGUGAACUUGAUUAUUCAGUUGUAUUGGUGAUAUCAAAGCUAAUAACAAUGAUUGACUAAAUUCGUUUGGCUGAAACCUCUAUAUGUUAAUUCUGGAAUAGGAAAUUCUAUGUUUAACCAAGAUACCUGUACAAAAGUUCAAGCUAGAUUAUAUUCCCAUAUUUGAUAAAGAUCAAAAGAUAUAUUAUAAUACUUUUUGCAGUGAAAAUAUUAGCAUGUUGCUUUAACCAAAAUUACACUCUAUUCAUAAUUGAGUCCUACUUUUUAAGAAGGAUAUCAUAAGUGUUAGUGUAUUGAAGGGUAUUAGAGUAUAUUGCUUGUGUAUUCUGCUGUCACGUGUCAGUCAGUGAAUCAAUCAACAGUAUUUUGAAAUGAAUGAGCUCACAGCAUACUAUGUACAACAGGCUCAAGCUUAUACAUGAAAUCUUUACCUAUACUAAUUUGUUUUUAUUUGUUUAUAAAAUGACACCUCCCACUCUGAAAAGACCCUCUAAUGCAGUUUUCAUAAGAUAUUUAUUGAGAUUUUUUGAAAUAUUACAGUAAAAAUGAAAAACAAAAGAAAAAUACAAAAUAAAAACAGUUAAAAUCACACAUAUUUUCCAUUACUUAUUUUCCUUUAGCUUGUUUCCCGGACCUCCUCAUACCUCCCUUUUUUGUAUUCCACUUCAAUUUAUUGGUUCAGCAAAUCCUUACCAUUAGAUUUUAACCCAUUUAUAACCCUUUUUCAUAUUCUCUUAGAGCAUUACAGCUGGAAACCGCUUAAUUACUAUCCAACAUCAUUCUAUCAUUCAUUAAUUUUACAAUAUUUCUGUAGAUAGUCUUUGAAUUUCUUCCAAUCUUCUUCCACCGACUCUUCUCCCUGGUCUCGGAUUCUGCCAGUCAUUUCUGCCAAUUCCAUAUAGUCCAUCACCUUCAUCUGCCAUUCUUCCAAAGUGGGUAGAUCUUGUGUCUUCCAAUACUUUGCAAUGAGUAUUCUUGCUGCUGUUGUUGCAUACAUUAAAAAAGUUCUGUCCUUCUUUGGCACCAAUUGGCCGACAAUGCCCAGAAGAAAGGCCUCUGGUUUCUUCAAGAAGGUAUAUUUAAAUACCUUUUUCAGUUCAUUAUAUAUCAUUUCCCAGAAAGCCUUAAUCCUUGGGCACGUCCACCAAAGGUGAAAGAAUGUACCUUCAGUUUCUUUACAUUUCCAGCAUUUAUUAUCGGGCAAAUGAUAGAUUUUUGCAAACUUGACUGGGGUCAUGUACCACCUGUAUAUCAUUUUCAUAAUAUUCUCUCUUAGGGCAUUACAUGCCGUAAACUUCAUACCUGUUGCAGUUUUCAACAAUAAAAUUAAAAUUAAAGGCAAUGCAUUUAAAAAGAGCAUUCAGAGCCAGAGUAAAUGGGUAAAACCAUGGCCACAUUGAAUUAAGACACGCUAAAAGUCUGGGAGAACAAAAAAAGGUCUUAACCCUACUCUCAUGAACAACAGAGAAAGGGACAGUCUUAACUCCCUUUGGAUGAAAUUCCACAAUCAGUGCUUUCGCCCAAAAGGCCCUGCUCCACGUUCCUAACAGCUACUGUGCCCUGCAGUUCACCCAACAUCUAUACCAGUGGUUUUCAACCAGUGUGCCAUGGCACCCUGGGCUGCCUUGAAGGAUGGUCAGGGGUGCUGCGGGCAACACUGGCCUCUGUCCCUCUUUCCUUCCCUACCCCCUCUGAUGCCCUCUCACAUCUCUGCCUCCCAAAGGCUUGCACAGCUGCUUUUUGCAGCAGCCCCAGCUACAAGCUCCCCAGACAAAUGGUGCCUCUGGGGCUGGCCAGGGGUUGACAGGAGCUGAGGCGGCCUUGGAGUACGUAAGCCAGCGGGUGAGGGAGCACAGCCAGCCAGUCCUCCAGCCCUUGCUAUUGGGAAUGGACAGACAAGUCCCAGGCCCCUGUGGGGCAGUGUGAGGAGGUACCUCUCUUUGGGGUGGGGUGGGGCAGCUCAGAGGACUCUCAAGGAGAGAAGAGACAAGAGGAGGCUGAGGGAACACUCCACAAGGGAGGGUGUUUAAAAAAGGGUGAGAGGCUGCCAGCUCUGCAGGCAAGGGGUGAUGUAACUGGGCUCCUGAGCCCCACAGGGGAGCCACAAAAGAAUGGAGUUGGAGCCGUGGACUCAUGGUUGAAAACCUCUGAUUUGUGCCAUCCUGCCAAUAUAGAUGAUUCAAAACAAGGUGGAUUUAGACUGCACUAUCAUUUGGGGAUGGAUAGUUGGAAACAAAUCUGGAACACACACACACACACACACACACACACACAUUUAAUUUACCAUGUAGCAUCAGCCCAGGCUCCGUUCCCAGCUUAUAAGGAUGAUAACUACCUGAAUGUAUCUGUGGAGGUUAAAUGUGUUGUUGUUGUUUAAUUUUGAAAUGAAUACAUUAAUUCUAAAGAAGUCUUGAAGUUUAUCUGCAAAUAAUGCACUAUGAAACUACUACUGCAGCAACGUACAGGUUGCUUGGGGGUGCUGAAGGCCCCCUUUAAAAUAUUAAAAGCUCCAAGUAACGUUUGGAUUCUUUCCUCUUGAGGGUUAAAGUAAACCAAUCCCGAACAUGAACAAGCUCCAUAAUACAAUGCUGUUCUUGUCAGGAGCUCAGAGCAAGCUCUGAAGCACAUAGUGUACAUAUUGAAAAACAGCUGUUUGGUGACAGACUGCUAGCUGGGAAGUUGAAGCUGAGUGAAGUGGUUAGCCCACAUCCCUUUGCCACUGAUAAAGUGCUUUGAUAAGCAGACUAUAGUGGUGAAAACCAGCGAAAGAGCCAAAGAUUGUGAUUUUUUAGAAUGAAUGUAGGUCUUGUUUGACAAAGGCAGCCUUCUUCUCUUGUAUACUGUUCCACAUUUUGUUUUUACUCAUUCCUUCAUAUUCAGUGUAUGCUUCAAUUUAUCCACCCACUCGGUGCUGGAUACAGAAGUGGAAGUAAUCCUGAAUAUUUCAAAGGCAUGCCUUGCAAGAGCAACAGAUUUUUUAAAAUAUGCAGAAGAAUUAAAUCUUCCUAGUAUAAUCCCUAGUGUAGGCAUUUAUUUAUGUAUUUAAAAUAUUUAUUAAUCAUCUCUAAUCAUAGAUCUCUUAAGUGAUUUAUGUCACUACUGGGCCGACAAGGGGGAUGAGAGGAAAGGAAGCAGGAUGGGAUACAGCCUUUUAAAAGAAGUCUUUCGUUCAAAAAAUGCUUUUCUGUUUUAACCACAAGACAGCAACACAUGGGCAUCUAUUUCUGCUUAAUUCUAUUUUAAAAAGAAAUUCACAGUCAAAACAUUCUUUGAUUAAUUUCUUAGCCUCAAUUCGGCAAUCGCAGAGAUAACUCAGUGCAGAUGUUGUGCAUUUAUUUCCACAUUACUUGUAUGCAGUUUCUCAUAUCUUAUAAGUAAGGAAAGUUAAGUACUUGAAUAGAUAAAUAGUUAAAUUCUAAAGAUUGAUCAUGUUGGCUGCUUCCAUGAAGCACACCGAUUUUUAAACAAGUUUCAUUAAAAUCCGCAAGUCCUGAGUUCCUAGCAAAAUAAGUAAGUGUUUGAGUGUCUGCGUUUUACAGUGGCAGAGCAAUCCUACCCUGUUGGAGGAGGGAGAAUCAAAGCCAGAUGAACCGUCAAAGUCCUGGCAGACUUGUGCCAGCAGGGCAAAAUGUGUGUGUGUGAGAGCAUCAUUCCUCAUUUCUUCCCCCCUCCUUUUGAAGGCUUUUUUCCCUUUCAAAAGCAUUUUCUCUCUCUUUCUCCUUUGGAACUAAUGGGAGAAAAAUACACUAGGUUAGCUUCAGGGCUGGUGUAGUUUCCCUUUGCCUCAAGGGUGGUGUUGGGGAAAUGAGUAGACUUUGCAUCCUCCUGAUCCACAGCCACAGCAUUUUCUGAUACCUCCCCUUUUUGUUCUCUCCUACAUCUCAGUUCCAACAUUGGAGAAGAGGCUCAUGAAGUCGCAUCUCCUUCUCUCUCUCUCUCUCUCUCUCUCUCUCUCUCUCUCUCUGUCAGUUUGUGGACUCAUCUCUCUACAUAGGGAGAUCGGAAAAGUUCCGUGGCCCCUGUAAUGCCCUCACAGGAACUAUAGGAUGGUACCCUUAGGACCAAUUCAGAUAGUCCUAUGGGAUGGCUGACCUGUGAUCUUUCAGAUGUUGCUGGACUAUAACUCCUAUCGUUCUUGACCAUCGGCUAGCAUGGGAGUUGGAGUCAGACAACAGCUGGAGAGCCACACAGGCUAGCUACAUCUGCUGUGCAUGUUUGUUUUAUGUUGAAAUUGUACGCCCCACCUAUUUCCUCAAGGAGACUCAAGGCAGCAAAUGAGCAGUAAUAAAAAUGGAGAAAGGCAGGAAGACAAACAAAAUGCAAACUGGUACAAACUGAAGCGUAUUCAAUAAACAGGGCAUAAACAGUACUCCUGGUCUUCUCUGGAACAAACAGUAGUCCAGGUCACAGUGGAUCUGAGUGCUUUUUUUCUGCAAAGUGCUUUGCAAAUGGGUGGCAAAGGGCUUCCGUGGUUUCAUGUGAAACCAUUCUGUAAACCAUGAUAGAAAAGGUCCUUCACAACAUAUAAUAGUUCUGCUGGUUGGCUUUGCUUGGACGUAUCAUUGCACUGAAGUACUCCCAUUGCCUCUUUUGAAAGUAAAGAGAUAGACUCGAUGAAAACUUAUUUCCCUCUCUAAAGCUUUGUCAGUUUCUUUUCUUGUUAUCUUUAUGUUAAUUUCGUUACAACUGUGGUCCGCUUGAUAUGUUUUUGGUCAUCAUGUGGUGUGGUGCUACUGGUGGACUUGCAGCUGGCCUGGACUACAUGGAUGAACCUCAUUGGAUGAACUGGUAACCCAUUAGGGAUUUGGGCUUUCAAUGGACGUCAUUUUCACGAUUACAAUACUUCAAAAAAACUGUUACCAUGGUCUAGUAAAUUGAAGCAGUUACAUGUGCAACUUGCUAGCUGUUCAGCUAUCACUUUCAUAGGGUAGCUUGUGGGUGUGCCACCCCACCCCCAAGGAAUUUGAACAGAAGUCAAGCAGCUGAACUGAGCCCAAGCCAUCCAUUUAUUCAAUAUUGGCACUGCGUGAAUUUUCAGAAGCAAUCAUUUUUAACAAUAUACUUUCUAUGUUGUAAAAUAUAUGCCAUACUGUACAUUUCAAAUUCCAGAAUUAUGUUGGUACGUGUCAAACGUAAGUUUAAGCUCCAGUUCAUCCUCCAGUCAAUCUUUCUGCAUUAAGACAUUACUAGUGGGUGAGCGUGCAAUAUGUAAAAUAUUUCUUUAUUUAUUAUAUUUAUAUCACAUAUUGCACACACAAACACCCAGAAAGAAGGACUCCUUAUAAUCCAUUCUAUCCACAGUUUCCACCUUUAGCUUUUUAAAUAAAUGUAUCUGGAGGGUAUUAAUGUGUCGGAAAAAGCUUCAUUGUUUGAAAAGUGAAUCAAGAAAUCUAUAAAAAGGUAAAGGGACCCCUGACCAUUAGGUCCAGUCGUGACCGACUCUGGGGUUGUGGCGCUCAUCUUGCUUUAUUGGCCGAGGGAGCCGGCGUACAGCUUCCGGGUCAUGUGGCCAGCAUGACUAAGCCGCUUCUGGUGAACCAGAGCAGCACACGGAAACACCGUUUACCUUCCUGCCGGAGCAGUACCUAUUUAUCUGCUUGCACUUUGACAUGCUUUCGAACUGCUAGGUUGGCAGGAGCAAGAAAUCUAUACAGAUGCUAUAAAGGCAAACUGCUAAAUCACAUACACCAGACAUCACCAUUGUAUCUCCUGGGGGUGCAGUGGUGGCCUUGAGGUCUUCACCUGGUGCUCAUAAAGGCUCUGAGGCCGACACUAACUGUCCCAUUGGUCAUGAGGUGGUGAGGAUGGAUGCCUUUUUCACCCUUGAAAAGUUCAUAGAGCUGAAGAAGGAAGUUGAAAGCGUGAUUCUCUUUCACACUUUGUCUUUCAUGUCUGUGAGCUUUUAAGGGCUCAGAUUAGUUGAUUUUAUUGAUUAAACACUCGAGAUUUAAAGGCUUCAAAACACACAGGCGGUUAUAGAUAAGAAUAUAUGAAAUGCAAAAAUGCUUCAUGCUUCUCUAUCUAGCUCUGCACUGAAAUGCCACGCUGGUUGUAAAUAUGUUGUUAUAACUAGGUUAGUUUGCAUCCUAACUGCAUGAUCGAGAACAAUACCUCAAAAAUAGACAGAAUCCAACACUUUCACAAGAGCCAAGAACUAACAAACAAUGUUCUCUCUCCCUCUCUUAUUGUAACUAUGGAGGAUGGAUGGUUGAAAACAAUUAGUCUUCUAGGAAAUCUACAUACAGACAUGUUCAUAAGAGUACGCAACCAGGAUCCAAAGUGCUUCUUGGGCUCACACAACUGAGUUGCACUAGCAUAGUAUCAUUUUUGACUCCCCCCACCCCAAUCUGAAUAGCUUUUUCCAAUCUCCUAUCACAAACUUCAGUUUUAGAAUCAGUUCCCCAUAUGGAAGGGGAAGUUGUGGUUCAAGACGAAUUCCAUACCAACUUGGGCAAACAGAACUUAUUUAAUGGUUCUUUGGAUUUUUGCCUCAACCCAGCAGAGAAUGAAGCAGAUGUUUUCCAGCAUAUGUAUAGGUAAAGGUAAAGGUACCCCUGACCAUUAGGUCUAGUCGUGACCAACUCUGCUGUUGCAAUGUUCAUCUCGCUUUAUUGGCCAAGGGAGCCGGUGUUUGUCUGCAGACAGGUUCCGGGUCAUGUGGCCAGCAUGACUAAGCCACUUCUGGCGAACCAGAGCAGCGCAUGGAAACACCGUUUACCUUCCUGCCGGAGCGGUACCUAUUUAUCUACUUGCACUUUGACGUGCUUUCGAACCGCUAGGUUGGCAGAAGCUGGGACCGAACAACGGGAGCUCACCCCGUUGCAGGGAUUCGAACUGCCGACCUUCUAAUCAGCAAGUCCUAGGCUCUGUGGUUUAACCCACAGCAUACAGAGGUCCAAAAAGUAAAUCAUGCCGAGGAUCCCCCACCCCAGAUAUUCCAAAAUGUAUUAUCUGAGCUCAUAUUACAUUUUACAGUAUCUCGUUUCUGUGAUCGCUCUCUGCUGCAUAGUCUAUUGUAAAAUGCAACACCUUAACUUAACUGUAGCUAGAUACAGAUUCAUGUAGGUAGCCAUGUUGGUCUGAUGCAGUCGAAAUAAAAAAAUUAAAAAAUUGUCCAGUAGCACCUUAGAGACCAACUAAGUUGGGUAUAAGCUUUCGUGUGCACGCACACUUCUUCAGAUACUUCAGAUGCACACGAAAGCUUAUACGCAGAACAAACUUAGUUGGCCUCUAAGGUGCUACUGGACAAUUUUUUUAUUUUUUUUAUUUCAACUGCGUCAGUUGAACCAUGGAAGGCACCACAUUGAGCCGCAUGAAAUGGAAGUUCAUCGACAAAGUGCAUCUGAAGAAGUGUGCAUGCACACGGAAGCUUAUACCCAGAAAAAAAUGUAGUUGGUCUCUAAGGUGCUACUGGGACAAUUUUUUUUUAAAAAAUUAGGAGCUAGAUAUGAGAGACAAUUCUCACAAACGAAAGAUCUUGUUGAAUCACUUUCAUUUCGUUCCCUUCAUAUCUUUCCAGGUAAGCCCAUAAGUGGGCUUAAUCUCCUAAAAUAAAAGAGUUCUAUUUGCUUUUGUGUGUGUAGAAGUUGCUGAUCCUUAAUAGAAAGCAGCAUGUGCACAUCCUGCAAACUCAUUUCCUUAUUUAAAGUGAGCAUCCUUCCUUUACUGAGAGAUGCUUCCUUUUAUAACAGGGAAGUUAGAAGCAGGCCUUUGUAAGCUCUUAAAGGCACAUCCCUUCCAAAUGACCUUUGUCCCACGCUACUAAAUUAUAUUGUUCGGUCAACUGUCUUGUUCCACGCGUAAGAUAUUCAAGAAAAGACAAACUCAAAAUUCAGAAAAUAUCAUAUUUUUCCUAUUAUACAGCAUAAAUAGUAGAUCAGGAAAAGGGAUGGGUUUGGGGGGCAAGCGGGGUUGCUAUUACGGUAUAUUAUUUCUUGUAGUGCAUUUUAUAACUUGCUGAGAUAAUUUUUGGAGAUGUCAGAAACCAUAACUUUGACAUCCAGAUUUACAAAAGGAAAAUACAUGAGAUGCUGCAGUUAAAUUUCUUGCUUGCAUGUAUUUUGUCACUGUACAUCGAUCCAUCUCAGAAUAUAAUGCCAAUAGGCAUGUGGUUAUAUAACACAUUAAAAAUCAAUUAGAAGCACAUUUCUGUAAUUGGCAGCUCACAAAAUAAAUGAAAGCGUCUAGAAAACCUUAAGGUGGUAUCCAAUGAUGCUGUUAGGUUGAUGGUAUGGUAGUCUGUCAGCAGAAUGGGAGGGAAGCAAUUUUCAGCCAUUACCCCUGUCUCCCUCAGUUCUACCCACCAUACCUCCCAACUGGAGGGCACUCCAACCCUCUGGAGCAGAUUUAGUUGUGAGGGGGAAUUGCCCAGAAAACUAUUUUGUCUCCAUUCUGCUGAUAGAAAGUCUUAUUGUCAGCUGAGCUAUCCAGGCUGACCGAUUUGGAUAUUAUUGUUUCAUUUGUUUUUAUAUUUUUGCGUUUUUUUAAUAUUGUAAACUGCCCUGUGAUCCUUGGAUGAAGGGAGGUAUAUAAAUUUAAAAAAUACAUUUAAAAAAUAAAAUAGUGUUGCUGCUCAUCCUUACUGCAGAUUAUCAUGGACUUUAAUUAAAGCCUUUAUUUUUCUCCCUUCUAGUAAUAUUUAAUCCCUACUCAAUCCCCAGGUGAGUGCCAUAUAAAUUAGCUGAUUUUGUUGGAAGAGAUUUCCCUUUUUAAUGUCAAAUGUUAAACUUUUAAUUCAUCAUUCAGUGACAAUAUUGGCCAGAGGUGGGAGUUAACGUGAUUUUGAUGAAAGCUACAGAAGGCAUAUCCAGAUUUAAACUAAAAAAACCAAAAACUUGAAGUAUGCAAGUCUGUGAGACUGGUUGCUUUUCCCUCUCAGAAGGCAUAUACCAGAAGAUACAAAGCAAAAUGAUCAUUUUAGAGGCAGGCCAGUGUGUGUGUGUGUGUGUGUGUUCAGUGGUGCAUUGAAUACAAAUACUGUGCUUAUGAGUUAAGGAAGAAUACAGAUCUCUUUGGUUUGUUAUUGCAUCUACUGUAAAUUUUUAUAAGAGACAGUUCACAGUAAUGUCUUAAUUUCUUCUUUAAGUUCAAAUCAUUUCAGAAGUUUGCAAGGGGUUUUAAUAUUAUUAUUAUUAUUGAUAUUUUGUAUCCUCAAUAACUUACUGUCCUCCCCCAAUAAAUUAAGCUCCAUUUAAAGCCAAGCUGCCCAAUGAGUGUUAUCUUUUCAUGUCCUAAGUUAGGCAUAAGCAGGUGAGAAAUAGAAUGAAACUUCCAAGGAUCCCCCCUCCAAAAAAAAUGGUUUUAUAAAAGAGGACACCAUUUUUAUAUUCAAAAAUCCUAUUGUGGCUAGUGUAUUCAAGUAGCACUCAUGGGAAUAUGAACAAAUGGAUCUUCCUUAUACUGAAUAAGACCAGUGGUCCAUCUAUUAUCAUCCAGUGCAGGAGAUGCUCUCCAGAUGUUAUGUAUUACAACUCCUAUCAUCUCCAGUCGGUAUGUGCAAUGGUCUAGGAUGGUUAGAGUUGUAGUCCAUAACAUCUGGAGUGCUCCAUGUUGUCUACCACUCUUCUAGACUCAUUGAUCUCAGUCUCGGCCCUCAGCCAUGCUGCUGGGAAUUCCAAAGAUUGAACCUAGACCUCCUGCAUGUAAUGCGUGUGAUCUACCAUGGAGAUUGAAGAUGUUCUCUCCACUUCUAAAGAGCAUCACUGGAGAGCUGCUCUGUUUCACUAGAGCAUGUACAUACACAACAGACAAACUUUAUAGAAUUCCUUCAAACCAUAAUAAGUCCAAAAUGGAAUCUUUAGUCUCAAAGGCUCUGAAAAUCUUAAAAUGAAGCGAGGUACCAGACUUUGUACGAUGAAAGACAAGCUGAAUGCAGUGACUACAUUAUUACAUGAGCACUGUUCCACAGCAUUUGAUAUUUUCAUUUACAUACGUUCAUUCGAAAUAAGAUGGGUUUAUGAAGCAAUUCUAUAUCCUCCUACCACGCUGACGAGGAAUUCUACGAAACAGUAGUCAAUAUCUGGAAUCACUGUUCAGUGUUGGACAUUAUAUUUGCUGAAUACAGAAAGCUUCACAGCUUGUCUUUCAUCGUACAAAGUCUGGUAUCUCGCUUCAUUUUAAGAUUUUCAGAGACUUUGAGAUUCCAUUUUGGACUCAUUAUGGUUUUACGGAAUUCUAUAAAGUUUGUCUGUUGUGUAUGUACAUGGUCAUCGUGUUGUCUAGAUAUUGCCGACGUUCUCUUUGCAACACAGGUUUGUUUGGUUACUUAUUUCACUAGAGAGCUACUAUCAGCCGGUUCCUCCUGAAAUAAUUUUCACAGCGCUGGAGUUCCACUGAAAUUACUAGACCUUGCACCAAUAAAUCGCCUUUGAGCUCCACUAACUUGUAUUAGCUUUUUGUACCCUGUUUAUGACAUCUCAUAGAUUGGUGGUUACAGUAGUCAGCACAUUUUUCUGCAGCAUAAUUGCUCUGUGGCAUUAAUUUAGGAGGGCUGUUAAAAUAUUGGUUUAUGGAGGUGAAACGGUCUGCAUUCUUGUCAGUGGGGUAGUUAUAAAUAGACUUGAAAAUGGUAACAAGCCGAGCCUGCUUCUCUUCUAAUGUUCCUUUUGAAAUACUUUAAAACAAAUGAUUCAUCAAAUAAGCAAGGGUAAAGGAAGAAAUCUGCCAAUUUGUAGAAUUUGACUCCUCCUAAUCAGAGCAAGGCUGCAGGAUGUUGAGUUCCUGCCCUCCACCUGAUUAAAGCCAAAUGCACUACGAAAUGGCUGGGACUAAGAGGAAGCGCCAAACACUUCACAGUUGGGGGUAGGACAGCAAAAGAAUAGAAAAGAACCCCUUUACCUUUGUUGUUUUUCUGGCUCUCACAGAUAAGCACUUAUUUCCUGUGGUAUUUGGACCUUUAAGAAACCGUGUGCAGUGUAAGGCAGAAUUUUAAGUGCCUGGUCUUGGCAAUUUUUUUAUUUUCCCUGAUAUUGUAGCCGUUUUCUGGAUAGCCAAAUUGUUUUUUUUUUACUGUGGUCUCUACAUAUGCCAGGCUUUCAGAUUGCUGCCCACCCACCUUUUUGCAAAUCAUAAAUUUUGUAGGAAUAAGAAACAGAUUCAGAUUAAUUUGCCUUCUGGAUCAUUCUGAUGGCUCCUUACAAGUUCUCAGGUCUAUGUUUUUCUCUACAGAGAAAAUUACUAGCUAUUAGUCUAUAUGAUUCCUUGGGUUAGCUUCACAGUUUGUAAGUUGUAUGUAAUUGUGUGGAAUAGUAAGAGUUCCUUCAACCUUGAGACUCACCCAAGCUCAAAGUUUCUCUUCUAUUUCAGUUAUUGUAAUUUUUCUUAUAAGAAAGGAUUCAGAGGCUUACCUUUAGCCAUGUCGUACUUGUGAUGUUUGGGGCGUUUUAUUAGUAUUCGUCUUUAGAAAGCCAUUGUUUCUCAACUUAAGCUUUCUGAAGUGUAUAGGCUAUAUACAUUGUGAUAUCUGUAAUAUGCAGCAGAGGACGGGGAAAAGACUAUAAGACACAGUCUGCCUGGAAAUUCACUUUUGAGAAAGACAGUUUCCAAAUUGCCUUUGGGUACCUGAAGCUAAUAGCACAGGUCCUUUUAAGGCUUAUCUUAUUAGCUGAAUGAUAAAACAUUGGUGAGAUGUAUUUUUGUUGUGGCAUGGCACUUUGAGUGCCACUAUUGUUCACUCAGUUGUUUACAUGAAAUGUAAUACUGCUUAAGAUUGUUCUCCCUGAUAAGAUGAAGUGGAAACACACCUAAUUGCACGAAUUACUUGUUGACUGGAAAUAAGGUGUUCGUUUUUUGAAAAGAUGAUUCGAAGGCAUUUGUAAUUGCUUAUUUAGGUUUUACCCCUUUAAAGAAGUAGCUUUGCUUUUACUGUCAUGAUAGCUAAUGCCCUUAUUGGUAACUAAAGUACAAUUAUGCAUAAGCACAUUCAUACGGUUGUGUUCGGAUCUCUGCCUUCAAACUUUUAGGGUAUGUAGAUUUAGGGUGGAAUCUUAAACACACUCCCUAAGCCAGGGGUCAGCAACCUUUUUCAGCCGUGGGCCGGUCUACCGUCCCUCAGACCAUGUGGUGGGCUGGACUAUAUUUUGAAAAAAAAAUAUGAACGAAUUCCUAUGCCCCACAAAUAACCCAGAGAAGCAUUUUAAAUAAAAGCACACAUUCUACUUAUGUAAAAAACACACUGAUUCCCAGACCGUCCAUCAGCCGGAUUGAGAAGGCGAUUGGGCCGCAUCCAGCCCCCGGGCCUUAGGUUGCCUACCCCUGCCCUAGGCAGUAAGCCCAAUUGGACUGAGUGGGACUUUCUUCUAAAUAAGCAUGCAUGAAAUUGUGCUCUAAAGCUGUCAAGAAAAAGUCAUACAUUUAUAUGCAAGAGUUGAAAAAACAACAGCAACAUGUUUUUGUAAGAAUUUUGUUUUAAUAAUGCUACUGUGCAAAUUAGAUACUAUUAGUUAUUUCUUGUCUAUAUUGGGAUUUAUUAUUUUGCAUCAGUUGUGCGUCUUCUUGUUGUUGUUUAGUCAUGUCCAACUCUUUGUGACCCUAUGGACCAGAGGACGCCAGGCACUCCUGUCUUCCACUGCCUCCCGCAGUUUGGUCAGACUCAUGUUGGUAGCUUCGAGAACACUGUCCAACCAUCUCGUCCUCUGUUGUCCCCUUCUCCUUGUGCUCUCAAUCUUUCCCAACAACAGGGUCUUUUCCAGGGAGUCUUCUCUUCUCUUAAGGUGGCCAAAGUAUUGGAGCCUCAGUUGUGCUUAAAAAAUUCUAUUUAGCAAAUGUUUCCGUUACCGUACAUAGUUUUCUUUUCAAUUCAUUUCAGUGCUUUCUUGAGACCAGUGUUUUCAAUGGUUUCCAAAGGAGCAAGAUUAAAAACUUGUCAAUAGAUAGUUUAAGGGAACAGUAAUGCUUUUAAGCAUACACAAAUGCAAUUAUGUUAAUUAUGUGGUUUAGUCUCAAAUUACAUGAUCUCCAUGUUGUAUUGUGUGCUCUUGGGUGCCUGUUAAUUUGUAAUGCACUUGAGUUAUGUAGCAUAAGAACCUCCCUAUAAAUUGUGCAGGAUCUGUGUAACACUGAAAUGGUGUUUUUAAAUAGAUUGGAUUAAAGCCACUGUAGAAUUACAUACUUGUUACUAGGAAGGUUUUUCCUCUUUCAUGUUGCCAAAAAAAGGUGUCUGAAAAUACCAAGAUGCACUAAUUUUCUGUGACUCAAUGGAACUUGUCUGCUUGCUAUUUUGGAACACACUAUAAUUAUUUAUGCUUAGACGUGUCUAUAUUUAAAACAGAGAGCCAAUGUAUAUUGAAAUGUGUGGAAAUUUUGUAAACUUCACUGCUUGUUUUACAUUACAUUGCUGAAGAAUGAAAACACCCCCAAGUUACUGACUUCUACAUAAAAACAAAAAUUGAAAGAUAUGAUGGUGUUUAUUAUUGGAUCCGGUCUAAGUUAGCUGUACUCAAUCCCCAUUUAAAUCAUUGACAUCCAAUGACAUAACUUGUCCCACUAAUAUCUUAUGGACUGUAUCUAACAAAGUUCUGCUCAGAGCAAACCCAAUAAGAUUAUGGGACCUAAGUCAGUAGAGUCCAUUAAGUUCAGUUAGUCUGCUUUGACUAAUAUUGGAUACAACUCUUAAAUCCUUUAGCCAAUCUGUGUUUUCAUAACACCCACUGUAAAUUAUAGAAAGUUGUUGCAUGUGUUUACCUUCCCAUAUUUUAUGCAGGAGACAGGAUGUGGUUAGCACAAAUCUGUUGCAUUUAAUUCACUCUUUCAUCAGAAUGGUACACGUUAUUUGUUAAGAAUAAAGAAAGCAAAGUAAAAAAAAAUCUAAGCACGCACAACAAAAAAUGAAAAAUGCUUCCAUUAGCAUCUAGCAGCAGCUGUCAUUGUCAAGAUGCACACUGACAUUGCCAAUUUUACAUCAGUUAGGACCCAAAGGAAGGAAGGCCUAUUCUUGUAUAAUCAGAACAUUAAACGUGAGGUGGUACGAGCAUCAGGCAGAUACUUCUGUUUCUCUUAACAGAUACUCCAUGUGUUUGUGUAUAGAUAUUUUGUAGACUUCUUAUACCUAAAUAUGGGCUACUCCCUAGUUCAUACGUUACUUUCUCUUUACAUUAACUGGACAGGUGUAGCAAAAGACCCUAAGUUUCUGAGUUGAGAUUUCUCAUUGGAAGGUAACAAGUGUUUGAAAAUAGGUAGAAGAGGCACACAAGUAAUUACAUAAGUUUGCGGGCAGGCAGGCAGGCAGGCUGGCUUCCUUCCUUCCUAAAUGUGUGUGUAUAUUUAAGGCAUUUGGGUAUAUUUUACUUUUGCAUAUCUUAGCUAAAGUUUCUUCAGUUGCUUCUAAAUUACAUACUGUGAGCCGAUGGAGACAAAACGAGCAUGCAUUCUGUUUUGAACGGAGAAUGGGAUCCACUUUAGUCAGUUAAUCUUUCAGAAAAUUGCACUCAGCUUCUCUCUCGCACAUAUAUAAGACUGAAAAAUAAUACUAAUUUUUAAGAGCGGCAGUAUAAUUGACUCAUUCUGUACUUAGUAGUGUUUGCUGUAUUUAGCAUGAUGUUCAAGGGGAGCACUUCACUUGGUGGUUUAGAGAAAAGGCAUGUAAAGGUGACACGAUCAAAGUUUAUAAAAAAUAUUCAUGAAAUGGAGAAAGCAGACAGAUAAGUUUCUCUCUGUCAUAACACUAGACCUCACAGACUUUCAAUGAAGUUGAAUCUUGGGGGAUUCAAGGUAGAUAAAAGACAGUACUUCCUCAUGCAGUGCAUAGUUAAACUGGAGGACUUGUUCACUCAGGACACAGCGAUGGCCACCAGCUUGGAUGACUACUAGCCAUGAUGACCAUGCUGGAUCUCCAUGGUCAGAGGCAGCAUCCUUCUGAAUACCAGUUGCUGUAAACCUACAGAGUAAAUGAGAGUUCUCUUGUGCUUGGGUCUUCUUCUGGGUUUCCCACAGACAUCUGGUUGGCCGCUGUGUAAAUAGGGUGAUAGAUUAGAUGGGUCAUUGGCUUCAUCCAGCGGACUCUUAGGUCCUUACGUAUGCAAUCUUCUUCCUUAUGACCAAGGGUAUAAGUAGAAUACAUUUAACCACCUUCCUCCUUAAUCCCUUUCCUCCCUUUAAAAGUUGACAGAAAAAUAAGAUGAUAAUAUAGCAAUAUUAUUAUUUUUUUGGUUUUUUGAGGAAAACUUUGCUCACUUUCUCCUAACCUCUCCUUUCAUUGUACUUGCUGAACCUUUAAAGACAACGAUGGAUUGCACCUUGGUGUAUGUUUCAUUUGUGAAAUGUAUUAAACUCUGUCAGUAUAUGGAAGAAUUAUAUCUACUUUGAGCACUGUAUUUCUAACAGCAAUUUUAAUAAGAAGGAAAGCACAGAAGUACUGACAGUUUUAAUAAAACUGCUUUGGAGAGUCACGAUAAAUGAAACUUAAAACAAUGAUGUGCUCAAAUUUGUAACCCAAAUCUGUAACAUGCCUGUUUCCUUUCUUUCUGAGAUACUCUGUGUGUUUUCUUUAGAUCUUGUACUGAUGCAGAAUUCCAUUACCUUAUUUACCUUCUUAAAAAAUAUAUAUUUAUGGAAACUUCAGUUUCAUCUCACAUACUAGAAAACUCUCAAACUCCUAAACUUAACUUUUUCAAGUUCCAUCCUAUAUGAUGGAUAUUCUCUCUCUCUCUCUCACUAUCAUUUUAAUUAUAUUUAUAAACCACUGAACAUCCCAAGAGCAGUGAACAGCAAGUAAUAAAUACAAUACACAGCUUAACUAUUAACAAAAAAUACCACAAAACCUUACAAUUAAAAAAAUCAGUGUGAACUACUAUAGUCAAGCCUUCCCUUCAUGGCAUUUGCAGCAGGAUGAACCAGUGCAGUGCUGAGAUCACAGUCAAAAAGUAGGUAGCUGAACAAAAUCUAUGGGCCACUGUACUGAUGAUGUAAGAAAUGUUCUGUUGCCACACUAAGUCAUGGUUUUCAACGUGAAUGGCUCUAGCUCUCCCAAGGCUUGUAUACUCCCACUUUCCUCCUCCUAUGUGACUGGCAGGAAGAGUUUGGAAAAAAAAAUUUUUCGUUAGGUCAACAACUCUUUGUUAUGCUGUUCAGAGUGGCAGAUUGUGGUUAAGUCUGGUUAAUUCAAAGGAAGCUAGUCUAUUGCUUCAGAAAUUGUCAGUUUUCUUUGUUUAAAUAGUCCCACUCUGAAGAUAUAGUGGUAAAUUUACAGAACUACCAUGAUAUACUGCAUACUUGAAGCUACCUUUUUUUAAAAAAUAAAUAAAAAGACUGAUUAAAAGAAUUUAUUUUGUUUGUUUGUUUGUUUGUUUAUUAUACUGCCCUAUACCCAUCAAUCUCAGGGCAGUUCACAACAUAAAAUCACAGUACCUGUAUAAAAAAUCACAAAACACAUACUAAAAAUAAAAAACAAAGACAACCCAAGAAUCCCUCCUUCCACAAUGUUUUAAAAGGGAAUUAGAUGUCAACCAGCCAUUUAUUCAGCUGCCUGUAUAAAAAUUAAUAACAAAACACUGAAAGGAAAUUUUCAAAGUCACCUUUUCCCUCCCACAUUUUAUUCGUUGUCGUUGAUUCCCAUGACUCCUAUAAAGCAAAAUGAAUUGGUUAUCCUUUUACAACUCCCUUGCUAAAGUUCUCUAGUGACUUUGCAAGACUACCCUUUGGGGCUUUAAAAAAGAGGGGGGAAAGAUGUUUAAAGCCUUUAGGACAGCUGGAUUGCAUAUAAGAAAACUUUCAGAGCAUUACUGUGUCACUGAUCAUUGAUGUUGGAACAUUUCAAACUGUAAAUCCUUCCCUGGCUGCACUUCAGAAUUUGGGUGUGUGAGAGUGAUAAGCUUCUUGAAAAAUGAUGUUGAAAAAUAUUAGCAUUCUCUCUCCCACUGUUAAAAUAUUUAUGUUAAUUGAGGCUUCAAACAAUUUGCUUAAAAAAAUUAAUUCCUUGCCCUAUAUAACCUGAUAGUUCCUCGGCUCCUUCAAAUUAAUAGCAAAAGGGUGCAAUCUUAAACAUCCUUACUAGGCAGUAAAUUCUCUUGAACUCAGCUGUAUUUUGCUGCGGAUAAACAUGCUUAGGAUUGUUUUGCAUGUGUGAAUACAUACUUGGGACAAAGGUUAAUAGCCAUUCUGAAGUUUUUACAUUCUCUAAUAUACCACCUUACAUUUUUCCUUGUUGUUUCCUCCACACCAGUAUGUUAGUGCUGUAAAAUCUUUUCAUUCCUUUAUGAAAGCUCUUCUGUGAUGGAGAGAUUAAUAGCGAAGGUGCACAGAUAGUGUGUGUGAACCCAGAAACAUAAUAGAUGCAGUGAAAUUUAAAAUAUAAGAAGGGGUUAUAAUCCCACCAGAGCCCAUAACGUUUAUCUAAUCACCUGAUAUGCAAACUAGCAUUUUCAUCGGGCAUAGGUGUCAUAUGGCCGAACUGCUGUGAUGUCACAGAAAACUUUGACAAGCAGAGCAACUGUGAAUGCUCUGUCUACCAUUAGAUCUCCUGCUAUAGUGUCAUCAUAAGCCCAGAUAGACAUAGGGCUCCUUUCUGAUUGCUAUUGACUUGGCUGCUCUGAUAUCACUGAAGAGUUAGGACAGUUGUACCAAGGAUAAUUGAAUGCUAAGGGAGACUUGAGAAACCUGAUACAGUGGUACCUCGGGUUAAGAACUUAAUUCGUUCUGGAGGUCCGUUCUUAACCUGAAACUGUUCUUAACCUGAGGUACCACUAAUGGGGCCUCCCGCUGCCGCCACGCCACCGCCACGCGAUUUCUGUUCUCAUUCUGAAGCAUCGUACCUCGAGCUACUAUUUCUGGGUUCUACUAUUUCUGAGCUCAUUGAAUCCUUUUGUUAAACUAAAUCAUAACAAAAAAGGCCAGUUAAUACCAAGGUCACAGGUUUGACCCACCUGUAUAUUCCUGCAUCGCAAGGAGUUGGACUAGAAGACACUUGGGAUCUCUUCCAACUCUACAGUUCUAUGAUUCUAUAUUAUUGCAUUUAUACCACAUGGCUUCAAUUGACACCGUAUCUUAGUGAAUACUUCCUGCUUGCAUACGUCACUUCCUCUAAAGUUGGUGAUAGAAAACUAUGUUGAAAUAUAUUGGUUCCACAUGAUAACAAUAAUAGAGGACUGUAUAUUUGUACUGCCCUCAGUUGGCUGGCAAAGCUGAAGGAAACCAAAUAUCUUGCUUCCUAUCAGCCUAGGGGUCAUGGAAUAAGGGAGGUUGGAAUCAUGAGGUGACCCUUGAAGAAAACCUCUGUAUAGUUGAGGGGACUCAAACUUGACUGCUGUUUGGAAUUUAAGCCAACCCCCAAAAGAAGUGCCGUAGUUCUAGCCAUGCUGGUAUGUGGAGCCUGGGUGACAUCAAGUGCGAUAGGUAUACAUCACAACAUUUUGUUGCAGUUCCCAAUUAGAAGUGACACAUCUCUUCAAUUGAAAUCCUUUGCGCACUGAUAAUACUUCCUUUUUAGUAGAAGUCCACAUAAAUAUAGUGUUAUGCCAAUAUUCCAUCCCUGUCUGGAAGGAAGAUACAGAGGCCUUGAAUUUGUCAUUUAUCUGAAAACACCUAUAGUAAUUAAGAAUUACCUCAAAGCAACCUACUCACAUACAGUGGUACCUCUGGUUACAUACGUAAUUCGUUCUGGAGGUCUGUUCUUAACCUGAAACUGUUCUUAACCUGAAGCACAACUUUAGCUAAUGGGGCCUCCCGUUGCUGCCGCACAAUUUCUGUUCUCAUCCUGAAGCAAAGUUCUUAACCUGAGGUAUUAUUUCUGGGUUAGUGGAGUCUGUAACCUGAAGCGUAUGUAACCUGAAGCAUAUGUAACCCUAGGUAUCACUGUAUACCUAUUUUAUUGACGUUUUGCUUUGCUUGAGCCUAUGUGCUUGGUUAGUGAAUGUAAAACUUUUUUUUACUAACCAAGACUGUAGGCUAUAGCAAAGCAAAACAUUAAUAAAAUAGGUACGUGUGAGUAGGCGGCCUAAAAAUACUUUUCUGUGGGGCUCAUAUGCAGUGCUGUAAUUUGGCAAAGACAUCCAAAAUUUGCACGGUGUGAAAAAAACAUGAACCUUCCCACACAAAAAAAGCAUCUACAUAUUUCAGUAGGAAAUAAUGUGUAAAACUCUAUAGGGCUAUAAGGAACUGCCUUAUACUGACUCCAAUAUUUUGUCAGUCCUGGCAAAGUUUGGGGGUAAUUGUUCUCAGCCUUUUAAAAGAAAACAAUAUGCAGGGGACAGGGUGGUAUGGUCACCCCUUGGGAAUCUCGUGCAUGCCAGCACCACCAAUCCUGUCCAACUAUGCCGCCCCUGCUAUGACAACCACUUAAUGAUCUCUUUCAUUAUCCCAUCAAUGAAUAGAGAAUGACUUCACCUUUGGACCUUUCCAAUAUAAUAUAUAUAUAUCUAUAUAUAUCUAUAUAUAUAUAUAUGCUUGUAAUAAAAGCAGUUUCUCAGGAAACCAGACCCACAAAUCUCUAUUUGCUUUAGGGUUUCCAGCCUUAUGCAGGCUUUCCCUAUCUUUCUCCUUUUGCAGCUGAGUCGUCUUCUUCUUUUUUUUUUUUUAAGGCAAUCCCUUGUCCUUCAGCUGUCUAUAUUAAGCUUUAGCUCCUGGAGAGGUUACUAAUACAUAUCCAGAUACCUAGGUCCUUGGGGAGUCCUCUCAGUAGCCGCGGGGAAUUUUGAGGUGUGGGUAAAGCUGCCACCUUUUCUGGCAAGGUUCCUGUGCCUUUAAUAGUCGUAGAAUUGGGGAAAAUUCAACAAAUAAAGCUCCAUCUGUCAGAGUGGCGGGGGUGGAAGAAGCUUUAGUUUCCGAUUUUCCAACAGCCACGCGGGUGAUAAAAGACGUAAGACGUGUGAGACCUCUAGAAAGAUUCGUGUGACUUGCACGAAAGUACAUUUAAGUGUAUUCCGACUUGCUGAAUCGAAGUGGCAAAUUUUGUUUCUGCUUCUAAAGCAGAGCAAUUCAUAUUGCAAAUGAAAGUUUGAAUGUCAAGAUGCAUUCCCUGUGUAAUGUGAAUGGUGGUUGCAGUAGCCUUCUCAGUUUCAGUGUUAAGCAACUUUUGCGAUUGUGAUGGUAAUUUAGAAAACAAAAUACAUUCUUCUUUCCUUUACACUUUUGUGGCUUUCAUUGUAGGUUAACCUGAAGCACUCACUAAAACAAGUUUACUGAUUAGAAUAUCAGUCUAAUGAAUAACUUUGUAUAGAUUAGAAGUGAAAGUGCAUAGCAACACACACUCAACCAGUUUCUCUUCAGGAAAUAGGACAGAACAAAGAUCCAUGAGAAAAGGAUCCACAUUUAUCUGAUGCUCCAUAUAUCUCUCUCUGCAUCUAUAUGCAUGUAAGAAUGAAAUUUGCAAAAAUUUAAAUUUAAAAAUGCCUCAUAUGCCUAAGGCAAAUAUAUAUAUCUGUGUGUAUGCGAUCUUGCAUUUUUGCUAAUAAGCAUGGUUGAAACCUUAAGUGCUGAAACAUUUUGCCUAGUAUUUUAGUGUUUGUUCUGUCUUUUUUCUGCCGUCCCAGAUAUCUUUUGAUUUGGCUGAAUAUACUGCUGAUGUUGAUGGAAUUGGCACUUUACGGUUACUUGAUGCUAUCAAGACAUGCAGCCUCAUAGACUCUGUGAAGUUCUACCAAGCUUCAACAAGUGAGCUUUAUGGGAAAGUGCAAGAAAUACCGCAAAAGGAGACCACUCCUUUUUAUCCCAGGUCACCAUAUGGUGAGUACGUCAGCUUAUGUCUAUGCUUGUCCCUGCCUACAUAUUGCAUCCUAAUUAGCUGCCAUGAAGCACAAAGUUACUUGUGCUGAUGGAGGCACAAAAGUUCGAGGCAAAUGGGAGUCUGGCAUCACAAAUCUUGAGGUUGCAACCAAUUUUAGAUCUUAACUUUUUUUCUGGAACGACAGUUUACAAGCUGGCCUGCUAAAACUGAAGGCUUUUGUACCGAAGUUUAAAAUGAAGGCAGUAACAUUUUCUACAUUCUACUCUGCAUUUUUUUCUUUUCACAUUUCUUACCCAGUACAAAUCCUACAAUGUGAAUGUGUUCUGUCACUGCUUGUUGGAUGGAAGCUACCAUUUCCAUUAAAAACCUUACUUGUUUUUCCUUAAAGCAUUCUCUCUCUUGUGAAAUAAAGAUAAAAAUGGAAAGAUGGAAAUAAUGUGGUUUCGCUUAUUUGGAGAGGGGUUAAAUUAACAUUUUCAAUAAAUAAGUUACAAUUAUUGUUAUAGGGGCAGCCAAGCUAUAUGCAUAUUGGAUUGUGGUGAACUUCAGGGAGGCCUACAAUCUCUUUGCUGUGAAUGGUAUUCUCUUCAACCAUGAGAGUCCCAGGAGAGGUAAGAAAAAUAUUGAAAAUUUCUGCGUUCUCUUGUGCACAUCUGAACAGGAAUGCAUUGUAACUGGUCUCAAGAUAAAUUCUAAACCCACAUAAUGAAAGCUUUCACAUAUAAAAUAAUUAUUCAUUUUGUGGACAGGCUCAAAACACUAUAUAAUAGUUCUGUAGGGGGGGAAAUCAGUAGCAGAAUUGAUGGAGUUGCAAACUUUCUAUUUCACUGAAAUAAAAUAACCAAUUCCCAAUGAUAGAGUUUAUCCUAAUAGCAGCACCUAUAGCUCACCUAGUGCAGGUUUCAUAUUAAGAUCGCCCUCUGACAGCCUCACUCCUGUGCUCUUUUGUUCAUUGGCUAUAAGGAAAAAUAUGCCAGGAUCCAUACCCAUCAAAUCAAGGGUACAAAAAAAGAAAAACACCCGUAGACUAUUGAUUACUGUGUUCCACUUUCCCCGUCGUUUGAAAGGGCUCUGGGGGUAGAUAGGGAAAAUGUGUGUGAGAUAGUGAGUCGGUGUGUACGUGUGAAAGAGAGGAAGCGUAAUGUUCAUUAUUGUAGAACCUUUUUGGAAACAGAGAUAUAAAAUUGAUAAAAUAAAACGAGGCAAGGUAGCAUCCUACUGCCACUCCUUUCCCACGGCACUUUUACACUAUUUAAAUGUAUUUCAGCUGCCAUCCAUCCAUUCCCAUUUCUGAAUGGCAGCAAUAAGUCAGAUAUCCUUCCACAAGGUUCUCAGAGUGAUUCACAAUGAUUUCUGGACAGUGGGGGACUGUCUCCCAAAAAGUCAGACAGGGGUGCUUCUGCUAUCAUUUUACAAGCAGUCUAUUUUGAUGCAAGAGUGAAGAAUACUAGAGGUUUAAAGGUGAGAAAACCAUUUAGGACCUUUGCUGCUAUAUAAAAGAACAGAGGUUUGUUGGCCUAAUUAUAACAUUUGCUUUCCAAUGAAAUAAAAUGUUUGUAAUAUGAAUCAUCCAACUUUCCGAAAAUGUCCUGCACGGUUUCUGAUAUUUCUAUAAUUGGGAGUAACCUGGAUUUCAUAUGGAGUAAUUUUCAGGUCAGGGUGCCUCUUUAAAGAGUGUGUUAUGGUUUUGAGAAAGAAGAAAGAUUUCUGUAUUCAUCACUGCCUUUGAUCUGCAAGGCUGCUUUGACAUUCUACCCAGCUCUAAGACUACUUCCCACUGAGUUUCCAGUCUUAUAGUUCUCUCUGAUACAUUUAUUAUCCCACUGGAGAUUGGGAGCCUGAGAUUCUAAGUUACAGACCUUUUUCUUUUAGAAAUAUGUGUGUACAUGUAUAUGUGUGUGUGCCACUUACUGAUGAACAAGAACUUCCUGCCCAAAAAUGCAUUCAAUUCUGCUCCCAUUAGAACAUUAACAAAAGCAGUCAGAAGAGCUCUUUGGAUGAGACUGGUUCCAUUGUGCCCAAAUAAUUAGUGUGAAAUGCAUUCAUAUCUUGUAAUAUUGGAAAGGAGAGAAACAUUGUUUUUCUUAAUUGCUUAAGAGCUAUUCAAUUUCAUAACUUUAUCAACACUAAAACACCUACGUAGUGUGGGAUGUGAAAAAGAGCAAAUGGUAGUAACAUAUGUCCUGAAAAUGGUGGAAUGUUCUCAGUAAAGUCUUAGUCAUUCAGGAGUCAAAAUAAAGGGGGGUUGAGCAGAAUAGUUGUUUACUAUUUCAUUAUACUUGAUAAGUGCCCCCCCAAGCUUUAAGACAAAAUAAGUUUUCUUGCUCAAAUUUGUAACAGUGAAUUCAGGUGGUUCCAUGGUGGAAAUUGGAGACUUUCACAAACCAGAACUUCUGCUGCUCUGUGAACUAACAUGAAAUAUUUUGAUUUAAUUUUUAGAUGACUAUUAAAACAUAACCGAGUUGAUUUUAGAACUGCUGCAUGUUGACAACAAUAGUCAUUCAGAAAAAUCCAAUGGACCUUUUCUGCUGUUUUUUAGAGAAGGAAAAAACCAUUAGGAGCUUCCUCAAACUGAACUGCUAAGAACAGAAAAAAAUGGAGGAACUUACUGUUUCAGUGAAGCAGCUGAGUGUCACCUCCCCUAAACAAACAACAGCAACAUUCUUAAUUUUUCAAUUAGCAGAGGAACAGCAACCAGUGUUCCUUCUUCACUUUGAAAGAUAAUUCCCGAAUGGGAAUAACACAUCAUGAUGUAGUGUAAUUCCCAGGGAAUUCUUUGUCAUAUUCUAUUCAAAUGAAGAAAAAGCACUGCCAGACUCUUUCCGUUGUGGCACCCAUGCUUUUAUUAUUUAAAAACCUAGCUAUAAUCGAACACAUUGUCAGAGUUGUAAGCUGCUCUCUCUCUCUCUCUCUCUCUCUCUCUCUCUCUGUGUGUGUGUGUGUGUGUGUUAGGAAGGGAGCAAGGUUUCCAAAGUCAGAGCUUCCAAAACAGAUCAGACGUUUGGCAUCUCAUAUCUUACUUCUGAAUGAAAUAAAAGGACAGAUUGUCAAAAUCAUGUAAUUAGAACUUUGUAAUAAGAUCAUGACCAAUUCAGAUAUCCUCUGAUCAUAGCCAAGCUAUACCUGAUGUCCAUUAUUCGUGCAACAUGGCAUAUAACUCAAAAUUUUAAGAUCCAGUAGCUUUUGAGUGUUUGUGUCAUUCACAUCCCUGCAGUUAACAAAUUGGCUUAUAUCUAACACUAGAGCAAAGUUCUCAGGACAUUUAGAUAGCAGUGCAUGUUGCUGAGCAGGGGUCAGCAAACUUUUUCAGCAGGGGGCCAGUCCCUCAGACCUUGUGGGGGGCUGGACUAUAUUUUGGAAGGAGGGGGAAAUGAACAAAAAUGAACAAAUUCCUAUGCCCCACAAAUAACCCAGAGACGCAUUUUAAAUAAAAGCACACAUUCUACUCAUAUAAAAACAUGCUGAUUUCCGGACCAUCCGCGGGCCAGAUUUAGAAGGCGAUUGGGCCGGAUCCUGCCCCCGGGCCUUAGUUUGCCUACCCAUGUUGUUGAGCAUUGUGUCCUAAAGCACUGUUUGAUUAAUUAAAAGUGUAUUUGCUUAAUUUCACAUACAGUUUAUCCCACAAAUACUAGAUUUGGGCCUGCAGAGGUAAAGGCAAAGGACCCCUGGACGUUUAAGUCCAGUCAAAGGUGACUAUGGGGUUGCGGCCCUCAUCUCGCUUUCAGGCUGAGGGAGCCGGUGUUUGUCCACAGACAGCUUUCCAGUCAUGUGGCCAGCAUGACUAAACUGCUACUGGUGCAGCGGAACACCGUGACGGAAACCAGAGCACACGGAAAUGCCAUUUACCUUCCUGCCGCAGCAUCUACUUGCUGUGGUGUGCUUUCGAAUUGUUAGGUUGGCAGCAGCUGGGACAGAGCAAUGGGAUGUCACCCCGUUGUGUGGAUUUGAACCGCCGACCUUCUGAUCAGCAAGCCCAAGAGGCUCAGUGGUUUAGACCACAGCGCCACCAUACCAAGGACAAUAAAUACAAGCAUCUCAGUGCUUCUUCUUACUCUAUCUGUGACCCUUGAUUGGUCCAUUUUCUUUUGAAAUGACUGGUGAACAGUCUUUCCUUGGAUGCCUAGGUCAGUCAUUGUCAAUUGUGGGGGGGGAAUCAAUAGUAUCAUUUAACAUCAAAAAAGAAAGCUAAACUCUCAGUUGAUUUAACUGUUCAGCAAAACACAAAGUACUUCAGUAUUCUCCUUAAUCUUUAAUAAUUAUUGCUCCCUGAGCCUGACCUUGUGUUUAAUGUUGUACAAACUAUUUAAAAACUGAAUUAAGUUUCAGAAAUAGUUGUUAUAGGGAAGGCAAAGCUAUUUGCUUUCCUUUGGUGAAAAGAUAUCAUUUCUGCUGGACUGAUUGCAUUCAUCUGUUUCUGGGUAGUCCAUAAGUUUACUUUAACAUGGCAAGAAUGAAUAACGGAGGGGGGGGGGAAUGUUUCAUGGGAGUCAAGUAAGACAUUGCAGAGGUAAGAAACCCAAUUGCAUUGCUUUACAGUCAUUUGUCUUGUCCCCAUUCCCUGACAAAUGACAGCUUGGAUCAAAAAACUUUAAGAGGCUUUCCUGCUUUCAAGUAAUGAGAACAACAGAAACGUUCUAACGAUGGGCGGCUCAUAACGAUGCCUUUCCUUCUCUGACAUGGCUACCUGCCAGUAACUGUUUUGUAUAAAAGCUGCUUUGUAUAAUAAGUUAUAUAAAUUGGCUUUGCAUAGCUUCUUUGAUUGUCACUAGAUUUAUAAUAAUAAAGCUCAUAAAAGCAUGCUCUGUGAAGACUGACAUAGCAACAUAUGUGACAGAAGAAUAUUAGAUGUUAACCUCCUAAGCCACAUCUUUUGCUUUAAGAUGUUGCUGUGUUGUGGAGUGCCUGUGCAAUACAUCUGACACAAGAUUAGUAUAUGUAGUGAUAAGCAGGACAGGUGAAAUACUGCUGGGUCUUGAAAAGUAGAAGGGCAAGGGUAACCAUGUCUCUGUGGUCUGGGACAUAUCCACUCUCCCCAGUCUGAGUCUUUGCUCAGAGAGAGUUAAGAUUAUUGGUGAAGAUUAGCUGAGCAGUUGUUCCCUUCCCUUCAGCUGUGUAAGGAGCUCAUACAAGUAUCUGUCAUACUUUGACUUAAAAUCUUGUUUCUUUAGGCUUGGUAGAGAUGACCUAGCUACCCUGCGGUGGGAGGGCUCACCUCUGAAAGAAGAGACUAAGCACAUUCAGCUAAUCAUGCAAGAUUUCUGAUUGCAGGGGCUUCUAGCCAUGCUACUCUGAAUGUACCGUAUUUUUCACUCUAUAAGACACACUUUUCCCCUCCUAAAAAGUAAGGGGAAAUGUGUUUGUGUCUUAAGGAGCGAAUGCAGGCGGGAGGCUCUGCUCAGCGCUCCCUUUAAAGAGCCACGUGGAGCGUGUGUGCGCAGCGAUCCCGCUUGCUGUCCUGGCUUCUGCCUUAGCCAUGCGCAGCCUCUUCCAGGCAGGGUUAGCCUUCAUCCCACUGCCUGGGAGAGGCUGCGUGCGGGUAUCCCAUAAGCCAGGACAACAAGGGGCUAUCCCAGAAGCCAGAUCCCUCUUGCUGUUCUGGCUUCUGGGAUUCAGAAUAUUUUUUUUCUUGUUUUCCUCCUCCAAAAACUAGGUGUGUCUUAUGGUCUGGUGCAUCUUAUAGAGCGAAAAAUACGGUACUUAGAAUAUCCCUUCAGCCCCUCAUGCUGAACACACAUUGGUCAGGAAUACAGAGAUCGGAUGUUUGGAUGUGUUGAGAGAAAUUUGGCAUACAUGGUUCCCAUGUCCCCUACACCAGUUGUGCCCUCAUGUGUUCUGCUGAAAGUCUGAAUGCAUGUUUAGUUUAAGGAGAAACAUAGAAUCACAGAAUCGUAGAGUUGGGACGCCAAGGGCCAUCUAGUUCAACCCCCUGAAAUGCAGGAAUCUAACUAAAGCAUCCAUGACAGAUAUACAUCCACCAUAGUUAAAUAGUAUAGAUCUUUAGAUCUUGGGUUUUCUCUGUGCUCUUCAUUUCACCUGUAUUUAUAAUUUGAGACUCUUUCCUUCCUUUUUGGAGUUCAACACUUUUGCCAUUCUGUUAAUCUCGUGUUUAAAAAUCAGGUAUGUAUCUAAAUAAUACGCUGGAUUCAGAGAAGACUGUGUGGCUGAGACUGGCAGAAGCUGACUUCCCUGCCCCUCAGGCAACCCCCAGAGCCAUCUGAAAGGUUUUUCCCAAGGGAAAGAAAGGGGACAUUGCUAAAUGGGGUGCAGUGCGGUGCUGCGGUCUGAGAGCAUCACAAAAAAUCAUGAGGCGGCAACUUCUGCUAGUGUAACUCCCCCUCAUAGCAGCUGCCUCUAUCCAAUUUUGGGGUAGUCCCUCCAGCCACACACACCAGAGCCCAAUAUUAUGAUGAUUGAAGAGCAAUCAUAAUAAGCUUAUUUUAAAAGGCUUGCUGCUGGUGAGUGCUUGCAAAAAGAUUGUAAGUACCUUUUCCCAGAACAUGCAUGCUUGCAAAUGAUCGGUUUUCAAAGUUUAACAUUCCUUCAAGCAAGCUUGCUUAAAGUUUUGAGUACCUACAAUUUAAGUAAUGUUGCUUUUGGCAGAGCUUGGUGGGCAAAUAAGGCAUCAGCUCUCCCAUCGUAGUGGUGCAACGAGGCAUGACAAUUUCCCAGUGUCUUGUCUUGCUUAACCAGGCCUGAAGGGAGAUCCAGCCCCAACAGCUCACAAAUAUUACCACAAUCAGCAAGGCAGCAGAUUGGAAAAUAUGAAGUCUCCAAGGCCUGGAUUCCUUCUAUAAGAAACAAGGUCAAAGAGGAAAUUGUUUUCUUUUGCUUUCAAAACUUAAUGAGAACACUGACUUUCCACUGAAUGGCAGUGACUUCCAAAUUUAGGAUAUGUGGUUCUAGAUUCAUUUCUGCGUUCAAUGGAAACCAAGUUAUUGCUCACUUAAUAUUUUAUAUUCAGUUGUGCUUUCGUGAGGGAAGAGAUCUAUGAAGAGACAUUUUGCUGAAAUCUUCUAAAUCAGGCUUCCUCAAACUCGGCCCUCCAGAUGUUUUGAGAUUACAAUUCGCCUCAUCCCUGAUCACUGGUCCUGCUAGCUAGGGAUCAUGGGAGUUGUAGGCCAAAAACAUCUGGAGGGCCGAGGUUGAGGAAGCAUGUUCUCAGUGUUCAGAUUGCAUUGUGUUUCUUAAAGAACGUCAACUCUACUCUUCGGUUAUGUUCCAAGAUUGUUCUCAGGUGAAACAGUUAGGCCUGUGUAUUUAUUGGGAGAUAUUCCAAGCAUCUUUCAGCACAUGUGGGUUUGUUCACAGUCCCCUUUUCCUGUGACCAAUUUCCUGUUAGAAUGUCAUCUGCAUAAUUGUAACCCUAUAGAACAACUAAGGGUGUGUUCACAUUGCAGUGGUACCUCAGGUUACAUACGCUUCAGGUUACAGACUCCACUAACCCAUAAAUAGUGCUUCAGGUUAAGAACUUUGCUUCAGGAUGAGAACAGAAAUCGUGCUCUGGCGGCGCGGCGCAGCGGCAGCAGGAGGCACCAUUAGCUAAAGUGGUGCUUCAGGUUAAGAACAGUUUCAGGUUAAGAAUGGACCUCCGGAACGAAUUAAGUACUUAACCCGAGGUACCACUGUACCAGUGAAGUUGCUUCCCUCAAUGCCUUUUACAGCUCUUUCCCCUGCUGCCGCCCCUUCCCGCCACCGCCAGCUGUUCACAUCCCUACAGCUUCCCUGGUGUCAGAUUAGUUUCUGUUUGUGUACACAUCACAUCUUGAGUAGAGAAGAAUUAGGAAUGGCUUAACAACCCCGGUCAGUGUGUAGGUUGUUUGAGAAGCUACAGAUCAAACAGCAGCAGCCUCCUAAACAAAGUGCAGGAUACAUAUGCAUUUUAGAUAACAUCAUGUGAACAGAGAUUAAAAACCCAGCACUGGAAAUGCAGUGAGUGCACUGUAAACAGGGAUGUGAAUACAGCCUCAGACUUUCAGGAACAGAGACACUUCUUAUGUCAUUUCUCUGGAGCAGGAGAGAAUGAGCUUGCUCCCUCUUCCAUGUGACAACCCUUGAGAUAUUUGAAGAUGGUUGUCAUAUCUCCUCUCAGUCUCCUCUUUUCUAGGCUAAACAUACCCAGCUCUCUCAACCAUUCCUCAUAAGGCUUGGUUUCCAGACCUUUGAUCAUCUUGGUUGCCCUCCUCUGCACACGUUCCAGCUUGUCUAUAUUUUCCUUAAAUUGUGGCAUCCAGAAUUGGGUGUGGUCUGAUCAAGGCAGAAUAGAGUGGGACUAUUACUUCCCUUGAGCUGGACACUAUACUUCUGUUGAUGCAGCCUAGAAGAGCAUAAGCUUUUUCUUUUUCUUUCUUUUUUUGCUUCAUCGCCCUGUUGAUUCAUGUUAAGCUUGUGUAUGGUUUCUUCUUUUUCUAGCAAGAAAACUUAAGACUACAAAAUGCUACCCUUUAAAUUACAAAAUUUUAGUUAUUGAACUCAGCCUGGUACUCAGGCUGAGACCCUACCUACCUGUAGACUGUCUCACCAGAGUGGUGCAUGCUCUAGUUAUCUCCCUCUGGGACUAUUGCAAUGCGCUCUACAUGGGGCUAAUCCAGAAUGCGGCAGCUAGACUGGUGACUGGGGGCAGCCGCCAAGACCAUAUAACACCGGUCCUGAAAGACCUACAUUGGCUCCCAGUACAUUUCCGAGCACAAUUCAAAGUGUUGGUGCUGACCUUUAAAGCCCUAAACGGCCUCAGCCCAGUAUAGCUGAAGGAGCGUCUCCACCCCCCAUUGCUCAGCCUGGACACUGAGAUCCAGUGCCAAGGGCCUUCUGGCGGUUCCCUCACUGCGAGAAGUGAGGUUACAGGGAACCAGGCAGAGGGCCUUCUUGGUAGGGCCUCCCAUCAGAUGUCAAGGAAAUAAACAACUAUCUAACUUUCAGAAGACAUCUGAAGGCAGCCUUGUUUGGGGAAGUUUUUAAUGUUUGAUGUUUUAUCGUGUUUUUUAAUAUUCUGUUGGGAGCUGCCCAGAAUGGCUGGGGAGGCCCAGCUAGAUGGGUGGGGUAUGAGUAAUAAAUAUUAUUAUUACAUUUUUUCUGAUACCAUUUCUCUCUGUGGCCCACUGUGCCACCGCACGUGCUGUCUGAGGGGGUCCCCCAUCCCUCUGCAGCAACUUUCCAGGGGGCACGGGGAAGGCGGAAUAAACAAAAAUCACCUUCCUCUCCAUUUGUAGAUCCAUCCCAUUAUUUACUCUUUUAAAAAAUAAAAGCCUAUUUUUUAAUUAUCUGGUUCGGACCAGGAGAAGUGGAUCUAUUUACACUGUACAGCCCUUGAAAUACAUUACAGUGGCAGCUAAUUCCCCUAUUUAGUAAAUUGCGUGGUAUGCAGAGACCUGGGGCCAUCCAUCUCCUGUAUACUAUUUGCAGUCCUUCAAUUGUGUGUGGAAUUAGUAGCUCUCAGCCAUUCUUCCAAACAUAUUUAAUGUUCCCUCAAGAGGUAAUCAUUGCAGAACGGAAGCUUUCAUGAUUGAACCCAGUAGGUCAGGCACUAAAACUCACUGCAAUGCGCACGAUGAUUACAGAUCUCGCUGAUGAUACAAAGUAUGGACAUGCAGUGCUGAAAGCUAUUAGAUUCACUUGCUAGAUUUUUUGCAGUCUGAAACCUGGAUUGUAUAUUUUUACUUUCUUGGGGAGUUGUGGGCGGGGAGGGGAGGGUUGCUAAAGAGUAUUUCAGCUCUUGGGUAAUCAAACUGCAGCAUGAUUGUGUUCCAGAAUGCCAGAAAGCUGCUACAAAGCUCAAAAGCAGACACAGUAAUUUCCAGAAAAGAUAUAAUAAAAUUUCUUGUGUUGAUUAGAAUAUUCUCUGCACAUUUGGAACUCUUGGGUCCUUUUUUGUUAUCAUAGGUUUUCAGUUGAGCAGCUAAAACCUUUGAUCUACUGCAGAAUAAAUCUACUGAUAGUUAGGGAAUAUUCUAUUUUUUAAUUUUUUAUUUAUAAUUUUCAUUGAUAUAUAUCACAACAAUUAUUCAAUCAUAAUUUUAACAUUUCAAACUCCGACUCUUUCUGUGGUUUUUUACAUUUCUUUUCAUCUUCCUGCAUAUUCCAAAUUAUCUUAACAUAUUCUUUUAUAUAUCUAUUCCCAUAUUAUAGCCCAUAUAUAUUUUGUAACUGCAGGUUUUUACACUAAUUCUGCCAAUGUCUUGAUCUGUUUACAGUUUGUUUGUAAAUACUCAAUAAACCAUUUCCAUUCCUUUCUUCAAAAAAAUUAUACUGAUUUCUUACUCUACUGGUAAGUUUCGCCAUUUCUGCAUAGUCCAUUAACUUCUGUAUCUAUUCUUCUCUCGUCGGGACCUCUUCUUCCUUCCAUUUUUGGGCAAAUAACAUUAGUUACAAAUAUUCCAGUGCUUUAGGGGUGCUCUCAUUUUCCUUCUCAUAUUGAAAUGCUGCCCCUCAAUGAAGCCAAAGUUAGAUUUACAAAAUGUUUAGGGGUAUGCGUACCCGUGUAAAGGUAAAGGUACCCCUGCCCGUACGGGCCAGUCGUGACCGACUCUGGGGUUGCGCGCCCAUCUCGCUUAAGAGGCCGGGGGCCAGCGCUGUCCGAAGACACUUCCGGGUCACGUGGCCAGCGUGACGAAGCUGCUCUGGCGAGCCUGCACCAGCGCAGCACACGGAAACGCCGUUUACCUUCCCGCUAGGUAAGCGGUCCCUAUUUAUCUACUUGCACUUAGGGGUGCUUUCGAACUGCUAGGUGGGCAGGAGCUGGGACUGAAUGACGGGAGCUCACCCCGCCGCAGGGAUUCGAACCGCCGACCAUACGAUCGGCAAGUCCUAGGCGCUGAGGUUUUACCCACAGCGCCACCCGCGUUCCUAUGCGUACCCGUGUACCCCUCCCCCCAAAAAGCACUGGAAUAUUCUAAAUGUACUCACUUGAUAAUAGGUUAAUGCCCCACUUCACACAAGUAGAGGAAGCAGGAGAUGUGCUGUUGAUUCCAACCCAAAGCCUAUGCAGUCCUGUUCAAAGGCAAAGCUCACCUAUGUGGCCCAAGAGUGACAUCACAACCUGUUGUGGGGCAUCUAGGCUGCAUUUACCAUGCCCUAAAUCUCUGGGGAAAUACCCCUGUUCAUAUAUAAGUACAAGGAUCUAGGACAGUGGUUCCUAAACUUUCCCCCCAUGGACCACUUGAAAAUUGCUGUGAACCUUGGUGGAUCGUUUAAUUAUUUUCUUUUCCUGCUUGUUGUGGCUGUUGCAAUGUGCUGUGAUAUAUACUGUGUGGCUUUUAAUUGUAUUUUAUUGCUUUAUUAUUAUUACUAUUAUAUUAUUAUAUAUAAUAUGUAUUAUAUUUAAUAAUAAUAAUUUAUAGUUUAUACCCUGGGCGGCUUACAGCCAUAUAAAAAAUUGUAAAACAUCAGACAUUAAAAAUUUCCCAAUAUUUCUCUUAUUGUGUAAUUAUAUAGAAUUCAGAUUUUAAAUGUCCCUCGCAGACACUCCACAGACCUUCUGAAUGUUCUAGGAGGCAUACAUCCUCUUCCUUGGAGUUGUUUUGUGGCUCCUAGACUUCAGACGUGUUUAGUUUCACAUAGUUAAUUAUCAUCAUAAUGGGCAGAUUCUUAGGACUGAGCACUUCUAUAGUCUUAAGUUUCAGUGGACUCUGGACUGUUCAGCACAUGCAUCUUUAUUUGGGUCUGCUUGAGCUUCAAAUGAAUGAAGGGCAGAGGUGUCUCCUUCUUGCCCUCUUGAGAGCUCUAAAGCAGGCAUGGCCAAACUUGGCCCUCCAAGCAGGCAUGGCCAAACUUGGCCCUUGUAGUUUGGGGACUACAAUUCCCAUCAUCCCUGACCACUGGUCCUGUUAGCUAGGGAUGAUGGGAGUUGUAGUCCCAAAACACCUGGAGGGCCAAAUUUGGCCAUGCCUGCUCUAAAGGGUUCUGAAUUUUCACAUUUGCUACUCCACAAAUGACCGCUCAGAUAACAAGUUACAGGUGACUGAGAUCUCAUUUCUCUUGCUAAACGUCUUAGCAUGCAAAUUUCUAUUUCACCCCAACUUUUGGAAAGGCCCAAGCCUUUAAUGUUUGGGUUGCAGUCUUGUUUUUAUUUUCUUAUUUUCAGAAGUCUCUAUUUGAAUUUGCUUUUCUUGGCUUCGUGCCAGAUUUAAUACUGAAGCUUCAGAUUAGGGAUGCUUAGAGUUUCAAAGAAAGUUAUUUGAUGAGAGACUAUAGCUAAUGUGACAUGUAUGUUGGCACUCCUUGGCUUUCAGAAAUGAUAAAUGAUGACAGAAUUUAGGUGAUUGAUACAAGGAGGAGGGAAGGCUGAAAGAAAUUAUCAUAAACUGUAUUUCUUGGGAUCAGCUAUCAGACAGUUACCAGACAGUUUCUAAUCCCGUUAUGCUAUCUUUCUCUUUAUUUUAGGGGCUAACUUUGUAACUCGAAAAAUUAGUCGUUCCGUUGCUAAGAUCCACCUGGGGCAACUGGAAUGUUUCAGUUUGGGCAAUCUGGAUGCCAAGAGAGACUGGGGUCACGCCAAGGACUACGUUGAGGUAUGCUGUUGGUGAAAAGUCUACUUUAAAGUACUGCUUUUUGUAUGUUUUAUUGGAACAGCUUCAGAGAAAAUGUACAUCACACAGAGAUAUACCUCUAACCAUACAUUUCUCUCAGCUUAUCUAGAGAAGUAAUGCAGAAGACUACCCCGUGCAUAUUAAAAAUAGAUUUUCAGGUUUACAUUCCUUGCUAAAUUCUUCUGAAAGGGGGCUGGAAACUAGUAUUCAUGAAGCAUCUCUCUGUUCACCUCCAAAAUGUUCUUUCUGUGGUCAUGUUAAGUUUUAAGAUGAUAUAUUUCAAUUGCGCUGAAAGCUUUCAAAAUCCUGCUAUUUCUUGAUGGCCUCUUGCAGUGAUGAGACAAAACAAUUCCCAUCUUAAUUCCAGAAGGCCAUUUUGGUUCUCUCAUUUGAAUAUAAUUGUUGCAGAGAUUAGUUUAGGAAAUAGUGCAGUUACCGUUAUGUAACUUGUACAAACAUUUAUAAACAAUGUUUUUUGCAAUUAUGACUUUUUUGGGGGGGAGAGAAUCAUACAGUCGCUAACUACGAGAAAUGUCAGAAUUGAUUUCUGUUCCUCUUGAAAAGCUUUAUUUCCACCACAUGGUUGUGUGCAGGUCUGUGACCACAUGGAGAAAGCCUAGUGUGCCAGACUGCACAAAGAGGGAGGCAACCACACUAUCUUUAAUUAUGGCUCCUGGAAAAAAGUUUAGUGCCACAUGUAGAACCUAUUCCUUGUGGUUGGUAUUCACAUAUAUGAUCACAUCAAUAAAUGUAGCAAUGUGAAAUUGCCCUUAUCUUUCCAUUUCAAGUGGAAUUUUGAAAACUCCCCAGCAGAAAUACUUCAUUUAAAACAUAAAUGAUGUGCAUGACACACAACAAGUUUGAUUCAAUAAACAGUUGCAAGGAAAUAGGCAUAGAUUUAAGGAUGAGCCUCUCUAUUGCACCUGACCCCACCCUUCAGUCUAAACCUCCUUGGUAAUGCAGAAUUUACUGGGGCAUUUUUUUCAACCUAAAGUUUUCUCUCUGUGUGUGAAUGCUGGCCCAACUUCUUCUGCAAAUAUUAGUUGCACUGGAAAUAAGAGUGGAGUUUAUUUAGCAAUACCAGUGAGUUUCCAAAUGUGCUGGCCACCAAAUAGAAUGCACUCAGCUGGGGUCUCCACCAGUAACACAUGUUGGUGAUGUAAGUAACAUUCCAGAUCUUUCACGUGAUUUGAAGCCAUCCCAAAAUUGUUCUGAAGCAAUUCAUAACUGUGAUAGAGGUCAUCUUGAAUAUAUCACUCCCCAGAGAUUAACUCCUGCAUAAUAGGUCCCUUGUUAAUUCCUGGAGACACUGAAUUUGCAAAAUGCAUUCAAUUCCGGACUAUGAAACUUUAAAACGGAAAUAAACAACUGUUCCAGGAUUUAAUGGACUGGAAAGCAAAACUUCAAGAUUUAGCACUGCUGUAUAGUUACUGGAGAGUGCAGCAAAUGUAGAUAUUUUUGUGAGCAUUUUAGAAGCUUCCUAGAAUAUUUUUACUAGUACCGAAGGCCUUUCAGAACCCCUUCUACAUUUAUAUCUUGUUGAUACACAACAGGGAUUUUGACUUCCCAUGGUAACUCUAUCAAACAUAUACUGUAUUAUUUUUGACCUUUCAGUGGUGCAAUAUUUCUCAAGCUAACAAUCACAUAUGUAUGCAGAAAGAAUAAUGCUGUGGGUUGAAUCUCUUGUGCUUGUUUUAAAAAAUAUUUAAACAAUGUACUUUGGGUUGAAAGUGAGCUUUAAUGCUUAGGUAAUGUGGUGCUGUUAGAAACAAUGGUGACUUAAAUAUUUGCAUGAUCAUCUGCAUGAGUAAUAUUGAUCUCAGAAUCUGCCUAUUAAAAGCAACAUAACAUUUUGAUGUUACACAUGAUGCAAGCAGGUUACAUGAUCCCUGCAUGUAAGUGUGUUUAGAUUAUAUUUUGGAUGGCAGUCAGUACCACUGUGGGUGGGGAUGGGGGGGAUAAGUAAUGUAUCAGCAGUGCUGAUAUAUGAAUCUUCUGUGUCUUGUUUUGUUCUGUGAAGAUGAUUUAUUCCUUUUUAUUUGGUAAAGGACAGUACAAUAAACCAUCUGUUAGAUACGUUCUAAUACUAGUGCAACAGUAAGCACUUAGCAGUCAGUGAUUCAUUCCUAUACAAUGUAAAGAAAAAAUAGCAAGACAUGUUACAAAAAUCCUAGCAUACCCCCAGGAGAGCCCUAUUUCAAAUUAAUAUAGAUUCCCACAAACAUUUAACUUGGAGCAGUGAGAACUUACGUAUCAAUCCAUUACCAACUUUUUAUUUCUCAACAACUAAAUAUACAAAUAAUGCCAAAAAAUCAUGAAUGGAUGGAAUUUGAGGACAUGUUUAUUUCUGGUUGUAAUGAGAUAGUUUUCAAAUAUGCAGUCUUAUUAAAAAGUUGGUGUGGGAAAAACAUUAGGAUUGGUUCACAUAAUACCAAAUGUCAAGCUGUGUGCAUGUUUUUGGCUUAUGUGGUCAUAGACUACCAUUUUUGUGAAGAGCAAAGCAAAGUGGACCCCGAACAUUUCUACAGUCUCAUUCGGUCCCUGUUCUUAGGUAUGGGCUUGGAUCUAGAAUAGCACAAGCAGAACUCUACCUAUAUGAUGGAGUUUCAGCGUUUGCUCCUACCCAUUUCAGUCCCCUGCACCCCCUGAAAAGCCACUCCUGAGAGGUGGAGACUCUCCAGAAUACACAUAGGAGCAAAUAAUAAUAAUCUUAAUUUCACUUACAUUUUCAUGGGGGCUGAACUGGCACUGAGCAGAGAUCUUGGGGUGGUAAUAAUAAUAAUAAUAAUAUUUUUUUAUUUAUACCCCGCCCUCCCCAGCCAAGGCCGGGCUCAGGGUGGUAAGUGAAUACCUCAAUGAAGAUGUCGGCCCAAUGUACAGCAGGUGGGGGAAAAGGUGAAUUCAAUGUCUAGGUAUCGCUAGAAAAGGUAAUG